GAGUGACGGGCGUCGCGACCCUCAUCGGGAGGGCGUUAGGGAGAAGAAAGGGGAGGGGCGGAUCAAAUCGACUCUCUCUCCGUGCCACAUUAUACCCUUCAGUGAAAGGGCAAGAUUGAAAGAGAGAGAGAUUCUGUGUGUGUUUUAGCGGACAGGAGUGGAAGAGGAGAGGGGGCGGGGCGAAGAGGUACCUCACGCUCUCGCCCCCGCCCGGCCCCAUCCGCGAGCCUCGCAGCAGAGGCAGCCGCCGUCGCCGCGCCAGGAGGCGGGGGCGUGGCCGUGGGCGUGGCCUGCCGAGCACGGGCUGAGCGGCCCAGGCGCUGAGGAGGCGGGGCUGCUGAGGGAAGGAGUCGUUGGCGGCGGCGAGGAAUAGCAGCGGUGGCCCGUGAGGAGGCGGGGUAGUAGUAGCGGCGGCGGCGGCGGCCUCGCCAUGGUUUUCCUCAAACUACGCGAGCAGGUGGGUGCCUCAAGCGCGGCGGCGGCGGCGGCCUUCCCUUCGCCGCCCUCAGCCUUAACGUUUUCUGAGGGGGCGAGUCCCCCUCUUUGGUGAGGGUGACAGGCUGGGGGGCGGGAGAGGCACUAUGGCGGCAUUAGGGGCGGACGGGGGUGGGGAUGGCGUGGCCCCCGCCGUGGCCCUCUCUCUGUCUCUCUCUCUCAAAGGCUUCCGGCGUGGUGGUGACAGGGUGCGUGUGUGGCUGAGGGAAUACGGGCCGGAGGGCGUUGCUUCCCCCCUCCCCUCCCCCCCGUGCGCGCGUGUGUGGCGGCAGUGUGCGCGCCCGCCUGCUAGGAAACGGCGGGGGGGAGUGGUGUUGCUGCUGCUGCUCACUCCUCCCCACCCCCUUUCCCCUUUACCUCCUGGUACCUCCUGGCUCCUCCUUCUCCUUUCCCAGGUUUACUCUGUGGCUCAGGCCUAACAGGUGGCAGCGAGUCGUUUUUCCUCUCCGCCCCCCCCUCCACCGCCACAUUUCUCCUCUCCUUUCCCGGUAUACUCGUGUGCUGAGAGCCCCCCCCCCCGCACAUGCACGCACGCACGCCCCCUUUAUUAUGCCGUACGGCUCUGCUCGCCAGCUCCCUGCGCACACACACACACACACACGGUGUAUAAAGGUGCAAGCAGACAACACACAGAUACAUAUAUCUCUAUAUCAAUAUAUGCAUUUCGGCGUUCUGUGCUUGCACCUUUAUGUACUCCUGCAGGCGGCUGCGCAGAUUGGACAAAGUGGUACCCCUUUGCCCUACAUGGCUGUGGCUGAAACUGUGCUGGGAGCACUAGGAAGAGCCCUGGUGGGUCUUAGAGCAAAGGUCCGCCCCCCGUUCCAGUGGGGGCCAACUAGGGGUCUCUGGGAAUGCUGCUAAUGGGAGCUUGUUCUAUUUCUAACAUAAAAAAGGGUUUCUUCCAUCCCAGUGUCCGAUAUCGGAGGACCCCGCCAGAAGGAACCAUUUAAUUUAACAUGGACAGUCUGAUAUCACUCGGUGUUGUACAUGUAUCUAAGGGGCUCAAAUAACAUACUGGCAUGCCUUCCAGCCUGAUCUAUUUAAAAUGAUACUCAUCUUUCUCUCUAGCACUCAUGCCCUUAACUCUCUCAUAUCCUAGUCCAUUUUAAUAUUACAUUUGUGGCCCAUCACUCAAAGGCCUUGAUUUCGUGUGGCUUACAAAGGCCUGUUUCAUUUUGUUUUCAUCGCAACCCCCUGAGAGAGAUCUGGCUGGCUAAAAUUUAGUGACUUGUGCUGUCUAAACACUAUACCUUUAAAACGCAUACUUUCCCUCAAAGAAUUUUCAGCACUGUAGUUUAAGGGCUGGUGGGAAUUAUGAGGAGUAAACUACAGUGCCCAGAAUUCUUUGAGGGUAGGAAUGUGCUUUAAAUGUAUACUGUGUGUACACAGCCUUGGCUGUUUUGUGUUGACUUUUGUGGAUGAACAGAGAUCUGAACCCAGUCUUCCCUGUUGCUAGGCCAGCAUUAAUCACCACACUCACUUCUUCCACAACAGCCAUAUCUGCUUCUAUAGUUUCCAUUUGCAGAACAAUAUAAUUCUACAUUCAUUUCCUUAGCUGAUGUAUGAAGGUCAGAAAGAUCCAAAUUUUGCAGUGUUUAAGUGUCUGCCUGUCUCUCUCUGCCUCCCAUUAAUGCACCUUUUGUAAAGUUUUUUCCUCAGAAGUUCUUUGCUGGUGGGAAACAUUGGCUUAGGUUUUUUCUUGUUAGAUUGUAGACUCGUAUCUAGAUAAAUUUGCUACAUAGCAAAGAUUUUCAUUUAUCACAGCCAUGCUUUUACUGCGUAUCUCACCACCUCCUUUUCUAGCAUUGACUUGUUGAAUGUUGGCUUGCUUAUUCAAAGUUGUUACAGCCUUCUGGCCUGAUUGCUAUAUUGCCUUUUAAUCUGUAAAAUACAUGUUUGCAGUAUACUAGGGCUCUUUCUAACACUAUUCUGCUGAUGAACAAUUGCUUAUAAUAUUCCAAGAUCUGCUUAAUGGUAGGUUUUUGACUUGCUGUUUAUAAUUCUCUCCCCCCCCCGCCACUGUUGUGCAAUACACAUCCUUACUCAUAGGCACGAGAAGUACUUAAAAUAUGGAAAAGCUCCAUUGCAUACUAUUUAUGUCUACUCAUUCCUUCACUGUGUUCUUAUUAGCUAAAAUCUUAUAUUUAUGGAUUUAGAAACCUAAAUCUAUUUUCAUGUUAAUGUGCCUAUGUAGUGGUAGUGGAAGAAUUAGUCCCAUUUGGGCGGGGGGGGGGGGAUAGAAAAUAUAUCAAAUUAUACAUGAGGUCAGUAUAGAGUUUAGGCUAAUAACUUCAUAUACUGAAUACUGUAAUGCGAGCUUUGGAGGUUCAAUGGCGCAGGUAGUCAAACCCUGAGGAGUGGGAGGAGCUUGGGGAGUUUGAUCUGUGUCUCUCAUUACCUACCUUCCAGACACUCCUCCCAUAACUUUUCCAGCUGGUGAGCCACCUCUGGCACUUCCUCCUGUUAUAUAGGAGCCUUCGUUCCCCUCCACAGGAAGCAACUCGGACUAAAUCUGAUGCUGCGCUGGAACCCGCCCUGCCUCUACCACUAGGACACGAGAAGCCAGCAUGCACAAACAUCACUUUGCCAGCCCACUAAAAGGAGUGCCUAUUUGCUUGGGACUCCAGCUGCCUUCCAGACUACAUUCUGUGCUCACCCUGUCCUUCAAAAGAAAGGUGCAGGGGCAUGUGACUUUCUGGUUCAGCAUCUUAGCCCGCAAACUAGCCAUGCCUUCCACCUCUCAUGUAACUGCUAAUUGUUGCAAUUUUUGAUGUGUCUUCUCUACCAUUCUAAUCUGAACGAAUGCCUUUGGCAAAACUGGAGUCAUGAGUUCCAGCAUCGGUUGGGGAGAGCCAGGACAAAUACAUAGUAUUGUACUUCCUGAACUUGUUCAUUUCACAAAAAGCCAAACAUUAAACAGUAGGAUGGAAGAAACCACCUGAAGUGCUGUUAAGGUACUUGGUGAUUGGAACUGCAAAAUUCCUGGUAUGAAAUCGGUAUUGGAACUUGUUAACAAUUUGAUGCCAUAGUGUAGGUGUAGAUCUCUCUUGGAAGAGUUGACUUACACACCAGACAAUGGGUUUAAUUGAAAGUAGCAAUAAGGAGAUUGCUCUGUCUGCACAAGCAUUUCUGCUCACUGAUGGAAUUAUCUUCCUUCUCUCCCUGCAUGCUGUUUUGGGGAUCUCCUGACCCCUUAGAGCUAAUUUGAGGGGUGCAAGGGAGGAGUUGUCAGGGGGUGGCCCUGUUGCACUAGUGAGACUCGUUUCACUGGAACCAGCUAGCACAAGUAUUUACAGUGGUACCUCAGGUUACAGACGCUUCAGGUUACAGAUGCUUCAGGUUACAGACUCUGCUAACCCAGAAAUAGUACCUCGGGUUAAGAACCUUGCUUCAGGAUGAGGACAGAAAUUGCGCAGCGGCAGUGUGGCGGCAGCGGGAGGCCCCAUUAGCUAAAGUGGUGCUUCAGGUUAAGAACGGACCUCUGGAACAAAUUAAGUUCUUAACCUGAGGUACCACUGUAGUUGAAUACAGCCGAAUUAUUUAUUUAAAUAAUUUGUAAACUGCCCACUAUUCAACAAUGCCCUGAUGCAAAAAAGAAAUAAAAAAAGAUUUGUAAAGGUGCAGGAGCCUUGUGAGGAAAUGAAUGUGGCAACUGUACAGAGGAAUGGUUGGAUGCAUACUAUCCAUUGUUGCUGGUCUGCGUUGCACUGGGAAUCGUGUUGAAGAACUGCCUCAAAAGAGCCUAAAAAGACACAGGGACUGUAAUGCAUAAUGCUUGCCAGCUCCAUAGGUGGUAAUGAGCAACUGAGAGAAAGUGGUUCCAGCUCAGUUCUUAUUCCUCAGCCAUACUCUCCACACUAUUCUUCUUUUAGGAGGACGGAGGGUUGAGAAAAUGGUCACUCAACUCAAGGAAUUGCAAGGCAGUGCUGCUUGCACUUUUUGUUUCUGCUCUGUGUGCCCAGUUUGUUGAAAAGUUGGAGUGGUGAGCUAGGUGUUCAUUAAUAAUGAGCUGAUCCGAAUGUCCCCACCUAGGCAUGAGCCCCACCUCCUUUUCUGUGCAACACUAUUAAUGGUUAAAAGUGAAGUGCCUGCCAGUCAGGGUCAGCCUUUCUGCUUAAUGCAUACUGAACAUGUAUAUGAGAGAUAUGAGAGAGGCGCCCUGCUUCCUAUGGAAGGAGGAAGGAGGAAGCCAGUGCUAUUUUUAAUAGGAAGUUGAUAAUGAGAUGUGAUGAUGAUGAUGAUGAUGCAUGCAUUUAUAGCAGUCUUCAUUUGAACCUGUGCAUCCCCAGAGUAGAAUAAGAAAGUCAUUUUGAGUGUUUGUGUCUCGGAGCCCUCGGAAAGUGUAUCUAUCUAUAAGCAGGGCUUUUUUUCCAGCUGGAACUCACCAGAACUCAGUUCCAGCACCUCUCUGGUACUACUGCUAUUUUAAGAGAACAAGGGAGGCAUUUAUGGUGAGUUCCAGCCCCUCUUUUUCUAGAAAAAUAGCACUGCCUAUAAGGGUUCUAUACUUAUACAUCUGGUGACUAUUUUGUAUGCGUUCAAUUGGUGCGCUGCUGGUGGAAUGGGGAGUUUUUGGCCCCAGAAUAGGUUUGGAACGGGGCGGGCGCGAGGUAGGCUUGUAGGUUUACAUGUGCUCCACUAAUGCAUGCGAUGAUCCAGAAUGCAACUCCCAUGCAAACGGGGAGGUGCCUGUAUAGUAAAUUUCUAGCUUGCACUUCAUCACUAAUCUUAGAGGGAGUUACAAAUGAUAAAAACCUCUAAGCUCUUAAGCAAGUCAGUAUAACCUCUGAAAAGAUAUAUUACAAAGUGCUUAAUUGCUGAAGGAUUAAUUGAGUUCUGUUAUCCUAUAAAAGCCUGGAUGAAUAGGUACAUUUUCAGUUGGUGUCAAAAAGCAAAGUGAGCAAUAUGUUGUUAUAUUCUGAGGCUGAGCUUAUGCAAAAUACUCUGUCAAGGGCCAUUUCCUCAUCUUUCCUAUUACCAGUAUUCUACCUCUUGUGCUCUUGGUGUAAAAGGUGGUUAGACUGAUACAUGCAUCCUUAUAAUUUUAGCUAUGCAUUCCGUGGCAGGGGUUUAUAUGUUGGCAGUAGUCUGCCAUGAUUCUUUGCAGGAUAAGUUAGAGUCCUGUCCUGUUUGCUGUAGAAGUAGAGUGGGAGGAAAUGGGACUAGUGUUUGCUUUCUUGAAAUGUAGCUGAUGGACUUGCAAGAAAUUUUAAUUUAAUUAAACUUUAAGUUUAAAUGUAAACUUCAGUUGUGCUUUCUCUAUACUAGGUAUACUGUACAUUUGUAUGGACUGGGAGUUGAUGUUUGUUGAUCUUUGAAAGCAUGGAAGCAGUUAAUGCAUAAACUCUAGAAUUCAGGGGGCUGAGAAUUUCUGUUUUGGGUGUUUUCAUGCUCUAUUGUUAUGACUUCAAGUUCUCUUUCCCAUCCCACAUUCAGUCUGCAGCAGGGGUGUCAAACAUAAAUGUGUUGCAAGACUAAAUUCCUUGCUCAGGAGCUACACCCAGAAUUUUGCAACAGAAAUAUCAGUUUCACCUGCUUCCAACCAAUUAGACAUUUUUCUUCAAAUAAACACUAAAAAGACUUCUUGCUUCUUAAAACAUUUAUAGCAUGAAUACAAGCAAAAUGUAUGUAAAUAAACAGAAUUGUCUUGCUUUGUCCUCAAGAAUUAAGCUGUAGUAAUGGUAGCUGCCUUGAAGAUCAAAUAUGUUCCACCCAUCGUCCCACAAAAGUUAGGCUUCUGUCAAUGCUGUGUCAGAAAUGAGUAUUCAUACUCAUAUUCCACAUCCCCAGAUUAUCACCAGCACUUAGGGUUAGAACAGGAGUCGGCAAGGCUUACUGGGCAUGGGCCGGAUCACUCCCGUGGAGAUCCUCCGUGGACUGGACUGGCACAGUGUGACGCUGGAAAUUGCGUCUGCGCAUGUCUGUGGUGCUGGAAAUCGCUUCUCAGCACGCCCAGAUGCCAAAAAGUGCGCCUGCGCAGAAGCGAUUUCCGGUGUCUGGGCAUGCGCAGAAGCAAUUUCUGGAGCCACAAAAGAGAGUCACUGCGCUGCGCUGGUUUAGCGCAGCACACGGGAACUCACCGAGCGGGCAGCUCGGUUUGGGGGCGGCUCAUGGUUGUUAAGCAAUCCUUAACAUGGUUGGUUAAGCAAUCCUCAUGGGCCGCUUCCGAUCCAUGGGCCUUAGGUUGCUGACCUCUGGUUUAGAAGGUUACAGUAAGUAGAACUCAAAAUUGGCAGAAUUCCCCUGGCAGGGCUAUAUAUGCUUUGCCCCAUGCCUUCGUCACUUGCCUUAGGAUUUCCUUUUUGCAGUAGUACACCCCCUUGUAUGCCAUGGGUGGCGUAUGCAAUGGCCUGAUCUGGUUUUCCUUGGUGGCCAGACCCCAUCUUUCACUGGUGGCAGCACUGCCACUUGGGAGAUAAGGUGUGCAGAGCUCCAGCAAUUGUGAUUUCUCAUAAUUGACACUGAGCAAAGGGGUUUCCAGUCUCUCCACCCAGUCCAGUGGCAUAGUGGGUAUGCAAAUGUACCCUCCCCCAUCUAAUUGAUCAUCUGAUAAGUGGGAGAGGGAGCAAUUGUCUUUCUAAUCACAGCAGUUUUUCUCCCUGCCACUGCCUCCUGGAUUUCUGUAGGGUGGAAUUGUAGUGUUGGAAUGGACUAACUCCCUGGCCAUCCAACCUCUGCUUAAAAACCUCCAAGGAAGGAAUGUACGCCACCUCUUGUGAGACUGUUGCACAGUCGAACAGCUCUUACUGUCAGAAAGUUGUUCUCAUGUUUAAUCAGAAUCUCCUUUUUUGUAACUUGGAUCCAUUGGUCCUAGACUUCGGAGAUAACAAGCUUGCUUCAUGCUCCAUGUGAUAGCCUUAUAGAUGGCUAUCCUAUUUCUCUCGGUCUCCCCUUUACCAGGCUCAUGAGAAGAGAUCAAAAGCUUCCAAUUUUGGUUUUGAAUGAACAUUGUUGCAUAAUACAUCCAAACUUGGAAACUCUGGUUUAUUCUAACUGGUUACUGCAAGAAAACCUGGAUGAAGUAUUAGUUCAUGAGCUACAGUUUGAUUAACUGGGGCCAUGUGAGACCCCCGGGUUUACUGUGGCAGGUCUGCUAAUGCUAAACCAUGGGUGCUGAUCCUUUUUUUCUGUUGAGGACUGCAUCCGCUUGGUGGUAAUCUGUUGGGGGCUGUUUGCUGGUAGUGAAUGGGAUUGCUGCCAGGUGUAGGCAUGGCCUUAGCCAAAAAUAGGUAGAGCCAUCCAUUUUCUCUCUUAUGCUCCUCACCAUGCAGGCUGCUCAGAGUGGAACAGAUUGCUUUUAUAGUAGGUCUGAACUAAUUACAGGGAAUGGAAUUUCCCUCCUUCCAUGAUUCCAUCCAUUUUGCUUUGCCCUCCUUUCCUUUGUGAGUUUUCGUUAGUAUAAUAAAACUAGGUUGCAGGUUACAGGUUGUACUGAAGGGACAAGAUACCCAAAUCCUGUCUGAAAUCACCCCAGGCCUCAAAACUGUCCAAAACUCCCUUUGUCCCUUUCCCAGGCGCAAUAUUUUUCCCACCCGAGGGCAAAGCCUCAUAAGGCUACAGUACACCUGAGUGCUAAAUCAUGAUCUGAACUGGACCACUAUGUCCUUAUAGCCCAUUUGUACCGGGACAUCUUCACUUGGUCGCAGUUGGCCAAUAGCCAGGUUCAAAAUGCCCCUGUCUAAUUUUGAACACCUGUCUAAAAUCUACGUGUAACUGUGGAGUGGGAUCAUCCAGUGUUUGGGACUGCUUUGUUUUCAGUAUGCUGAUGGCAUUCAGCUCUAUCUCUCCUUUUAAUCUUCAGGCAGUGAGUCAGUGGAUGUGUUGAAUUGAUGCCUGGCUUCAUUAGUGGACUGGAUGAAGGCCAGUUAACUGAAGCUCAAUCCUGACAAGACAAUGAUGCUGUUAGUAGCUGGUUCUUCUUACUGGAUGAGGUUGUGCUACCCCGGAAGGAGUAGGUUUGUAGUUUGUGGGUUCUCCUGGAUCCUAUCACUGUUUUCUAUUCCUUAAUCAUGAGGGUGCUGGCCUGGUAUGCAUUACCAAGAUAGGGGAGCAUAUCUUACCCAGCAGCAUCAACCCAGGCUAGAGGGUCUGGGGGAUGGGGCUGCUGUGAGUGCUCUGAUGGAGGACUUUUGGUGGUUCCCCAUACCACUGAGAUUCAGCUGGCCAUCAGAAAGGACCAUUUGUUUAGUGUGGCAGACCCUGCCCGGUGGAACUCCCUACCAGCAGCAGUUGGUGACAGCCAUCCUUACUUUUCAUUAAGACGUUUCUUGAAGACUUUCAUAUUUGGACAGGCCUUUGCAACAUGAACUUCCUUUUUAAUCCUGUCAUAAUUUAUUGAUGUUUUAAAUUAUGCUUAUGGAUAUCGUUUUUGAUGUUGUAUUCCACCUUGCUAUAUAUUUUAUUGAAAGUGUGACUUCUAAAUUCAUUCAUAUAUAUGAGAACACAAACUUUGGACUUGAGGGCAUGCUUUUUCUGCUUUAGAGCUCCUUUGCCUUCAAACUAUGUAUGCUUCAAUGUACGCUUUAUUAGUCAAGGUAACCAUGAGAAUUACCUUAAUCUUACGUAGCAUGCCUAUUGUUGAAAGUCACAACACUUAUGGUCUUUCUAUUAAGCUUUAGCUGUGGUAAUAUGAUACUUACACAUUCUAACCUUGGCAAGUGGAACAGAGCCAAUCCAGCUUUUCUGCCUGCUUGAGAAACUUGUUUUAUUUCACUUCUGUAAAACCACCACCAACAAUUUUGAGGGCGUCUCCCUCUUCACACCUUAUGUUUUUCAAGUUGUGCUUUUAAAAUGUGCUCAUGAUCAAAAUUUGUAUGUGUGUAUAUGUAGCUGUGCAUAGGAUACUGGUACAUUCUAGGGAACAGAGAUCGUAUCCUCUGUGCCUACAGUGGUACCUCGGGUUAAGUACUUAAUUCGUUCCGGAGGUCCGUACUUAACCUGAAACUGUUCUUAACCUGAAGCACCACUUUAGCUAAUGGGGGUCUCCUGCUGCCGCUGCGCCGCCGGAACCCGAUUUCUGUUCUUAUCCUGAAGCAAAGUUCUUAACCUGAAGCACUAUUUCUAGGUUAGCGGAGUGUGUAACUUGAAGCGUAUGUAACCUGAAGCGUAUGUAACCCAAGGUACCACUGUAUUUGGUUUCAGUGGGCUUAUGGCAUGCUGGAUUUCUGAGCCCUACCCCCUUUUAAAAUGGUUAGAGUUAUUUGACUUCACUUACAUUCCAUUGAAAUCAUUAUGGGAAGUUAAAUCAUGACUAAUUUAAGUCCCACUGAUUUCAUUGAACUAAGUACAGCUUCGUCUGGAGCUAGUCCUUUAUCUGCUCUGUGCUUUCUCUGUUUUUAUUUUUAAUCUUGCUGUUUCUGUUUUUAAAUUGCAUUGAUUGAGCACCAUCUUGGGCAUUCUCACCUUGAUGCCAUGUUAAAUUUCAAUUUGCAUAAUAUAUGGUGAUUGUAAUGUUUUCCAGUUGUAAAUAACCUGUAUCACAUUUCAAAAGUUUGAGUUUUAGCUUUAGUUGGUAACAGUAUUAAGUUAUUUAAAUUGUAUUCACAUUGCAAUAAUUGUAUGCUGCUUUACAUUACUAUACAUAGGUUAACACCUCCUUCAUUGCAGUAAAUUCAAUACAUAUAGCAUAAUUUAUCUUUUUUGUUGUUGCAUCAUGCAGAAUGCAUUUGUAUUUAUUGAUAAACUUAAUGCUUGAUUCUAAAUGGUAGUAAUUAUAAAAGAAGCUUUUCUUGUCCCUUUUCAAUAUGGCUUUUUUGGAGCUUUUAUAUAGCUAUUUUAACUGGAGAGUCAAACCAAUGAAUGCUUUUGUUUGGUUCCAAUUUGAUUUUGAGUGAAGUUGCUGUGAUUCAAGGCAGUAAGGGUUUCAGCGGCUAGUUCAAAACACUUCUGGAGCUGGUUGAGUUUGGUUCACAUAGGAAAGUAAAUACAAUUCACACUACAAUGCUAAUUCACUAAGUGGAGUGGUACAAUUAGUUGAAAACCAUAACCGACAAGUACUUUGAAGCAUGCAUUAAAAAACCUAGAACAUCCAGUAUCAUAAUCAUAACAUGCUCUUAUUUUGUACUAUUUUACUUCCUGCUUCACAACCCUUUAAGAAGACAGAACAUAAGCCAAGACAAAGACAAAAAUAUUUGAAAAACUGUGCCUUCCUGAUUCAUUCUGGAUGGGGCAAUGAAUGUGCUACUUAAAAAAAUAAACAUUGAACCCUUAUUCUGAACUGGUAACCUGCUUUUUAAGAAAAGGAUACAAGUUUCACAAACUUUCAAAUAGUCUUCACAUUCAGGAAAAAGCAGUGGUUUAAUGCGGUCUUUCCUGCACAUAAGAACACCUUGGUUUGCAUAAGGUUCGGUUCUAUCAUGAUACAAAAAACUGUUUUAAAAGAGUAGAGGUGUGUGUAGUUAUUUGCUUCAGAUGCAGUUCACAUAAGGGUAUAUUAAAGACUGUAUCAAUAUUGGUUUGUGCUGUACUGUAUAUAUCCUGGAGAGCUUCAUAAACAUGCAGUUGCCAGUGGCAUCACUAUUAUAGCCUAGUGACCAUUUGCUUGAGCACUUUGUAAGGUAAGGACAGAUAUUGUCUCUAGGGUUCAGAGGUACCUGAAAACAACAAGAUGACUUACCAGUACUAGUGAGCAGGGUGAAUUUGAAUUAAAUCAAAUCAAUUUAAAUUACUAAUCAGUAAGACUUAAUUUAAUUUAUUUAUUUUUUAAGAGAAAGACUCAUUAUUGCCGGUAUAAUCUUAAUAUCUACAACCAGAUGAAGGUUUCAUUUUUGGAAUAAUAAAUUUUCAGAAUAGUUUUUACAGUUAUAUCAAAAAUUACUGAUUUGGUUAUACUAUUAGAAAUCCAUUGACAAAUAAUUAUAAAAUUAGUGUGAGGUUUAGUAAGUUAACUGUUUAUAUUUGGGCAACUUUUCUGCUGUACUUUAUUGGAAGGAGAAAAACAAUCAUUUCCAUAAUAACAAUUUAAACAAUUUAUUUAACUAAAACAAUAACAUUAUAGCAUGUGUAUCCAUGUUAGUUAACUGAUGUGGUUAAACGAUUUUUUUUUAAAAAAACACACACCUUAGACUGAGUUUUAGCACAAAUGAAAAACUUAAAACAAAUCCUUAUUUCCUAAUGAAUAGCCUUUGGACCAGAGGUCUGCAGACUAAGGGCCGUGGACUGGAUACGGCCUGUCGGGCUCGUUAAUCUGGCCCCUGAACCUUGCAGACUCUGCCGCCCGCUCGGUCUGUCCCCGUGCUAAACUGGCACAGCAUGGAGGCCUCGCUGCGCGGGGACUGACUUCUGCGAUGCGGCUUCUGAUGGGCGUCUCUGUCCUUUCGGGGGGUGCUUUUGGGAGAGGGUGGGUCUGGUCCCCCACAAUGUCCGAGGGAUAGGGGACCGGCCCCCUCCUAAAAAAGUUUGCUGACCCCUGCUUUGGACUAUAAUGCAAGGCCCUUUCCACCUGGCCUAGGGGGCGGGGCCCAGACUUGCCAGCUCUACUAAACAGGCUCCUCAUGAGGCCGGAGGAACACGACUUGGCAAUUUUUUUAUUGGUUUAAUAUUCUAUAAACCGCUUUGAGAUUUUUAUUAAAAAUAUAAAGCGGUAUAGAAAUUAAAAAAAUAAAAUAACAACAAUAAUAAUGUAACUUUAACAGAAAACUAUCUUUAGAAAGAUUUUCCCUGCAAAAGCAUUUUAUUUUAAAAAUCCAAUUUAAAUUAAAAAAAUCUGAUUUAAAUAAAAAAAUAUAUGAUUUUUUAAAAAAUUAUUUGAUUUUUAUCCACCCUGCUGAUUAGUGCUUCUAAAACCUAUUGUGAUGUUUGGGAUAAGAUCCUGCUCUUCCCUUGAGCUCUCCAUGUGGGAAGGAAGAUAGGGUUGGCAGAAGCCACAGAUAACCGCUAAUUAGUAAAUUCAACCACUGUUUGCUCUUGCCCAGGGUUCCCUGAAGCAUAUAUAAGUGAAUGCUGGCAUAGGUAUAGGAUGGAAAUAUGUGCAGAUCAUCUCCUUGCCUGACACCCAAUGCUAUGGGUAAUCAGAGGACUGGCUGUGAGCUCUUUAGGCAGGCAGUGAUGUAGCUCAAUUCCAAGUUGAUUCAGAACACAUCCACAAACAGGACUUUACCACAGAUGAUGGAGCUAAACUAGCAUGAAUCACUGGGUGGGCAGUGGGGUCUUGACCCAGCUUUGCCCACUUAUGUACUUGAUGCAGCACCAGUCUAGGUUAGGCGUGUGGGGUAGCAGACUUGCUGUGGUCCACAAAACUGCUUUUUUACUCAUCAGGAAACUUCUCUACACUGAGAUAGGCUAUUAGGGCCUUUAUCUGAUGCUUGGUCAGCAAGACAGACUGGGGAUGCUGUUGGUGUACUGCCCACCCUGCUGCCCAACAGCUGAGCUGGCAGAGAUGUCCCAAAUCUGGUGUCAUGGAAUCCCAGGACAUUGAUUGUGGGGAACCUCAAUAUCCACACCAAGGUUGCCUUGACUGGGCUGGCUUUUGGACUUUGUGAUCUCCAGGACAACCAGGGGGCUGUCUCAUUGGACACAGGGUAGGCCAUACCCUUUAUUUAGUCUCUGCCUCAGGAUGUGAGGGCAUUUUUUGGAUAUUGGGAUGGGGGGUUAAAAUUAUCUACCCCAUUGUCAUUGACUGCACUAUCUGAAGAAGUUUGGAGGGGAGGGAGAUUCAUUAAGAUGAUCUGUCUCUGAAUACUUAUAGAGAUUGGUGGAUUCCUCAAUAUGAUGGGAACUUUUCCAGUGGCCAACGUUCACUAUGGAAUAGUGAGACAAUGGGAAUAGUGAGGCCUGAUGGGUUCUCAGCAUAAUUGAUCCUUAGUGUCCUCUCUGGCACUGUGAAGCCCAGGUUGCUUCCUGAAUAUAUGAGGGAACUCAGGGCAACCAAACAGACUCAGUGACUAUUAGAGUGCAAAUUGCAUAAGGCUCAGUGUAAAGACAACCAGUCAGGUCAUGUAUCCACAGCAGGGACCAGAGGAGAAAUGACUGCUGGGAGGAGCACAGAAAGUGGCCAACCAUUACCUAUGAGGAGCCUGCCUGCAAGCUUGACAUGAGCGCAGCUGCACUCUGCCUACCAGCAAUUCUAGCAAAUCUAUCCUUGUUCUAUAAUACAUUGUACUCUGAUUAUUUGAAGGCCAAUUUUUAUAUUUAUAAGGAUUUGUGGUGAAUGAGUGAGAAAUACAGUGGUACCUCAGUUUUCGAACACGCCUCGGAAGUCAAACAUGCCACGCGGCUUCCACUGAGUGCAAGAUCCUGAGGCCUAGCUGUUGGCUAUUGAGUUUUCGGUUUUCGAACGUUUCAGAACUUGAAUGGUCUUCCGGAACGGAUUACGUUUGAAAACCGAGGUAUUACUGUACUUUAAAUGUUUAUUCUGUGCUGCUUUGCCUCAUUUGACCUUACAUUAUAGUCAGUGUUCGAAGUUCCCCAGGCACCAGGCACGUUUUGCGAUUGGCAUGGGUCCGAUUGCAACCAUGUGGAGAUUUCUGGAUGUCAGGUUGGUGACUGACAUGUCCAUCUGGCUGGUCUCUCUAGCUUUCUUAAGCAAGUAAGAUGAGGAGCUUAACUUACUGCAUUUAUAUCCUACCUUUCCCCCCAAGAAGUACAUGGUUCACCCCUCUUCGUUAAUCCCUCCAAAGACCCUGUGAGAUAGGUUAAGAGGUUGUGAUUGGCCCAAGGCCACCCAUUGAGCUUCAUUGAGUGAGGAUUUGAACCCUGAUCUCCCACAUCACAGUCUGAAACUCUAACCACUACACCACACUGGCUUCCUAGUGUACUGCUAUGGGGCAGAUGUAUAAAUUAAGUAGGUAAAUAAAUAUGGGGAAAGCAAAAUGUCACUUAGAGAAGGGUCUGAAAUACUGUCCUUGAAGCUUGAUUUUGUUCUGGAUUGUUUUAUUUGAUGUUUUAAUGUUUGUAAACAGCUUUGAGUUUUAGUCUUUAAAAUAUAAAGCAGUAGAGAAAUGAAAGGAAAGUAAUAAUAACAUAGAAUCAUAGAGUUGGAAGAGACCACAAGGGCCAUCGAGUCCAACCCCCUGCCAAGCAGGAAACACCAUCAGAGCACUCCUGACAUAUGGUUGUCAAGCCUCUGCUUAAAGACCUCCAAAGAAGGAGAUUCCACCACACUCCUUGGCAGCAAAUUCCACUGUCGAACAGCUCUUACUGUCAGGAAGUUCUUCCUAAUGUUUAGGUGGAAUCUUCUUUCUUGUAGUUUGGAUCCAUUGCUCCAUGUCCGCUUCUCUGGAGCAGCAGAAAACAACCUUUCUCCCUCCUCUAUGUGACAUCCUUUUAUAUAUUUGAACAUGGCUAUCAUAUCACCCCUUAACCUCCUCUUCUCCAGGCUAAACAUGCCCACCUCCCUUAGCCGUUCCUCAUAAGGCAUCGUUUCCAGGCCUUUGACCAUUUUGGUUGCCCUCCUCUGGACACGUUCCAGUUUGUCAGUGUCCUUCUUGAACUGUGGUGCCCAGAACUGGACACAGUACUCCAGGUGAGGUCUGACCAGAGCAGAAUACAGUGGCACUAUUACUUCCCUUGAUCUAGAUGCUAUACUCCUAUUGAUGCAGCCCAGAAUUGCAUUGGCUUUUUUAGCUGCCAUGUCACACUGUUGGCUCAUGUCAAAUUUGUGGUCAACCAAGACUCCUAGAUCCUUUUCACAUGUACUGCUCUCAAGCCAGGUGUCACCCAUCUUGUAUUUGUGCCUCUCAUUUUUUUUGCCCAAGUGCAGUACUUUACAUUUCUCCCUGUUAAAAUUCAUCUUGUUUGUUUUUGCCCAGUUCUCUAAUCUGUCAAGGUCGUUUUGAAGUGUGAUCCUGUCCUCUGGGGUGUUAGCCACCCCUCCCAGUUUGGUGUCAUCUGCAAAUUUGAUCAGGAUGCCCUUGAGUCCAUCAUCCAAGUCGUUGAUAAAGAUGUUGAAUAAGACUGGGCCCAAGACAGAACCCUGUGGCACCCCACUAGUCACUCUUCUCCAGGAUGAAGAGGAACCAUUGAUGAGCACCCUUUGGGUUUGGUCAGUCAGCCAGUUACAAAUCCACUGAGUGGUAGCAUAGUCAAGACCGCAUUUUACCAGCUUCUUUAGAAGAAUAUCAUGGGGCACCUUGUCAAAUGCCUUGCUGAGAUCAAGGUAGGCUACAUCCACUGCGUUCCCUUCAUCUACCAGGCUCGUAAUUCUGUCAAAAAACGAGAUCAGGUUAGUCUGACAUGACUUAUUUUUCAGAAAUCCAUGCUGACUAUUGGUGAUCACAGCAUUCCUUUCUAGGUGCUCACAGACUGUUUGCUUAAUGAUCUGCUCCAGAAUCUUCCCUGGUAUUGAUGUCAGACUGACUGGGCGGUAAUUAUUUGGGUCCUCUCUUUUCCCCUUUUUGAAAAUAGGGACAACAUUUGCAGUCCUCCAGUCUGCCGGGACUUCGCCUGUUCUCCAGGAAUUCUCAAAGACUGCCAGUGGUUUGAGAUCACAUCUGCCAGUUUUUUUAAUACUCUUGGAUGCAGUUCAUCUGGCCCUGGAGACUUGAAUACAUCUAAACUAGCCAAGUAUUCUUGUACUAUCUCCUUAGUUAUUCUGGGCUGUGUUUCCUCUGCUGAAUCAUUUGCUCCAAAUUCUUCAGGUCGGGCAUUGUUUUCUUUAUUGGAGAAGACUGAGGCAAAGAAGGCAUUGAGGAGUCCAGCCCUUUCUGUGUCCCCUGUUUGCAUUUCACCAUCUUCUCCUCUGAGUGACCCCACUGUUUCUUUGUUCUUCCUUUUGCUACGAACAUACCCAUAAAAGCCUUUUUGUUGCUUUUAACCUCUCUAGCAAGCCUGAGUUCAUUCUGUGCUUUAGCUUUUCUGACUUUGUGUCUACACGUGCUGGCUAUUUGUUUGAAUUCCUCUUUGGUGGUUUCCCCCUUUUCCAUUUUUGUACACAUCCUUUUUAAUCCUAACUCAGUUAAAAGUUCUUUAGAUAGCCACCCUGGCUUCUUUAGGCACCUUCCAUGUUUCCGUCUCAUUGGUAUUGCCUGAAGUUGUGCUUUUACUAUCUCCCUCUUAACAAACUCCCAGCCAUCAUGAACUCCCUUUCCUUUUAGUAUUACUGUCCAUGGGAUCUCACCCAGCACUUCCCUAAGUUUUAUGAAGUCGGCUUUCUUAAAGUCAAGAAAUUGAGUCCUAGUAUGCUUGGCUGCUCCUUUCCGCUGUAUAGUAAACUUCAGAAGAGCAUGAUCACUUGCACCUAAUGAUCCUUCCACUUCUACCCCACUAACCAGGUCAUCAACAUUGGUUAGGACCAGAUCUAAAAUGGCUGUUCCUCUUGUUGCUUCUCCCACUUUCUGGACAAUGAAGUUGCCUGCAAGGCCAGUGAGGAAUCUGUUUGACCUUAUGCUCUUGGCUGAGUUUGACAUCCAACAAAUAUCCGGGUAAUUGAAGUCCCCCAUUACUACUAUCUCCCUUCCUUUUGCAUGCUUGGCCAUCUGUUCCAGGAAGGCAUCAUCUAUGUCCUCCGUUUGGCUUGGGGAUCUAUAGUAAACUCCCACGAUGAGGUCACUGUUAUUCUUCUCUCCCUUAAUUUUGACCCAAAUGCUCUCACUUUGGCUUUGAGGUUCUAAAUCUUGGAUCUCUUCACAGGUAUACACAUCCCUGACAUAUAACACCACUCCUCCUCCUUUCUUGUCUGGUCUGUUUCUCUGAAAUAGAUUGUAUCCCUCCAUUAUUACAUUCCAAUCGUGGGACUUAUCCCACCAGGUUUCAGUGAUGCCUAUUAUGUCAUAUUUAGUUUGCUGUACCAAGAGCUCAAGCUCAUCUUGUUUAUUCCCAUGCUUUGCGCAUUAGUGUACAGACCUUGAAGUCCAUUAAUCAUUCCCCCGUGUCUCUUAUUUAAGGAUUUUUUCCUCCCACCACUAGGUCUGCGUGCUGUUUGCUCCAUUUGGUCUAUGACAUUUGGAUGAUCAUCAAUUGAUAGACUCCUACCUUCAGGAGCGCUGUCUCCCUCCCCAUAAUAAGCUACAUUGUAAAAAUAGUGAGUAGACAUUCCUUGUGGCAACCGUAACUUAGGUUUAAGGUGCCAUUUGGCAAUUAGCUUAUACAUCUGAGAUUCUAAGACUAAUAUGGCCUGGCUUAGAUGAGAAUGAACAAGUCUUUGCCCAUGCACAGAACUCUCUUCCUCCUCCCUUCUUGUGAGCCAUAAUUAUAUUCAGAUGCCCCAAUUAAAUAUAGCUUCUCUAUUUCAUACAGAAUGGGAAACUGUGGUUACCAGCUUUGGAACAAGCAGGAGUCUAAAACCAUAUUCAGAACAUUGUUUAAGGUCCUCUCUUGAUCCAAACCAUAGUUUUCUGGCUAAUGAAUUCCUGGUUUACUUGCACCUUGCACAAAGGAAGGAACAAGGAAGCUACUUGCUUGGGGGUGGGGGUGUUAUUCUCUGCUUAAUAAGCUGGUAUACAUUCAUCCAAAUGCAGCUAAUAUGCCAUCAAGGAAAUAUUUUAUUUUUGUAUUUCAUUAUAAUUCUUUAUCUUUGCAAGGUUCGUCUGUGGACUGAAAUUGCAUAAUGAACAGAGACAGAUCUGUGUCAAAGUUCCACAUAGGACUAAUUCAUUUAAAAACAUUGUGACUGUGCAAUGAACAUCAAGUAUUGAGUAUUGAGGGAAAUUGCAGAGUUGCAAAUCUACUGAAAAAAUCAGGGGUGUACUACUACAUGCUAUUGCUUGCUCUUCCAUAAUCUGCUUACUUAAUAACUGUGGUUGUGGAGUCCCUUGACAAAGGAUAGUGUUUGCCUAGUGGAGCAUGUAGCUACAAUCUUCAUGUGUUUGAUGUAUGGCUUCUUGCCAAACAUCUUCUCAUAGGGGGUACAAUCAAUCGCUGAAGAUAACCUGCGAUUGUAACUGUAAACAAAACACGAGAGAGAUUCGGCCCAAUAACUCUCUGGAAGAUUGGCAUCAUGCAGCAAGGUUUUUAACCCUUGAAGCAAAGUCUGAUUUGCCCGUUCCGCAAGUCCAUUCUGCCAUGGCGAGCGAGGACUAGACAAAUCGUGUUGAAUUCCUUUCUCAGUCAGAAAAGCUUCAAACUGCUGAGAAGUGAAUUCCCCCCCGCGAUCACUGAAAAGAGUCUUUAUCUUCUUACCAUGCACAUUUUCCAACCAAGCACAGAAUUCCUUGAACCUAGGAAAAGCCUCCGAUUUCUGCUUGAGAUUGUACACAAAAAUAUAUCUAGAAAAUGCAUCAAUGAGAACCAUGAAGUAUCUAUUUCCACCCAAAGAGGGCGUUAGUGGUCCAACCAAAUCAGCAUGAACAACCUGGUAUGGUUCUGUAGCUUUCCUACUAGACACCUUACCUUUCGCAGCCAUUUUCACCUUGUUUGCUGCGCAUGCUUUGCACUUCAUGUGGUACCUGCAGGGUUUAAUAGUCAUACCUUCAACCAAGGCAGGCAUUUUAGAUACUGCCUCAAAAUGCAAAUGACCAAAUUUUCGAUGAAAAUCGUGAAUACAUUCUGCAUGCAAACUUUUGUUAGAACCUGCAAUGCAACAAGUGUCAUCCUGCACCACAUCAUCAUAAUACAAAACAAACAAAUGAUCAACAUAUUCUGCAUGCAAUACAUAAUCAUUUUUCUUUGUGAUGAUGCACUUCUUGUUCUUGAAGGAAACGUCAAUGUUCCGCUCAUUCAGCUGUCCAACGCUGAGCAGAUUAUGUUUGGCGUCUGGCACGUAAAGCACAUUCUGUAUCGAUAAGUCCAAACUGUGAAGAACAACAGUUCCGUAGCCUUUACUGGGAAUAGUGUGGUCAUCCGCCUGGUGAAUCGCACCUUCCUGCGGUGUAAAAGACACAAACAGUCUCUUAUCGUUGCACAUGUGGUGGGUGGCCGCUGAAUCAACAACGAAGAAAGAUCUAGACGUCUUCUGGACCUCUGCAACCUUUGGAGUGAAGCGUGAAACCAUAGCCUUGUGCUGCGUUGUCCUAGACACCGGACCUUUGCCUUUGCCUCGGCCUUUUCCGCGCGAUGAGCUUUCGCUGCGCUGCUCUGUCUUGGCCCUGGGAUGUCUGCAUUCCCUCUUCAUAUGGCCUAGACGUCCACAUGAGUAGCAUUUCACUGCCUUCAAAGCUUUGGCGCCAUCUGGUGGUUCCACUGCACUAUGGGAUGACGUCUGUGAAGACUCCCCUUGCCCAUGCAGCUAGCACCCCGGCGAUCUGCUUCAUUUAAAAUCACGGCAGUAACAAAGUCCACUGUCAGCUGAGCAGUUGGUUGCACAGCAAUCUGGGUUGCAACAGACUCCCAACCUGAACCCAAAGAUUGUAGUAUCAUAAAAGAAUACACAGCCUCUGGAAAGUUGAGUCCUCUCUGUUGCAGCUCAUGUCUCAGAUCUUGCAUCUGCAUUAGAUGUAAACGCACAUCUCCACCUUCAGCAAGAGCCAUAUUGUGCAGCUUGUUAUAGUAAAACAUAGUGGAUCCAGCUUCUGUCCUUAAGUGAGCCUCUCUCAGAGCGUCCCAAAUUUCUCUGGCUGAGGUCUUAUCACGCAAUAGACUGAGCUCUUCUGGGGAUACUAUCAAUGUAAGAGUUCCCCUUGCUUUGGAAUCCUUAGCUUCCCAUGCAUCUGUAACUGGAACUGGGGGGGUUCCUGUAAUCACCUCAAACAAACCCUCUUUCCGCAGAAUUGCCUCUGCAUACUGAACCCAGUCGCUGUAAUUUUUCUUGUUGAGCUUAGGAAUCCCACAAGCAUCCUGAAGGGCCAUCAUGACUCUGGCAUUAGCCUUCAGCGUCAUAUGCUGCUUUAAAUCUUGCUGCGUCACUGCUGCAGCUGCUUUAUUACAAAGGCACAGCUACAGUAGGAAAAACCAGUUACUAUAGAGCUUUAAAGAUCAAAUUUCAUCAAAAAUAUUCUUCCAAAUUAAUACUCAGCAGACAACUUGUUCAUCUUGGAAAUAUAUGAAUUAGUUUUCACUAGUAUUGCUGUUUGAGUGGGAGUGAGUAAGAUAAAUUAUUAGAUAAACUCUGCUAAUGCUCAGCAUUUGACACCUGAUUCUAUGGCAUGUUAGAUUCUUCUACAAUAGUUGUAUAAGAAUGUUUUAUGUUAUGCUUAACAAAAUCUCAUGCAAGAAUGGUCUGCAUUUCUACCACACAUGUCCAGUGCAAUUUAUCAUAGUUGUGUAUUGCAUGACAGCAAUUUAACUGCUCUAGUCAUUUGUAGCAUGCUCAUUACUGUGAUCUUCGAGUUGUCAAUCACUGUUUGAGACUCUGUGCCAGCCAAUCACAUGAAGUACUUUUACUAUUGGGAGACCUGGUAAUAAGCGGCUUUCAGACUUUGUGCUUUUAUUCUCAAUAACUGUUACGAAGCGUAACAUAAUUAGUAAGUCUCGAUACUUAACCCAUUUUUCUUUAAAGUUGUACAUUUAAAUAUAGUGAGAAACAUUUUUCUCCAAGAGUGUCAAUGAACAUGUAGGUUUGUGUCUUGAGUUUUAUUAGAUUUUCAUCUCUCUCCGAGUCUUGUACAGUGGUACUUCAGGUUAAGUACUUAAUUCAUUCCGGAGGUCCGUACUUAACCUGAAACUGUUCUUAACCUGAAGCACCACUUUAGCUAAUGGGGCCUCCUGCUGCUGCUGCGCCGUCGGAGCACGAUUUCUGUUUUCAUCCUGAAGCAAAGUUCUUAAUCUGAAGCACUAUUUCUGGGUUAGCGGAGUCUGUAACCUGAAGCGUAUGUAACCUGAAGCGUAUGUAACCCGAGGUACCACUGUAGUUCUUUCAGACGAAAAGGAGGUGGUUUUUUUUGCCUUUUACUGUGCUCUACAAAAUAUUUUAUUUAUCUGUAAGUUUGCAUCACCUUCUCCUUUCCUCUCUAAAUUAGCAAAAAUUUCAGUGAAAUAUAUUAGAUAUUGUGGCCCUCAAAAUCUAAAGUCAAAUAGAUUCGUCAAAUUGAAAUCAGUGAAUUUAAUUGUGAUCAACAUUAGUUUGAAUAAAGCUCAUAACCUUUUACUUAAUUUUGACAUAGCUAACAUUUGGAAAAAGACUCAGCAAAUCAGCAGUCUCAGUAACCUUUAUGAUAAAAAAAUUAAAAUGUACUUAAGAACCUGGAUAACGGUACAGUUCUGUCACACCCUGAAUGGGUUUUUUUUGGAGUGCAGGAAUAGGGCACUCAAAUGAAUGUGCACCAGAGAACUGGUGGAGCCAGAAAAGAGAGAAAAUUGUCUUGAUGCAUGAGGGUGAAGUCAACACUAUCCUAAUAGAGUUUACAUAGCACAGACUUGAUCUGUGAUUUGAGCUGCAGAAGGAAGUUUAUUAGGUGUCUCUCUCUUUGGAUUCACUUUAUGCUUCUACCACAUCCUUGGUGUUAUCCUAGACUAGCUUUCUCCACUGCAGUGAUUUCCAAGUGUUUUGGACUCCCAACUCCCUAUCAGUCCCAGUCUGAAGGUCUGGCAUGAUGGGAGUUGUGCUCCAAAACAUCUAGAGGGUGCCAGGUUGGGAAAGUCUGUCCAAGACAAUGGCAUUUGCCAAGCAGAUUGCUGUAGCCUAGAGCAGCUUUCUGUCAAUUACAACUUGGAGGACGUGGCCAUGCCACACUGAACCAUGUUUUCGUAACUUCCAGGCUUGACAAUUGUAAUGUGUUUUAUGAAGGGCUGACCUUGAGAAAAAUGAUCCAGAUGCUUCGGCUGCUGCAAAAUGCUGCAGCCUAUCUCCCUUUAUAUGAGACUGUGCAGCCUUGGAUUUGCCAACUGCACAUGCUACUAGCCAAAACCAAGGUGCUGAUUUUAACUUAUAAAUAUCUACACACAUGGGAUACACAUACUUUAGAGACCACAUUUCCCUAUAGCCACCUUCUCACAAUCUUUGUUUCUGAAAUUGGGUCCUGCUUCAAUUUGAUUGUGCAAAAUAGUCCCUUUGAAGCAGUGCCUGAAACUGGGAAUAUGCACCUGAUACUUAGGAAUUAUUUCUCUGCCAUUGCAUUUCAAAAGAGAAAUCCUCAGUCUAGUUUUUUUUGGAAAAACAUACCAUGAACAGGCACCUCAAAAGCAUACUUUAUUAAAGAAGUUGCAGUGGCAUUAUUCUCUUUGGUUUGAGACUGGAUAAGGUAAUGACUGUACAGACUUACUGUAGCCUUAGAACAGAAAUGGGGAACCUCUGGUCCCCAAGAUGUUGGAGUACAGCUCCCCAACAACACCUUGAGAGCUAUGUCUGUGCCCUAGGGGGAAAAAGGAUGCAUGCAGUGUGCUAAUGCCUUGUGUAAUUUCCAUGUGUGCCUUCAACAUUUAAAUAAAAUAGAUUUAAACUACAGUAGUGGUAGACUCGUGUAUGAUUCUUUAAAAUAGCACUUGUUACAAGUGAAACUAUUUAAUGUGUGUGGUAGUACAAAAUAAAACUGAUUUAAAAUGCAGCUUUAAACUUAAACCUUAUUUUGUCUCUUCUACUCCCCUCCCAAAUUACUUUCCCCCAUAUGCUUUUCUCUAAGUAGCUCUUGUUGGGUUGGGGGACAUGAAGCAGGGGAUCAGCUCUGCCUCCUGUUCCUUUUCUUUCCUCUUCAUACUACACAUGGUGGUUCUGCAUCCACAUUUAAGUUAAUAAUAAGACUUUGCUUUUGGUUUUUAAACCGUGUUUUCUUUUUGUAUUGUGCCACCAUGUGGCUCAACUAUAAACUACUGUCAUAUAAGCCAAAUAAAAAUAAAGGAAUAUGAUAUUACAUGUAAGCUGUUUGAAGUAAAUGCUGAUGUAAAACUGAAUCGAUGGACUAGUUUCUCUAACUGCUGAAAGUGGGUUUUUCUAAAGUACUUGUUGGCUUAUCAGUAAUUGUUCAGACUAGUCAGAACUGCAUUAUGAAAGCUCUUGGAAGAUCCCUUUUUAGCAAAUUUGGGUUCUUACAUUAUAGAAUUUAACAUUGGUUUCUGCAGUUUCUUUUAAUUUCCUGUUGUUUCAUACUAUUGUUGAAAAGAACCUAGAAAUGUAACUGUUGCAAUCCCCCCCCCCCCCAUCAGUUUAGCUAUACGUCUGUAUCUGCAGAUAGGUUGAAGCCGUGACUUCAUUUGGAUUAACUACAUUUUAUUGUACCAUCUGAACUUUUGUUUGACAUUGGUUUGUUUUAAAAAGCCAUAGUUAAGAUUAUGGUCUAGAUUCAGAUAUAACAAGCUGCAGUUAAUUGAAAAUGGAAGUGAAAGCUUCCAAACUGCUUUUCAUAGACAUGCAAAAGGAGGAGUGAGGAUGAGGAAGCAUGUUAACCUAUGGCUUGCUGCAAGUUGUUCUUGGUUAACUGGUUGUUUAGGGUUACAUCUGAAUGAGGCUAUAAUGUUAGAGUUAAUUCCCAUGAUAGCCUAAUGCUAAUCUUGGAAUUUAUAUACCUUGGCUCAGGGGUCAGCAAACUUAUUCAGCAAGGGGCCAGUCCACUGUCCCUCAGACCUUGUGGGGGGCCGGACCAUAUUUUGAAAAUAAUAAUAAAAUGAACCAAUUCCUAUGCCCCACAAAUAACCCAGAGAUGUAUUUUAAAUAAAAGGACACAUUCUACUCUCAGGUUACCAGAUUUUUUUCAAUAAAUCUGGGGACACUUUUCAACUUCAAUGGAUUUUGUAUGGGGACUGAUUUGUAAAUCCGGGGACUGUCCCUGGGAAACGGGGACGUCUUAUAACCAUAUUCUACUCAUGAAAAACAUGCUGAUUCCUGGACUGUCCGCGAGCCGUAUUUAGAAGGCAAUUUGGCCUGAUCCGGCCCCCGGGCCUUAGUUUGCCUACCCAUGCUUGGCUAGUAUGCUAGGCUUAUUAAUUUAUACCCAUUAAGUAUUAAGUGAUCAUAGAUGGAACCAUUCAGGCUGGCCCUUACCAGCAUGUACAUUUGUUGCUGUUUUGGCAGUUUUAACUCUGGGCCUGCCUGGUGGGUAAUAAUGCUUCUUCUGAUCAUUGUGGAUAUAGGAGGGCAUGUCAAAGAAUGGAAUUAAUUUGUUUCAUCCAAAUUUUGGAAUGCAUUACAUAUUUUUUUUAUGUGAAAAUGGCUUCCACCAGCCACCCCACAUUAGUCUGAGUGUUUUUAAAAGUGACUUCUGUGAUUUGAGGGACAGUGAAGAGAUGGAUGGCACUGAUACCAUGGAAAAGUAGGGGGCAAGUGGUGCAAAUAAUAUAAUCGGGCUUGUUGGUGUGAGGUAGAGUUAAACACCACAACCUAACUAUACCCAGCUGUUUUGUCAUAAUCAGCCACUUUGCUAGUUGUAUGUUCUGUGAUUGACCUAUAUGAGAGGCAGGGGUGGCUAAUUCAGAGAUUCAUUUCCUCUGCCUUUCUCAUCAAUGAACACUUAGGCAGCUGCUUUGAACAUUUGGCACCUAUACUGGACAAAGAAAUAGGAACAUUAUUUUUUGUGUUAAGUUUCUUCAGAUUAUUUUUUGGACUUUUCACUGAUGCCUCCUGUAUAUAGUGUAAAGUAAGACACUCUCAUUGAAAUGUCCUGCAGCUUUUAAUUUUCUGUUCCCAAGAGAGUUUCCUGUUUUACUAUGUGUGAAUUUUUAAAUUUUGGUGUGUGUACUUGCAGAUUCUAGUGAUUAUCAUGCUGAUACAAAGUUGCUUAAUUUCUUAAUUGCACAAUCUUAGAUUGAAAUUUCAGAUACUGUUUAGAGUGGCUUCUUUCUUUCCUUUCAGGCAACAUUAAUUAGCUAGAGAUGUGAUAUUUUAAAAUCAGGCUUUUAAAUAUAGAUGGGAAGAAGAGGAUUGUUCUGGGUUGGUAAUUAGCAAAUCUGUCUGGAAUUGUCAGCCUGUAUUUCAGUAUAUCCAGAGAUGUAAUUAUUGGAAUUGUUUGCUAGACUGGAUUUAAAAUUCUGAUUUGUACCCUAGGGGGCAGUAGUUUACUUUAUAUAGUGGCUUUUUCAUUAGCUAGUGAAACUGUGCUAAAAUAUAUGCAUUCAAAACUUGCAUUUUAGAUUAUGGAUUUUUACACACAGAACCCAACAGUCGAAUAGAAACCUAUAGAUUAAGAAAUUUCUAGAGACUAUUACUGCAGAAAUGGGACUGUGUCGUAAUGACCUCUGUUGUGAGGCUGAGAUAAUAGGCUGAUUUUAAACUAGUGAUUUAGAUGAACUUUCUCUUUAAAAGUUUGCACUAAAAAAAAAAUGCCAUUGAAGGAUAGUUUACACUUUAAGAUUGGUUGUACCUGUUAAACUUUAAUUUAUGUAUAACUCAACAUACACAACAGAUUUAUACACAUCUAAUUUGUACAGUCAGUUCACAUUCUAAUCCACUUCCAACUAAUGCAUGCUAUCAGCCUUUCCUAUAGAACGUUUUGAUGGAGUCUCAUGAUAAGACGAAAAAACUUGUUGCAUGUCAAGACAAGCAGCAUCCUUUUUAUCCCUCACUAUCAGAAUAGUCGGCCCUUUGUGGGUUCCAUCUCCAAAGUAGAUUUAGUGAUUUCAAAUCCAGCCAUGAAUCAUGGAAUAGGUACUCAUUUCAAAGACAUAAAUUUAUUUUCAAUGCAGCCCCUAAAGAGGCCGACAGCAACAAAUAGCUGUGGGACAACACAUGAGAGUGUUUGUCACUCCAGGUAGAGAGAGUUGUGUUAGGUCAGGUCAAUCCAUCUCCUCCUCCCCAGGUCUCGAUUAUGCAGAUCAGGUCAGCCUGUUUGUUCACAAUAACAUCAUGGAUCUUAGGAACUGGGUUAGUGUUCAGUAACACCACCACCAGACCUCCAGUGAUGCCACAGGUAAGAGGUCAGAGCGAGCAACAGAAUGCAAGCUUCUGUAAGCCCUCCCUCGCACCCAGCCAUCCUCUAGCCUCACUUACCUCUGCCUCCAGUCGCUUGAAUAGUUGAUAUCCCUGAGACUUCCUUGCAAGGCCUCCCUUCUAGGCACGUUUUUCAAGGACUCUGUCCUCCAUAACCACACACUACCCCAGGAGCUCACAAAAAUUGCAGUGCAGGCCGUAACAGGAACUAUGUAUUAACAGUAUCAUCAGCACCUCAGUUAACCUGAGAAAUAUCAGUAGCAUUCACAUUUCAGAUUGAAUUUACUAUCGGUUUUGAAAUGUAGCAGUGAUCUAGCUAGCACAAUUGUCUUCUGAAAUGUGGUUUUUGGUGAGAAGGAUUGGGUAAUGAACAAACCAAGAACAGCAUCUGAGUUUAGCCAUAAUGUGGACAGUGAAUAAAGACAUGUAAUUUAUUCCUGUUCCGUAUGUUUACUAAUUUGUAAGCAUAUACAUGAACCCCAGAGAGUCAGAUUUAUCCUGUUCUUACUCACUUGAACUGGGAUUUUUAAUAUUCUUUCAGCUUCCAAAGCAUUACUUUGGAAAAUCUUUCUUGAGCUGGUAUAGGACUACAUAUUCCUGAUGAACCUGAAUCUCCCCCAAGGAUUUUUAAAUAAAUAAUUAGGCACCAUGCAUCUGAUUUAAUGAUUAACCUUGAUCCUGGCUAGUUUUGCAAAGUCAGAUUGUGCAGAUGUAGUGAUGAUGAGUAAUUCUUGCAGGAGUCACAUUUUUAAAGAUUUUUUUAAAAUGGUAUCCAUGGAAACUGUAAUUCAAUUCUUUCACAUAUGCAGUAUGUCUGUUCCUAACCGCUAGAACAACAAAUAGCAUGUAUGAUUAGCAACCUAGUUAUUUCCUGACAUCUUAAUGCAUAUGAAUUUUGAGAAAUGUAUUCAUUUGUCUUUGGCCAAAUCUAUAAGACAUUUUUAAAAAAUCUUUUGAGAGCUAAAAUUCACAAAACAACAAUAGGAAUAAACAGCCUCCCUCUGUCUUUUUUGGUGUCUUUCAUGAAGGAUCUUGUAAACCUUGCUAAACUGGCUGCACAUGCUUAUUUUGGAGUUUUCUUUCGCAGAAAACUCUUUGUCAAACAGACAGCAUUUGUAUUUCUACCUUUUGUAAUUAAAAAGACUCAUGUAUAUUAUUUGACAAUAAACUUCUGGAAACAAAACAAUCUGAAUUUUCACGUACUUGAACAAGAGUCUAUUUGUAAUUUCCAGGAUGGAAGAAAGAACUAGAGAAUAGUGUCCAAAAAGGAAAACAUAGCAUCUCCUCUCCUUUGAGGUGGCAAAGAAACCUGGAUAGAUUUCUCUAGUCACCUGAUUUUAGCUGAUCUAUUUAUACCCUUCAAACCUGGAUGCUUAACGGUGCAAUCCUAUAAAUAUCUGCUCAGAUGUAAGCCACGUUGAGCUCAGUGGGAUUUACUCCUAGGUAAGUUCAUAUAGAAUUGCAGCUUAGGUAACUUUGCCAUGUGCUCAGUUCUGAAAACUAUUUUGUCAUACAUAUAUUCUAAGAAAGAAUGGGUUAGAUCCCAUCAAUUUGCUCUUCCUCUGAAUAAUGUAACGGAAGAUAUUACGUUGCCAAAGAGGCUGGAGUUGGAAAUGCCCUAUACCAGUGAUGAGUCACUGCUGAAGAUUUUAAAUAGUUGUAAUCAGUGUGUUGUCCACACCCUUCCACAGGCCAGAAUAAUAUGAAUCAUUUUCUUCUGUGUUUCCUAAAUAGUUUGAGAGGAAGUAGCAUGUAUUCCUGUAAUAAGUUGUAAAACGCUGCUGGUAUCCUCCCAAGUACUGAUGCUGAUAGACACAUGGGAUUUUCAAAAGAAUUUUCAAAUGGUUUUGGUUUGACUACUAGACAAACAUUUUGUAACCCUAGCAACUUACUUUAACCAUAAAGAUUAUUUCGUAUGGCUUUCUGUUGCCACAGAUAAAUAUAACAAGGUGCUAAAUAUUGAUAUGUUUGAAUGCAAACAAAUUAUGUUUUUUAAAAAAUAGUUGAAGACUAGUAUCUUUGAAAACUGUAUUCAAAAUUGUCCCGUCCCCCCCCAGUUUAUUCAAAAUUAUAAAUAGUCAAGGUAGGGCUUUUUCCUCAGCCAAGGAAUAACAAAAGAAGGACUAAUGCAUCCAGCUGAGAUUUUGCUUCCUGAAUGAGCCAGAGCCUCCAUAAUGUGUCUGAUCCCUGACUCAUGUUUUGACUGGUAACUAGUAUUUCAAAAUUUGAGACUGUGAGGAAGCCAGUUAGGAUGUUCUACGUUAAGGAAGCCUUGUGCCCCAGGUGGAAGAAAGAAGGCUCUCAAAAUUGCAGUGAAUUUUUGUGUCUUGUUUUUUUAAAUGAAGAUACUUGCAAAAUAGUCAAAUGCUCCACUUCCCUAACAGUCACAUUGCUACUUUACAGCUUUGCUUCCUUCUACAGUUGGAAAUAUGUGGAAGCUAUCUUAUUUUUGCUGGGUAUAUCCUGGGCACUUAUUUUCUGUCUGCCUCUUGUCUAGUGAACUGUGGGUGGGAAAUCUUCAACUGCUUUUGUCACACACAGGAGAUAUUCUCAAUUAAAAAAACCCUAGAAAUAAUCCAAGACUACCACUUAGACUCAUAGAGAACACACACACACACACACACACACACACACGCACACGCUCACGCUCCAUGCAGGUUGUUUUCUGCUGCUCCAGAGAAGCGGACACGGAGCAAUGGAUCCAAACUACAAGAAAGAAGAUUCCACCUAAACAUUAGGAAGAACUUCCUGACAGUAAGAGCUGUUCGACAGUGGAAUUUGCUGCCAAGGAGUGUGGUGGAGUCUCCUUCUUUGGAGGUCUUUAAGCAGAGGCUUGACAACCAUAUGUCAGGAGUGCUCUGAUGGUGUUUCCUGCUUGGCAGGGGGUUGGACUCGAUGGCCCUUGUGGUCUCUUCCAACUCUAUGAUUCUAUGAUUCUAUGAUUCUAAAAGAAUAUACUCCCAUUUAUCACUUACUAUACUUCUUACGUUAAAGAUUAGAUACCUCUCUAUUCUUCUGUGUAAGUGUUCAGCCUCAGUGGCAGUUAAUUUCUCCUGCUAUAUGAGAUAUCAUGCAUAUCAGGGAAUUAUGGAAUAUACAGUCAUCAAAUGUAUCCCAGUUCUGCCACAUCAGUAGUUCUAUUACUUUUUAACAAGGUUACUUGAUUGUAAUGUUUAAUCUCAGAGUCUUGGAGGUUGGCUCUAUAACAGGGGUUAGCAAACUUUUUCAGCAGGGGGCCGGUCCACUGUCCCUCAGACCUUGUGGGGGCCCCGACUAUUUUGAAAAUAAAAUAAAUUCCUAUGCCCCACAAAUAACCCAGAGAUGCAUUUUAAAUAAAAGCACACAUUCUACUCGUGUAAAAACACGCUGAUUCCUGGACCGUCCACGGGCCAGAUUUAGAAGGCAAUUGGGCCAAAUCCGGCUCCGGGCCUUAGUUUGCCUACCCAUGCCCUAGUCUAAUUCCCUGUGUUGUGAUUUCUCAUAUUAAUGCCUGCUGUUCCUGCUAGAAAGUAAAGGCUGCCUGUGUGAUUUGGGUUUGCAGUGGUGAUGGUAGUGCUUCUCAGCAAGAAUUCAUAAUCCUGGACUUUUGUCACUUUCUUCCAAGAAAGAAAAUACUAUUGAACUGUUCUGGACUUUAUUCCCAGUAAACAUAGAAUCAUAGAAUUGUAGAGUUGGAAGGGACCUCAAGGUUCAUCUUGUCCAACCCCCUGCAAAGCAGGAAUCCCAAUGAUAAGGCUCCUUCUGUGUCAGAUUAAAAUUGAGCAUCAGAUGCACUUUGAAAGCAGGCUUUCCCUUUUCAAAAAGCAAAUAAAUGUUGUACGCUGAUAUUUACCUCCUUUGAUGUAUGACUUAUCAUAUGAUGGCUUUCUAUGAAUACGGUCCUUGUCUUAGCUUCAUUAUUCAGCGUUGUGACUAAACGCAGUUGGUUGGAAACUUCACAUCAAAUAGUCAAAUUCUUGAAGCAAAAUGUUACCCCCCCCCAAAAAAAAACUUAGAUCACAAUCUGUUGUGCUGCUGCUAUCACUGGUUUCUUCCUAUGAAGUACGAAUUAUCGGGUGUUAGAAUUUGUUUUUAGUGAUUUCCUCUUGUUAAGAUGCCAACUGGAAAACUCCAGUCUGACAGCAUUGUCUCCUGGCUACUGAAUGAUAUGAGUAAUCAUACUUGCUCCCAGAGUCACAUGGGAUCUGGAAUUGCACAUGUGUGUAGAAGGUGGUGAAGAUGACAGUGUCUGUUUUCUGCUGUUUGGUGUCAGUCUCUCACACCUCAUGGCUUCAACCUUCAGGAUAGGAGUUUCUUAGGGGAAACAUGGGGAGCUGCUGCCACAGUGAUGGGAGUUUAACAGGUCCUGUAAGCAAGUUGAAGCAGUGUUGUGCCUCUCGGAAUCCCACCUACAAGAAGCCUACAGCAUACUAUUCUAGGAGAAGCAAAUCCUAUCGUUUCUGAUAAGCUGGAGUCAGUUUCCAGCAGCUGUGGUGUGUCCUCCUUGGAUUUCCUAGUUAGAAAGGCUCAUACCAGGAGAGAACUUUGGAAAGAGUGGAAUCAAGAGUUAGUGUUGUUGAACGACAAAGAACAAAGAACUAAUGGUCUGAGAAACAGGUAUUUUGAAGGAAAUACAGUCAACAACCUUUUCACACAGAGGUUACGUUCUCCCUGCUCCGUGCGCAUCAUUUUGGACUCACAGCUGUCCAUGGGGCGCAGGUCAAUUCUAUAGCCAGGGCAGCUGUCUACCAGCUCCACCUGGUACACAGGCUGAGACCCUACCUGCCUCGCCAUAGUGGUGCAUGCUCUGUUUAUCUCCCGCUUGGACUACUGCAAUGCGCUCUACGUGGGGCUACCUUUGAAGGUGACUCGGAAACUACAACUAAUCCAGAAUGCGGCAGCUAGACUGGUGACUGGGGGCGGCCGCCGAGACCACAUAACACCGGUCUUGAAAGACCUACAUUGGCUCCCAGUACGUUUCCGAGCACAAUUCAAAGUGUUGGUGUUGACCCUUAAAGCCCUAAACGGCCUCGGCCUAGUAUACCUGAAGGAGCGUCUCCACCCCCAUCGUUCUGCCCGGACGCUGAGGUCCAGCGCCGAGGGCCUUCUGGCGGUUCCCUCAUUGUGAGAAGCAAAGCUACAGGGAACCAGGCACCCGCCCUGUGGAAUGCCCUCCCAUCAGAUGAGAUAAACAACUACCUGACAUUCAGAAGACAUCUUAAGGCAGCCCUGUUCAGGGAAGUUUUUAAUGUGUGACAUCUUAGUGUAUUUUUGUCUUUGUGGAAGCCGCCCAGAGUGGCUGGGGAAACCCAGCCAGAUGGGCAGGGUACAAAUAAAUUAUUAUUAUUAUUAUUAUUAUUAUUAUUAUUAUCAGCAGAGUGUGUAUAAACGUGUCCCACUCCAUUAUGCCCUUCGUCUUUUGGUUGUUGCCUGUACAGAGAAGGGAGGCAAAAUCCUUAAACGAUUCAGAUAGAAUAAGUUGAGGACAGUACUACAGAAGAGAUUCACUCAAACUUAGAAGAAGUAGGAUAUGAUCCCUUCAUGUUCUGUGACAGUUAUAAUUGCUAUCAUUAGCUAUAAUGACAUAAGGAUAGCUUUUUAUUAUCGCCCCAAAAUAUAGCACUCUGUGUCCAUAUGUUGUAUUCUAUGUGGCAUAUGGGUAUAGUAUGUAAUUUGCUAAUUAUACUUUCACAUGGGUGGGCAGUAGCAGAAUGUCACUUUUAAAUUCCCAGGUAAUGCUGUGCUGUAUGGAGCUGAUUCUCUUCAGAUGAAUUCUUCCCGGAAUACGUUUGUUUCAUACUCUUAUAAACAAUAUUGUACUUUCAAAAGAUGUUAUUGCAAGGCAAGUAGUGCUUCUGUAGGUAUAUUUAAUGCAUACAGUUAAGAGUCCUUUUUAGUAGGUAUUUCGGUAUUUCAAUGCUUACUGUAACAAGAUAACAAAAUUAGAAGUACAUUCAUUUUACAUGUCAUUUUCCUUGUUCUCUGGGAUUUUUAAAUGACAGACAACUUAAUUUUGUUUUUAAUAUUAAUUUCUGCAACCAGGCAUGGAGUUAAGAUGAACUUGUGAUUUUUAUAUGGAUGAAUUUGUGACAUAUCUAGCAGCUGUGUUUCAUGUAGUACCUGACUUGCUUAUGCUUUUUGAAAAUAUAUUUAUGCCAGCUUUCCAUCCUGCAUUGUUAGAAUUUGCUUAGAGAGGGCUUGUAGUCACUAGAAAUAUACUUAACAUUUAAAAAGAUACUGUAUUAAAUAUAUUUGCAAACACACAUUUGGGAAUGUUCUGUUUGCUUUCUUGUGAUAUAUAGGUGCAGCCAUUGCUUCCUGUGUUUCCCACCCCAAGCCAACUGUGGUAUAUAUAGCAGAGCUUUACCUGCAUAUCUUGAUAGGCAGGGUUCCUCCAGAGGCUUACCCUUAAAUAUCAAUUGGGACAGUCCCUUGUGCUUUCCAGAACCUAAGCCCAUUCUCGUCUUUUCUUUCUUUCCUCCUGCUCUGAGGGUUUUGUUUUUACAAUCAAGUUGCAUAUAAGAUUUGUAAAAUAAACAAAUAGUUUAACGUCUGCAUCACUGUGUCCCAGUACUGCCUUAUAACUUUCCAUAACAACCCCCCAAAAAGCAAUUCCUAUUGAAAAUUAGCCUUGAGAGAUGGUGAAAACCAGUGACAUUUCAUACACCCUCCUUUCCUUGCAACCUGGAACAGCUAGCCAAUUGGGACCCAGUUAUUUGUAAAAAGAGGGACAUUUUGUGACAGGUACCUACAAUUAAUUCCAAGCACUUGAUUGUUGACACCUGUGAAUCACACACAGAGCCCGCACCACUGAUGAAAACAGCAGCAGCGUGUGACCUUGUCCCUAUGGGACACUAUCAGAUCCAGGCUUUGAAUAGCAAGGUAUAUUUAACUUCUUCCUCUCCCCCCUCCCACCUCUGCAAUUCCAGUACAGACAAAAUUCCAGUUCAGGUGAUGGGAAGUCUAUGUGGCUCUGUUUCUUUGUUACCGCUCACUGAAAAUGUAGUUUUUGGGGCUGCUGAAAAUUGAGUGAAUGUUUAUUUUAAUGCCUGGAGCUGGCCUCCAACUUCAUUAAAUCUUGUGUUCUUAGGAAAGGUGUGUUUGUUGAAUAUCUGCCUCUCUGCAGCUUUUAAAGGCACAGGAGCUCUGUUAAGAGAAAAGGUAGUAACCAUGUUGUUCCCUGAAGACAUAUGCUCUGAGGCAUCUAGCAGCCAGAUUGCUAGUUUUUAUUUUCUGGCUCUGUUGUUUUGAGUUUACAAAAGCCAUAUAUGGAAAAAAGAGGGGGGACACAAUCCUGUGCACUUAGAAGCAAGUCCUGGUUUAGCUUUAGCAGCUCUGGCUGGAAGCUGCUUCACGUACCACCGAUAUAGCCAUGCUAAGAAGACCUUUACCUGAUUAAUUUUUGCAUGUCAGGUUGCUGUUAAAGGCAUAGGAGCAGGGCCAGUAAUAAAAAUGGGGACUUCUAAAACUGCCGUCUCCUAUACUUUCUUGGGAGCGAGCCUUACUGCAUUCAGUACACAUUCUAAGUAAACAUGCAUUGGAUUGGGCUGCAUGUUGCAAAAUAACUCUGGAGGUAAUAUUUGCAUUAUACUUCUGUAAAGGAGUGAUGUAUUUUCACUACUGUGUAAGUACUAAUUAUAUUGAUGAGGUAUGACUUGGCAUUGAUUACUUUCACAAUCCUAUUUUUUUAAAAAAAACAAAAGCAAGACUUUCAGUGUCCAGUGGGAUUUAUUCUCAUAUGAGCAUGCAUAGGAUUGCAACCUUGCAAUGUUCCACCUACCGUUAGCUCUGUUAGCCUUAGCACUUCUUACCAUAAGCUGCCCAUCCCUCUGCCCCACCAGCCCCUAUUGGUGUUAGCUGCCUUUGCCCUUUAAAUAGAAAAAAGAAGGGCAAAGUGCUUCUAGUUUUCCUCAGUUUUAGAUAGCUUCAGCCCAAUCCUAUGCAUGUUUACCCAGAAGUAAAUCUCAGGAGGCCUUUUUGGACAUAAUGUUCCAGACUAAAUAAAACUAUAGUUCUGUUGAGCCAGGAACAUUAUGUUCGAAAAGACUCACAGAAAUUUACUUCUGGGUAAGCAUCCACAGGGCUGGAUUGAAGUUGUCAAACCAUAGUAUUGAGAACAUUGGACCUGCAUGUUCCCCCUUCUUCUCCCCCCUUUGGCUCUUUCACCCGCUGACCUCAUUGUCCUGAUGCUUUUAAACCAGAGCUCCAUGUUACUUCUGAAAUGGGAAACUCUCAUUUAAAUAGAUGAGGAUGGAAAUUUCAGAGCCAGUGCAUAAAGGGGAACAUGGUGAGCCUCAGUGCUCAUUGCUGACUUACUAAACUAUGGUUUAGUAAACUAGGAACAUUAUGACCAUACAAGAUCACUGUGUUCAAUGUAACAUAAGGUAAAGGGACCCCUGACCAUUAGGUCCAGUCAUGACCGACUCUGGAGUUGCGGCGCUCAUCUUGCUUUACUGGCCGAGGGAGCCGGCGUGCAGCUUCCAGGUCAUGUGGCCAGCAUGACUAAGCUGCUUCUGGCGAACCAGAGCAGCACAUGGAAACGCCGUUUACCUUCCCGCCAGAGCGGUACCUAUUUAUCUACUUGCACUUUGACGUGCUUUCGAACUGCUAGGUUGGCAAGCCAGUGACUUAUUUCUCCCAAUUAAGAAUUCAUAGGAUAGCAGACUUAAAACAUCCAAUUUUGAAUGCAUUGUUUUAACCAAGUUUCAUUUAAAUAAAUGGGAUUAAUUUACCAGUAUGAGGAAAUGACUGAGGCAACAAUGUAAACAAAAAUGGUUUCUAGCUAAAAUUUCAAAAUCUCCGAGCUAAGGACAGCUGAGUCAGUCACUUGGAAUUUUGUUUAAAAGUAUUUUUCUUCUGAAAUGUGAAUCUUGUUUCAUUGUAUACUGCUGAACUUAUUUUUCACCACAGAAUUUGAAAAUACCAGUGUUUGGUUGAUACCUGAAAAUUUUGAUACUUAACCCAUAGGAAUAUAUCUACAGUAUUCAUAUCCAAAGCAGCUUACAAGAUGCUUCAGAUAUCUCUUGUUAUGGUCAUUCAGCGCAUGUCCGUUGAAACUCUGCUAAGUCUGUAUUUUAAGAUCUGAAAUUGAGAACCUUAAAAAAGUAAGGUUACUUAAUAUGAACUGGAAGUACUGUUGAGUUAAAAAAGCAACAUUUCCAAUACUUUGGGCAUAUGACCCAUUUAUAUAAUACACCCACAGAUCACUGCUACAGCUCAGCAGAUUCAAACCAAAGCUGUAAAUUCAGAUUAUUGGAUGAUAUUUUUUGUUAGUGUUUGUUAAUAUCCUCACUUUUUUUAGGUGCUUGUUAGCAUGCUAAAUAUGUCUUUUAACAGCAACCCAAAUAUUUCUUGUAAGCAGCUAUUACUUUGUAUAAUGGAUUGAUUUUUUUUAAAAGGCUUUUUAAUUCCUAGUUUCUAAAGACUAAAAAGUUGCAUGGCCACAGAGGGUUAACUGAGACCGUUCUGAGAAUAUGGUAACAUAUGAAAGCAGUUAUGGGUUGGAAUUGUUUAUUUUCCUACAUUGUUAGUCAGCAGUGCCAGUAUACGAGUUUCCUUGUGGCUUUUAGUGGAAAAUGUUGAAGGCUCAACAGAAAUCUUACGUUUUAAGUGAAUUAGUCACACAAAACUGGCAUCGAUAUUCUGUGAGGGCUGCCCCAAAGCUGCUUUUUUCCCUCCCCCUGCUACAGGAAGUUGCAUCCAGAGCAGUAGCUCAGUUAUUUGGUAAGUGUAACAUGUGAGCAUUACUAGGCAUUUCAUUCUGCGGAUCUAUUGCUCUGUUGGAAUACUGCUGCGGGUGCGAUUUUUGUGUCCUGUUAAUGUGUUCUGUAAUGACCUUUUUAAAGCGCUAGCUUUUUAUACCGUUUGCGGUACCAUCUGCUGCAUGAAAAAUCCUAACUUAAUGACAAAAUUUGGAUAAAUAGAGCAUUUAACGUGAAGAACCACAGGACUUGCAUAGACACAGAUCUUCAAAUAAAGAAGUUGGCUGAAAGAUGAUGCGUGGAGCCUGAUUUUCUCCCCCCUCCCCCCCUUUUUUACAUCGGUCUGAAUGAAGGCUAUAAUGGAACCUCUAUUCACACAGUGAUCAAAAGAAGCGCUCGAGUGAUGAACUACUUCUGCAGGAAAAGUCUAAAGCAAUAAUUCAAGUGCUUGUGUUUGUGGUGUUUUGCUAAAACGUUGUUACUGGCAUUUAUAUCUUAUGUGUUCGUUGUUGGAGCAGCUAGCUAGAGCAAUGGUCUGAUGAUGGAAAACAAAUGUUCUGCAUUUCUUUUCUGACUGAUGGAGUAGCAUUCUGUGUUAUGGUCUGUUGGGGAAUCUAGAUUGAAGAAGCAGUAUUAUUUGAGUCUCAUUGUCCUUUGUUGUCUGACUCAUCACAUGUAAAUGUACUGCAGCUUAGCUGUACAUUGCAGGCAUUUUUACAUGGAGAAGAAAUGUCAACCUUGGAGCUUUAGUGCUGAAUAACUGUUGAGUUAUACGUUGCUUUUUGUGUGAUGGACUUUUGAUUUUAAGGCAGUAGCAUUUUUAAUUGCGGAAUGAUCAUGACCUGGAACACUUGGGGCAGUCAUGUAUGCCUUUUUCGGUAGAAAUCCUGCUACCGUUAACUGGAGGCUGACCUUGCUGGAGUGGGGAGAGCUGUGAUCAUCUCUGCCAGAGCAAUUGUCUCUUGUUUCAUUCUAUACAGAAUGGUGUUAUGUCGUCUAUAACAAUGAUUUUACUGUUUAGGUAGUCUUAUUCUGUAGAAAUUAAACAAAAGCAAAUUGGCUGGUGAAAGUUCAGAAUUUUUAUAUAUACUGUUGUAAUUUCUACUGUAAGAGGAUAUUUUAGUAAUUGAUUGCUACAAAGUAAUAGCAGAACUAUUUUAGCAGAACUUUUUAUGGAAUAUUUUGGAAAACUUCAUUAGCUGAAUAUGUUGUUGAAUUUGACAAAUAGAAUAUAAUUUAAGUUAUGCCAUUUUAAAUAUUUCAAAACAAAGCACUAGUGUUUGUAAAUUAUGUUUGAGAGGAAAAGAACUUUCUGUGCUGUCUUGGCUAUCCUUGGGACAAGGCUGUUACAAAUCUAAUUUUCUCCUUCAAACGGGUCGAAUGAGUCGUGUGUGUAUUGUUGUUUUGGAGGAGGUGGAAGAUGAUUCUCCCACGUUUAUUUCCAAACUGCCUCAGGAAAGCAUAUCUCUACAUCCUUCAGCUUCAGGACAUUGCUUGGUAAGAGGUUCUUGCUAAAUAUGUCCUGUUUGUAAUUGUGGUUCAAGGCUCCAUUGACUUGCCAUAAAUAUGAAACUGUAGUUGGUAUUUAUUUUGCUGAAGUAGUUAAUAUGGUUGUGUAGAUUCACUUCUGUGUCUAACGAUAAUCCUAAUGAAUGAAACAAAUUCUCUAGAUUGUUCCUUUUCAAAUCUUAAGGGGUGCUCCAAUCAUUGCUUUCAAAAGUAAAUUGACAAAGAAGUGAAUUUUGUAGCAAAUUGUUUCUAACACAGCUCCUAAAAUAAUUGGUUAUGUAGUCUUUCAAAAACCAUAUAGUAUAUUCUGUAGUAAAGCAAGUCCCAUUCUUUAAAAAUAUGGAAAAUAGAUCAUGUGAUGCAGGGCUACUAGUCCAGCAACAUUGUAAUAGUGAGUAGUUAUUAUUUAUUGCUUUGGCAAUAAUGCUUUCAAAUGUUUAUGGUGGUGGUUAGCACAUGUAGAUAUUUUUAGAAAUAGAUGUGUUUGUCACCAGAUCAUGUACUGCACUUCCUUAUUUGUCUAUCACAUUGCAUGCAUGUGUCUAGUUGUUUUCUGUUUCUUUCAGAAGGCAUUCUGCAAAAUUAGUAUGCCAUAAUCAGGUAUUUUUUAUUUUUAUCUUGUAUAGAUAAUUAGUGCAGUAUGGUUGUUUAUGUAGAAGAGCAUUUUAAAGGAGUGCAUUAGACAGAUUUUUAAUGAAGUAUUUGUGAUAUGGAAUGUUUUGGUACUCGUCUAAAACUGUGGUGGAAUAAUUACACCUGAAUAGCAUUGAAAUUAAAAUGCUUUCUCUGUUUUCUUGUAUUUUAGCCACCACUUGUUCAAGCUAUAUUUAAUGGGGACCCUGAUGAAGUUCGUGCACUAAUUUUUAAGAAAGAAGAUGUUAACUUUCAGGUAAAUGCCUUAUUUUUUGCUCAUAGAUUUUAUUUUAUUUUGUUGUCUUCUUCUUCUUAUCUGAGACACUCCAGAAGUCUUUGUAAUAAAUUUAUUGAUUUACGAAAUAUAACUUACCCUACUACUAUUCUGUCAGAUUUUACCUACAUUUGGUGGUGAACUAAUCAAUCUGUUUAGCUUAAAGAAACACUUGCCUAUCUUUCUUUAGUUUUUAAGAUAUUGUAAUAUUAAGACUGCACUAAAUUGCCACAAAGUUACUAACUCAAAUAUGGUUUCUCCACCACAUACCACUAUCCAGCCUCCAGUUACUAAUAAUCCUUACCCACACCCAUAAUUCAUGUUGGUGUUCAAGUCAUCUCAUUUUAGCCCUUUCAUAAAACCAAGGAAAAAGAUGGGGGACAGAGGAAUGCCAAAAUGUUUCACUUUUUAGAGCUGGUAAACUGGAUCAGGUUUCCUGCUGCUAUGUUGGUUGUCCAAACUACUCAUAAUGUGACCUGUUCUUUGGCAGCUGGAUAGACAAUUGCAGGCCUUUUUUUCUGUAGGUGCAAGAGGCUUUUUAAUAUUGCAAAAUCAGUCUAAUUAAUUUUCCAGCAGCCACUACGUUUCAUGUACAAGCGGGACCUGCAAAAAAUAAAUAAAUGUGGCAUUGCGGAAUUUAUUGUUCAGCCACCCCUGCCUUCUUCCUUGAUAAUUCAUUCCAUUUCCCCUUAGUUUUCUCUCUUAUUUGUAUUCUCUUCCCAACAACCAGUCAGUAUUCCAUGCCCACUGAGCAUGCUCAACCUGCUCAUUGGAAUGUUUUGUGAGCUGUUGUCCCCUGAUACUUCUUUCUUGUGCCUGAGUGGUUUUGGCUACAUAUGAACUGGCCUUAGGAGAAUUAAGAUAAUGAUAUAUGAUGAUCCAGUUAUUAUAUUCAUGCAUCACAAUUCUUUGUAUAUUCACUUGGAAGUGUCACAUUUAGUUCAGUGGGACCUACUCCCAAGUAAGGGUGCAUAGCCUUGCAACCUUAGUCAUGCAGUUAUUAUGAUCAUACUAAUUAUCGGAUGUUAUAUGAUUUAUCGUCUGACUGCUGUUAGAAACAGGAUGCCUGACUAGAUGAGCCCUCAGUGUGAGACUAAUGCGGUGUUAUACAUGCUUACUCAGGAGAGAGAACAGUUUAAUUCUGCGGGAUUUUUUUGCUAGAAAAAUGUGGCCUGUAAUUCUAAUUCCAAUUUUCUGGGAGUAAGAUCCAUUGAAUUCAGUAGGACUUGUUCCAGAGUAGAGAUAGACACUGGGCUUUUAGUCUAUCAACAUUCCAGAGGGAUAUGGUUUUAAGUACUAACCAGGUAUUUAGCAUACAACUAAUUUUUAAUGCUGUUUUACAAAAUAUGAUGGGAAAAUUAUGCUUUAUUAUGACUUUUAAAGAAGUUCUUACUGUAUAUGAGGAAAAUAGUUAAAGGUUUACUGGCAAAAUCUUGGUUCAAUCUCAACCUGACUAGAAUUAGUCACUGAAUUUAGUGGUUGUUACUAGUGGUUUUAAAACAAAUGUAUUCUUUGUAUACUGGGUAACUUUUGUCAUGAUGGGUGUUGGCUGGUGAAAAUGUGUAAUGAAAAAUAAAUGAUUGAAAUCAAAUGUCAUUGAAACAGGGCUGCUAAUUAGAAUUUUAAACCAGUGUUUCAAAUGCAAGAUCUAGUGUACAGUAACUCUAUUAUAGUUGUGUGAGCCAGAGCACAAGAUGCUUUCCAAAAGAACACAAGGAUUUGGUUGUAAUAAAGCCUACAGUGAGGAUAGGCUCUGUCCUAGUUGUAUUCUUCUUUAUUCUGCAAGUUAUGAACAAAACAGGAAUUGAGUGAGUUGUGAUCCUACAUGUGUAAUAAAAUAAUACACGAUUAGGGUCAAACCAUUCCCAAUUUGUCCUCUGUUCAGUUGGGGGGUACAGGCAGCCUCCUGUUGACAUGUGUUCCAUAUGUGUGCAACCGUGUAUACACACAUCAUGCUGAACCUGGAAAUGUCAUAAAGACAGCACUAAAAAGGUAGAAUGGGGUGUUUGCAGGCAUUUUCAAGGGGUUUAAAUUAUACGUGAUUUCACUGAUGCGAGCAGUGCCUCAAAACGUAAUCCUUGCAUAAAUGGGGGGCUGCCUGUAUUGUAAGUGUUUCAGAUUUUCAGCAUGUUAAGUAGUGUGUUAUUUUGUAAGGUAAAUAAUGCUGAAGUGCCAAUUGAUGGUGGCACACAGAUUACAAUGAAUUAUAAUGCUUAGUUGCUGCAAACCUUCCUUGAUGGUUGUAGGCUAGCGCUCUAAUACUAGAGUGUGUCCUCUGAUGUGUGCACAGAUCUUCUGUGGUUGGGGAUCUUCAUUGAUCGACGCAUGCUGGGGAAUUUUGAUAAAGUUUAUCUGCUUAUAGUAAUAGGGCAAGCCAUUUGUGGAGGAGGAGCUCUUAGAACUCCCACGUGGAUAAGGGUUGUGAUAUUUUCAUUUUGGGGAAAUGUUACAUUCUUCACUGUUUGGGUUGUCAAUGAACAUAAUUUAGUCUGGAGUAAGCAGGGUUUUAGUUGAAACUUUGGAAGAAAGAUUCUCCCCUGCUAAUUAUGAAUAAAACUUGACAACAUCCAUAGGAAUCAUACUCAAGUAUAAUUGGUGAAGAUACAGUAAAAGCACAAGCAAGCGCAGUUGCUUAACUUCAUCGGCUAGGCUCUGUGGAGCUCGUUCAUGAGUGGAAUAAAUCCUGAGUGGGUGGGUGUUGAGUAUUUUCCUUCUAGCUGCAUCCUGGAAGGAAAAUACAAGGUAAGGUGUAAGGUAGGAAGGGAUGUCAGCUUCUGGGUGCAUGUGAUGUUCUUCCUAGUUCUCUAGAUCCUGGUCACUGUGCAAGAGUAGCAAACAUCCAGUGCUCUGCUAAGGUUGAAUAAUAGUUAAACAGUAGUCUGUUAAAGUUGUUUCCUGCCUUUGGCCUAAAUUUACUCAUUGUUGUCCACUCAUCAGCCACUGAUGUCAUUUCCAGGAAAGUAAAAAUUUGUUCUAAAUUUUUACCUUGUUUAAGCUUGAGGCCAUGCUAUUUUGCAUUUUGUUGGAGUCACCAUGCAUGCUCUAUAGUUAUAGAAACAAAGCGGGAUGGAACCGUGUGCAAAGGCCCUCCAUUGUGGAUUGGUAGUUCACUAGCACAGAAGAGACUUUUCUAAAAAUAAACACUGACCAACAUAAUGUUUCUAGACAAACAUGAUUUUUCAUUUCCUUUUUAUGUAAAGAUGCCAACAAACUGAUUAGCCAUUUCCUCCUAUUUAGUAACGUAAGUUUGCACUUACUUAGAAGCGUUAAAAUAAAUAAAAAGAUUUUAAAAUUGUCCAGUAGCUCAUGCACACGCUAUACCCAGAACAAACUUAGUUGGUUUCUAAGGUGCUACUGGACAAUUUUUAAAAAAUAUUUUCUUCGACUGUGUCAGACCAACAUGGCUACCUACCUGAAUUUAGAAGAGUUAGAAACUGAGAUAUGAAAGUUAGGAGCUAAUGUAAUUCCUUGUUGCAAAACGCGCCUAGAACAAUGGGAGUUUUGAACGCUGUUUGCACUAGUGGAAUAUUUUACUGUUCUGUGUGAAUAGUGGAAUAUUUUUCUAGAGGCAGAGAGAGUCCUCCCCAGUUUCCAGGAUGGGAUAGUUCACACAUGGUGCUAGGCCAUGAUUUAACUCUAUGUGGAGAAAACUUUGUGAAUCCAAGAGACUCCUGCACUCUCCCUUCCUGGACUGUCAGGACAAGGAUUUCUGCUGAUAUUACUUUCUGUAUCAAUGAAUCUCAGCUUGUUUAUUUACAUUUGUAUCUCACCCUCCCCUCUAAGCAAUCCUGGGGUAACAAACAUCAAAUGCUAUACAGUACAGUUUAAAAUAAAAUUAUUAUUUUUUACAUAUUUUAAAACAUUGUAAAGCCAUUUAAAACAUUUAUAAUAUCUAAAAUAACAACCAUAUACCCUCAAAAUUAUUAAUUUCACAUUUACCAUGGCUAAUAUCACUCAUCAAAUGCCUGGGUAAAUAUGAAUGUUUUAACAUGUGCCCUGAAAGUCAGUGAGGGAUAUAGGUGCCAGGAAGGCCAUUCCACAAAUGGGGAGCCAUCACUGAGAAGAUGCAGGAUCCUUUCAAAAAGAUGAAUCUUCACAUUCAUGAAAGCGCAGCACUUAAAAUAUUAUGAAAUACAGUGGUACCUCUGGUUACGACCGCUUCUGAGUAUGAACGCUUCAGGUUACGAGCUCCGCUAACCUGGAAGUAGCUGCUCCUGGUUGCAAACUUUGCCUCAGGGUGCGAACGAAAAUCACGUGCCGGAGGCGCACGCGCAGCAGGAGGCUCCAUUAGCAAAAGCGCGCCUCAGGAUAAGAACGGUUUCAGCUUAAGAACGGACCUCCGGAACGAAUUGAGUUCAUAACCAGAGGUACCACUGUAACUAUCAUUGCAGUAUUACUUGGGCAUGUCUAAAUUAAUGGUAAGCUAGAUUGUGGAAUAGUACUGAUCUGAGGCACGUGUAAUUUUCAUCUGAUCUCCACAAAUGUGCAGAGAGUGCAGAUAUUGUAGUUUUGCUGGAAAUUGUUUUGGAAUGGAAAUGAACAUCAUAGCUGUCAACUUACAGAUUUGAAAAUAAGGGACCAGCAGCCUUGAAAAUAAGGGACCAGCAGCCAAAAUAAGGGACCUGAAGCCUCACCUGUUCCAGGCACUCCAGUCUUCCUGUCCUCCUGCAGUCUGGUCAAACUCAUGCUGGGUAGCUUCGAGAACACUGUCCAACCAACUUUGUAACCAGAGGUUCAACUGAAUAGAAUCUGAAUCACAUGCACCACAAGGCCUAUGCAGCCUCAGCCUAAGAUGGCUCCCCGGCCUGGCUUUGCACUGCAAAGUUUGCAGCAGCACGUGCAACAAAUAGCGUUCAGCAUUCAAAAAACCCCUCAGCUUGCAUUAACUAGCCACACACAAGGCAUGUAAGCUCCACCCCCCAGUCGUUCUUAGACUUCUUAUUGGGUGAGCAACACAGCCAAGCAACACAGUUGGAGCCUCCCUCCUCCCUGGCUGGCAGGGAGGGAGGGAGAGGAGCUGCUUCCUUUGAAAUUUAAGGGACAUCAUUUAAGGGACAUUUAAGGGACGUCCAUCAAUAAGGGACAGCAGCGGGACAUGGCGCUGGAAUAAGGGACUGUCCCUUCAAAUAAGGGACACUUGACAGCUAUGAUGAACAUGCUUACCUACUUUUGUGCUACAGAAACAAAUAAAGCAUAUAUUAAAAUCCCUCAGUUCCAUUGUUAGACACACAUUCAUUUCUUCUGAUCGCUCAGCUGUGAGGCAUGAAGGCCACUCCCUCAAGGCCCUUUCCACCUGGUCUAGGGGCGGGACCCAGAUUCACCCAGCCCUACUAUGUUAAAUAUGUAUUCUGUAGUUGACCUCCUUUGUAAUGUUUUAUUUUGAAAUCUAAGAUAAUAUUUUAGUUUUCUGUUAUGUUGCUUUGACUGUAUGCUCUAUAUUUGACUUUCUUCAGAUUGUUUUAUUUAUGUUUUAUUGAUUUAAUAUGCUGUAAACCGCUUUGAGAUUUUUCUUAAAAAUAUAAAGAAAUAUAGAAAUUUAGAAAGAAAUAUAGAAAUAUAGAAAUUUUAAAAAUAAAAUAGUGAAAAUUUGUUGGUCUUAUCCUUGAUUAUAUAUUUCUGCAACCUCAGCUACAGUAGUUUUUAAAAUGACAAAUAUAUCACAAUAAAAUCUGUUUCUGCUAUAUUUGUACUUGGAACUACUUUUACCUUACAGAUAUAAUUGUUUUUUAAAUGACCAACUAAGUAAUAUAGAGAGGGACGCGGGUGGUGCUGUGGUCUAAACCACAGAGCCUAGGGCCUGCCAAUUAGAAGGUCGGUGGUUCGAAUCCCCGCGACGGGGUGAGCUCCCGUUACUCGGUCCCUGCUCCUGGCAACAUAGCAGUUCGAAAGCACAUCAAGUGCAAGUAGAUAAAUAGGUACCUCUCUGGCAGGAAGGUAAAUGGCGUUUCUGUGCGCUGCUCUAGUUUCGCCAGAAGCAGCUUAGUCAUGCUGGCCACAUGACCUGGAAAAAGUGUCUGUGGACAAAUGUCGGGCCCCUCAGCCUGUAAAGCGAGAUGAGCACCGCAACCCCAGAGCCGUCUGUGGCUGGACUUAACAGUCAGGAGUCCCAUUACCUUUUAAGUAAUAAAGAAGCUGAAAACUAGAGCCAGGAUUCAAUAACUUUAGGCUAUGUGGUGGGGGUUUGAACAGCUGAUCCCUAUGUUUUUUAGUUUCAUGCUCUUUAGCUCCUGGUCUAUGACCUUGCAUCCAGGGUAAAAGGGAGUUUUCCAAGAAGAAUCCAGUUGUUUUUAGGUAGAAGACAUGAUUUGAAAUAUGAAAGUACUUUAAGGAGGAGAUAAUGAAGACCUCUGUGUAUGUCAUAUCUCUGUAAAAGUGUAGAUGUUGCUACUCUUGUACUUGUGAAAACUAUAGCCUUUGACAGUACACACUUUUCUUUCUUUCUUUUUUUACUUUUAAGAAAAGCACAGAAAUAUAUGCCAGAGAGCCAAUUAUAGCUUUCCCCUGGUGUGCUUCUGUAGUGUACAUGAGUUGUUUCGGGCUUUUUAGGGGUUUUUUUUAGUUGGCAUGCAUCAGCUUGUAUGCAACCAAAUAGAAAUGAAUUAAAUAAGGAAAUCUAGCAAAACACCAAGCAGAAAUUAAUUAACUUCAAAAGUAGAUACAGCUUUGGUCUUUCUGUUUUUUGAAUGCAUUAAUUAUUUAAAAGAUUAGUGGAUAAUUUUCUUUUGCAACUGGAACCACACACAAGCAGAGAUGUCAUAAAAAAGAAAAGAGCAUUGUUAAAUUGUAUUCUCUUCCUAGAUAAUAUUUCAAUUAGUAGCUUUCACAGAUGUCAAUUUUCACUGAUCACAAGGUGCUGCUUCUGGCAACAUUGCUUCCAUGUGUCUUGCAGAGUCUGUGAAACAUCAACUUCACUCGAAGCAGCCAUGUUUGAAUGUGGUAUACUGUAUACAUUUUUAAGUUAUACAGAACAUGUCUCUUAGCCAGGGUGCAUGAUGUUUGCUGUGUUUCUGGAAGUACAAAGGGAAGCUAUAUGCCUUAUUCAGUGAUAAAAACUGCCCCCUGCUCCUUCUCUAGCUGCUUGCCCCAGCUUGGACAUGCAACACUGUGAAGUUGUGUUAGUGGCAGCAGCAAGACAAGUUCUGCAAAGCAGCUGCAUUGGCUCGAAGCCUUAGCCUGGGGUGAUCAGCUUCCAUUGCAAAGAGGCUUGAAACCGAAUUUUCUGGGUAGGACUCAUGAAAGCCAACCUGAUUGCAAGCAACAGAACAUCCCUUUGGAGAGUCACUUGUGAGCAGCAUCACCCCUUGUCAGCUGUUGGAAAUGUGGAUUGCUAGCUUGUGGACCUGGGUAGGAGGCAGGGUCCAGGGAGUAUCUGUGAUACUACUCAGAGUAGGAGACUUGAGUGGAGGUGGAGGAUAUUGCUGUGAUUUCUCUUAGGUGAAAGAUGGAUAAUGUCUGGGAUUGACCAGGUGAGAGCUUGUUGGUUACAGCAUUAAAGAUCAGGAGAUGGUUUGACCGGAAGGGUAAUUUCCCAGGAACUUCAUUUAUUGAAUAUUUUUGACUGCUGUAAGCACAGGUACUUUAAUCAUCUUUUUUACCUAGUUCUUAUUGCAGUGUUUUCUUAGUUAAUGCCAUGCUGCUGCUGCUGACUACUGCUUGUAAUUAGAUCUUUUAUUGCUGCUAAAGUGGGGAGUAUAUUGGUGGGGUAUCCAUAAGCCCAAGUAGUCAUGAUUUCAGAGCUGGGAGAAAUGAGUGGUCCUGGGGUAAGAGUGAUCAUGAGCAAUGGAAGUUAUGGUGUGUGGUGAAGGGAAUAGCUUCUGGCAGGACUCCCCUUUUCGGUUUUCCUUUAGCCCUUACCUUAGCUCCCUGGUUAUUCUAUCACUAAAUGUGCAUUACCAAGAAUUAGGUGGAGGAGCUGGGUAGAGUAGAUCUGACCCAGCUGUGCCCAUCUAGGCAACAGCUUGUGGUCAGUUUACUUGAAGCUUUGCCUAAUUUUAUUUAUUUAGCAAAAAUUAUAUACUGCUUGCUUGUAAUAUAGAGAACCUCUAAGUGGUUCACAAAAAAUAGAAAGUAAAACAUUAAAAUUAUUGAUUAAAAAUGAGUUAUAAAACAUUCAAAAGAUGACUAAAAUCAACAUGAGCUAAAACAGAAAAAUACAUGCAACUUCUACAUGUCUAGAUAGGCUUGCCUAAGCCAAAAUGUUAUAAGCAGGCUUGUGAAGGUGCCUGGCUGGUGUCAGUGGGCAAGGAAUUCCAGAGUAUAUGCUGCCAGACGAAAAGAUUGAUUUCUUACAAGUUUGGAAUGAGUAUUGUGUGUCAUCUGUAACAGAUUAUGGGAUUAGACAGGUAAACUGAUCCCAAGCAGUUAAGGGUUUUAUAUAUUUAUAGUAUCACCUUGAACCUGGCCCAGUAGCGAAUAGACAACCACUGCAUAUCUCUGAGCAGAGGUGUUUCAUGCAGGCAGCUUCUCACUCCUGUCAGCAACUGUGCUACAGCAUUCUGCAAUGACUGCAGCUUCCCAAUCAAGUGCAAGGGAAGCCCUGCAUAGAGUGCACUGAAGUAAUUCAGUCUUGAAGUCACCAGUGUCUGAAGUGCUGUGUCAAGUUUUCCUGGCCCAAGAUCAGCCAUAGCUGUCAUACUGGUCGCUGCUGAUAAAAGUUACUUCUAGCUACUGAGGCUACAUCCGGAAGCACUCCCAGACUGCUUACCUGGAGGGAGCACAAAUGCUCUCCAUAGCAGACAGUUGAUCAAUUUUUCAGACACAGGAGCCAGUUGCUCACUGUACCUUUGUUUUGCCAGGAUUCCAGCUCAGCUUAUUUCCCCUCAUCCAUUCCACCACUGCAUGCAGGCACUGGUCCAGGGACCUCGUGACCUCUCCUGACUCAGAUGUUAUGUGGCAUGUCAGCAGUGUACUGAUAUUAAUGUGCCCCCAAACUCCUAAUGAUUGCUCCCAGUGGCUUCAUGUAGAUAUUAAAUAGCAUUGGGGGUAGAAUAGUGCACUGCAGCAUCUCAUAGUAUAACCACCAGCGGCCUGGAAAGCACUCUCCUAGUGCUGUCCUCUGGAAUUUGUCCUAUAGGUAGAAUGGGAAUCACUGUGACACAAUGCCCUCCAUUCUCAUUCUCUCUCUCUCUUUUUUUUAAAGUGAUGUUUAUUGAGAAUUUUAAAGUUACAAAGAAAGAAGAAAGAAAAAACAAGAGAGAGAGAAAAAGUAGAUAAACAUAACAAUUAAACAAUACAGAUCAAUAAAAACCAAAGUCGAAAAAGAAAAAAUAACAAAACAUACAAUACAUCUAAAUCAAAAAACAAAAAUAAACAAACAGUUAAAAAAAAAUUCUAAUAUUCCCAAAUCCUUAACUUUCAUUAACUUAUUUCAACGACCUCCUCACACCUCCCUUUUUUGUAUUCUAGUUGUUAAUUAUCUCAGCAAAUCCUUUCCAUCUUUCACAAUCUUCUGUCAUUUAAAUUACCUUAAUCUAUUUUAACCUUAUCUUACCUAAAAAACCCUAAAACUUAAAACUUAUAUAUACCAACUUCUUUUAACCUUAACAUAUUCUUUCAGAAUUCUUUUUGACAUUUCUGCUAAAGCCAAAUAAUUUCAUUCCAACAUUUUUCUAAUACUCAUUAAUUUUAUAAUACUUUUCUAAAUAAAUUUUGAAACUUUCUUCCAAUCUUCAUCCAUCGUCUCUUCUUCCUGGUCUCGGGUUUUGUCAGUCCUUUCUCGUCUAUCUAAUCCAUCAACCUGGUGCUCUUAUGUCCGAGGCUCUUAAAUUUUUUCCAUGUCCCUUCUGCAGGUCUUCUUCUUGUUUAUACCUGCCCUUUACUUUAUCUUUUGUUGAUCUUUUUCUUGUUUUCUUUCCUUUCUAUUUGUAUCCAUCUUUUAAAAGCAGGACCAACAAGGAAAAAUUACUUUCACUUUUCAAAUACUUUGUUUCUUUUGAUUGCAAGAAGCAACAUUGGAAUCAAUAUAUUUCUCUUUUUUUUCUUUUCUUUUUUACUAUCUGUCAAAAGACGUUCCGUUCACAGUCGAUGAACUUUCCCCAUAAAUUUCUGUCUCUGACACCCCGUUCCCAGGUUUGAGACGGUGGAAAAUUUAUCUUUCUUUACUCUCUCUCCUGCAGGCUUAAACAGUCAAAAAUCCCCCUCUUUUCUCCUGCUUCCAAGAGGGGUUUUGGUGGUGAUGAAUGAAGGAAAUUUAGAACUUUAUAUACGACUUUCCAGACUUUAGCUUACAAAGUUUUUGCUUCAAUCUAUUUACAAAAAACGGGAGGCGGACUUCCUGUUUAGAACCUUCCCAUUUUGGUGCCAAAUUAAAAUAUGUCUUAGUACUUAAUCCAAUUUUCCGUUCUACUCACGGGUACUUGUUUAGAGUCCAAUUGUCCACAGGAAAAAGUCAGCGCUCUCCGGCAAUGGCUGUGCGGCUUCACUCCGUAAAAGUAGCAGUUGAUUCAAAACACCCCGCCGCUCACCCCACGUCGCUUCGGACCCCCGAAAAAGGGUUUCCCUGCGAGUAGGGGAGGCGCUCCUGGUGUCAGCCGAAUCCCACGUUCCCAGACUUCCUCCGCCUGGGAUUUUUAAAGGGUCUCCGCCUUCGCCGCGGCGGCAAGACCCAAUUUUCACGGAGCGGGUUCCUCUCGGUCAGAGGAACUCCGCCAUUGCCGAUGGCGCUGUCCCGGAAGUCCAUUCUCAUUCUCACAGAGCUAGUCCAAGAGGAUACCAUGGCCAAUAGCAUUGAAAGCUGGGGAGGGACUGAGAAGCAGGAGCAAUGUCACACUCCCUGGGACCUAUUCUAUGUAAUGGUCAUCCACCAGGGUGACUAAGGCCAGGUCAGUCCCAUGGCCAGGCCUAAACAUAGUUUGGAACAGGGUUAAAUAAUAUGUGGCUUCCAAGAAUGCUUGCGACUGCCCUACCGCGACUCUCUCCACUACUUUCCCCAAGAAGGAGUAUUUGCGAGCAGUUGAUAGUUAUUUCAGUCCAAAGGGUACAUGGCUGGUUUCUUUAGGCGUGGCCACGCCAUCACAUCUUUCAAGACAGCAGGUACCACAGUCACCUUGCCUCAUAUGUGUCUAUCUGACCACUCUGAUCUUCAGAACUUGUACUUUUACAAGUGCCACAUGAUGUUCAUUGCACAUUUGUGAGAAGUCUUUUAGUGUGGCAGCACCAGGGCUUUUGGAGCUCCCUGCUUGUUAACAUUAGGCAGCAGCCUUUGCUACAAUGUUUUAAUCAUCAACAAGCCUACCCAGACAUAGUAUUUAGUUACCUGUAUUAGUUUAAAAUGUUUUACUAAUUUUGUUUGUUUUAAAUAUAAUUGGUUUGCAUAUAGUUGUUUAAACCAGUUUUGUAGAUUUUAGCUGGGUUUUUAAUCUACAAUUUUACUAUGCACAACACUUUUUAAUCAGGUAGUUUAUACAUUUUUCUAUGUAAUAACCAAUGUAGCUCCACCACCAAUAAUUUAUUACUUGUACCUGCCCAUCUGACUACCGUAUUUUUUUCGUGUAUAAGAAAAUAUUUUUUCCUUAGAAAUAAUAGGCAAAAUUUUUGGGUUGUCUUAUACACGGAUAACAGAUGGGGGAUGGGCGAUUGGUGGCAGCAGCCAGCAGGAGAUUGGCAGCGGUGAUUGGGCAUGUGAUUGGUCGCUGUGGCAAGGCCUGCUGAUGAUUGGCUGUGGAUGUUGAUUUACAGCAGCGGCAAGGCGUGCGUGUGGCAAGUGGGCAGGUGGGCUUUUGUCGGCAAGCGUGCAGACGAUUGGUGGCCACGGUGUUAUGUGCAAUUUGCAGUGGCAGGCAGGCUAUAGAGUGAUUGGCAGCGUUGACCCCCCCCCCCAAAAAAGCUCAAUAACUCUGGGCAGUUCCCCCCCCCAAGUUUUUUGUUGCAGUCCCAAAAAAUAGGGGUUGUCUUAUACAUGGAGGCGUGUUAUACACGGAAAAAUACAGUAAUUUACCCUAGUCACUCUGGGCAGCUUUCAACAGAAUAUAGCAGAACACAGCAAAACAGAAUAUAGCAGAACACAGCCGUCCCACCAGAUGUCAAAGAGAAAAACAACUACCAGACUUUUAGAAGACAUCUGAAGGCAGCCCUGUUUAGGGAAGCUUUUAAUGUUUAAUAGACUAUUAUAUUUUAAUAUUUUGUUGGAAGCCGCCCUGAGUGGCUGGGGAAACCCAGCCAGAUGGUUGGGGUAUAAAUAAUAAAUUAUUAUUAUUAUUAUUAUUAUUAUUAUUAUUAAACAUCAGACAUUAAAAGGCUGGUAGGCAGGUAGGUCACUGUGGUCCAUAAAGCUUCAAUCUCCCUCACUAGGAGACAUCUGAGUGCCUUUUCCAACACCUUGGAACACUGUAGGUGCUGAUACAGAACAGGUUCUGUAUGUUUCUAAGAGAUUUGUUGAUGACACUAAUAUCAAGUGUGUAAUCUACCCAAACCUAAGCAAGAACUAUUUUUAGGUCCAUCAGGAUUUUACUUGAUUUUAAUGUGAACACUUUAUUAGCAGUACAGCUUGAAUAACACUUAUAUUUUAUUGUCUCAGAGUUUCAAUGUGCUAAGUAGAAAGAACUGGAACUGAAAGUAUAAAGGGACUAUGCAACUGUUUUUCCAGCUACAAGAAAGUGCAGCACCACUUUGCCAAAUGAGAUGCCAAGAGAACACACACACACCUUCUGUUUGCUGUGAUUCUAAUAUUUAAGGUCUUAAUUAGGCACCUCUUUUGUAAUGCAUGAAAAGACAGCCCUUGUUCUCUGAAUUGUGUGUGCAGGGGCCUGUUUUGGUUUAUUUUAUUUUAUUGCUUAGUUGCAUAACAUGUUCAGUUUUGAGCUCAGUGUGUUCCAGAAGAAUCAGACUUGUGGAAGCUAGCACUUCUAGCAUAUUGUUAAAGCAUGUUGAAUUCAAACUGUAACGAAAGAAAUUAACAAAUUUUGAAAACUUCCUAUGUUUGGGUGAAAGUUACUUGGACCUGUACAGUUUAGGUCUACAACAGUGAUGGGGAACCUAUGACAAAUGGGCUUAAUUAUGCCUGGUCUGGGUCCUAAUUUGGCCCAUAAAGCUUUCCCCCACAGGUCAUGCCUACCUGUCAUUAUAAUGUGAUGUCAGGUGUAGGGGAGGUACAGACAUGUCCACAAAGGAGCUUGGCGAGUGGGACUUGUUUGAUUCAUGUUGAAGCAGAGAGGGGAAAGCUCCAAUUUAAGAAGCAAGUUUCAUUGAUUGGCACUGAGAGCACUCCUUCAAAGGAGCUUGCUCCAUUCAGUCAAAGGGAGGCAGCACCUUUGAAGGGUACACAUUCAAGGGAGUUCACUCUGAUCAGCUGAUGAGUGUUUGCAGUAACCCCCUUAGAACUUUGGCAGGUGUCUUUCCACAUAGGUUAACUUGUGUAAAAAAAAUUAAAAAUAUCAGCAUAAAAGUAAUAUUGUUGUAAUCAUUCAAGUCUAAUGGUGCUUUCAAAAUAUAGCAAAUAUCUAGUUGCACCCAAACAUGUGCCUUGGAGGUUGAGUUGAUGCUUCUUUAUUAAAAAAUGUGGGUAUUUGUAUGGGGGAAGCAGUGGGAAAAUGGAUCUUCCUUAUGCAACAAUAGCGAAUCUCGUUGCAUCUUAAAGAGUGGCAUAUUUAUUAUUAUUAAAGGUACAACAAAAUUCUGUUUUGUUUUUGCUGCAGUUGUGGAGAAAAUAACUCGUGAGGUAGUAGUAUUGAAUGGAAAAAAGAAACCAGAUGUUUUCUGUGCUAGUUGGUGGCCAUUUAUUACACAUGUUAAUAGGUCCGCAAUGCAGAACACCUGUGUUGGCUGCAUCAGUACAAACCCGGGUUUCCUGAUUGGUUUCCCUUUAUUAAAACUACGUUUGUGUGUGUCCUAUCUCCUUUGGGUGACAGAGGCUAUGAUGAUAUGAUAUGUAAGAACCUUGCUGAAAGAAUGACAAAAAUAGAUAGUAAACAAACAUAAAUGGAAGAUCAUACAACAGAAUAGGAAUAAGAAUACUUGCCUGGCUUGCUGUGUUUGUGUCCAGUAUUUUAAGAGUGAUGAAGUGAAAUAUCUUUUAAAGUAGUGUUUUAAAACAAUGUUGUUAAAAGAUAUUUAUUCUGCUGUGAAACUCCUAGAUCCACGAUAAGAUAGUAAAAUUAGUGAGGAUAGUACUGCAUUUUGUCAGGCUGUAGCAGAAGGGCAUUUGGGGAAACAGGGUCAUUCCAUCUGUUCUGUUGAGAGACUAGCAAGUCCUUUCUCCUUCAUUUCAUCUGGUUGCUAGACUUGUAGUGUAGACCUAGUGCCUGAGUGUAGCUUGCCCCCUGCCCCCCCCAUAUUUCUUUUAUUUCAUGUCUUUUGAAGAGUGUAAGCCUGAAGGCAGGGACACUUAUUAGUGAUUUUUUAAAGCCGGGCUUGGAGCAUUUUCACUAAAGAGCACAUGGAAAAUACUAAUGCUAAUAAUAACAUUUGUCUGGAUUAGUAAACAAUGACAUUCUUAGAAGGAAACUAGGAAUUUACAAAGCAUCAUUCAAUAUAGUGUCAAGGCCUCUAGCACGUAGCCUUGGAUUUUCUGGUUUCUCAUUUGCACUUUGUGAAGUAAAUUGACUUAUAUUGGAAGAUGCAUGCAUACAGAAUUCAGAAAACAACACAUGGAAUUGUUGUGACGCUUCUUUUCAUUCAUGUCUGCCUUCCAUUUUCUGGUUUGUGAAAACUGAAACCAUUUCCCCCAGUCCUCCACACUACAGUUUAGAACAUCAGGAGAAAGCUUAACUUCCUUCUCUCUCACUUUUCCUGAUUUCCUCACACCACAGUUUGUUCUAAUAUCCAAAUCAGCAAAGUGGUUUAAGUAAUAUUACCGUAAUUGGGAAGGAACAUUCAAAGAGCAGUUUGCAUAUUUGGAAGUAACAGCACAUUACAGUUUGAGGCAGUGAUGUGAGGUGUAUCAUUUUCUAUUACUAUAUUCCUAUAUGGACUAUUUUCCCGUUUUAGAAAUGUAUUUUCAGAAAAUUAAUUAGGCUCAAUCCUGUAUCCACCUUCCUAAGAUUAAGCGCAAUUGAACUCAGUGAGGCUUACUUUGAGUAGACAUAUAUAAUGAAUGGACAAAAUACAAGUCAAAUUCAGCAACUGGAAUGCAUACAAUAUUGGUGAAAACUAGACUAAAUCCUAUUUUUUUAAUGAUGUGACAGUCCUUAGGGAGUACAUAUGCACCCACAGCUCUUCUGAGCCCGGCUUCGGCUGGGGAGGGCGGGAUAUAAAUAAAAUUUAUUAUUUAUUAUUAUUAUUCUAGUAUGCUAAAAUGAGUAAAAUGAAGUGUUAAUAGUUCUUCAUUUUUUUUCUUAAAAGUUAAAUAAUGGUAUGUUAUUGAGUGGACAUGACUUAAUAUAUUUACAAGUAUUCCAGUAAAAAUAAAUUUUGGGGCUUGUUUCAAUAUAUAGCAUUUGAAUUGCACUAAGGCCGCUGUUCUACACCCUAACAUGGGAGAAAGUUCCAUUCAAUUCAGUGGUUUUUACUUCUGAGUAGAUAUAGGGUUGUACUAUAAGUGAAACUUUUUUAAAAAAAAUUCAAACAAAUAUUUAUUUUGCUCUUUAAAUUAAUUUGCUUGUAACUGGUAGCAUUGCUCCAUCUCAUGAAGGGUUUUCCAAUUCUAUUGGUAAGCAUUAACUGGAAAUCCAUACUGAUGGAUUAUAAAAGGGAGAUUGGAGUAUUUUGCUUGGCUGCUAAUCUACAUUAAGUGUUCUUGAUUAUGGAAUGGACAUUUGUACUCAUCACCUAAGAUGUUUAACGAUGCUAUGGUGUUAACUGUGUUUCUUAAAAAUAUAAAAUACAGUACUUGAAAAAGAGCUCUACACCAGUGAUUACCAACCUUUAUGGACCACUGGGCACAUGUUGAAUUUUGAGUGAGUGCUGCUGAUGCUACCCACAAAAUACUUGCCAUGAGGGGUGGGAUAACACAAAACAGCUGCCAUGGGGAGUAUCAUAUAACAAGAUUAGAUAGCCACUCCCAACAACUUUAUGAUUACAAUGGGAAGUCAGCUAGGACCUCCGGCUCAGGAUCAUGGAGAUCACACCAUUAUACAAUAUUGAUUUCACAUGCACACUUUGAUGCCGUUGCUAUCUAAUAGCAAUAGGGAACAUUUCUCAGUAUCAGGAAAAUAUACAAGGUGGCUGCAACACACACACACACACACACACACACACACACUUUAAAGAAAUUGGUUAGAAGAUACCUGUACAUUUUGGCCCAUAACUACAUUUCUAGGAGGGCUAAAUCCUUUUUUAAAAUGAAAACUCAGAAUCUAGGACACCUGCCCAUGGGCACCAAUUAAAGCCUUUGUGGACACCAGGGACUCGGCUACAUUGGUAAAGAAAAAACGCUUUACAGUAUAUGUGUUGUUUAUGCAUUCUAACACUGUAACACUCCACGCUGUGGAGUUCUGUUUUUGCUUACCCAAUUUUUCAUGCAAAGUUUGCAAUGUGUUUAACUGAAACGCUUCUUUGAUGUGUGUAGAUCCAGCCCAGCUGCUUUACACCAUUAUGCGUAGUGUAAAUCCAGGUGCUGACUGCUGCUUUACACCAUUAUUUUUAAUUAAUUUGUAGGGAAUGCUUCUACCACUUGUUAUUAUUUAUUAAAUCUUUCCUCCUCUUACAACAGGAUAAUGAAAAGCGGACCCCUUUACAUGCUGCUGCCUAUCUGGGAGAUGCAGAAAUUAUUGAGCUACUUAUUUUAUCUGGUAUGGUGCUUUUCUUGGUUAUGGACAAGAUGUGUGACUGGAACAAUAAUUUUACAAGUUCUGCAAAUGUGAUAAGAGAUAUGAACAAUCCGUUUAUUGAAUUUAACCUUUCAGGUGUUUAACGUACACACAAAACUAAAGUUUUGGUCAUCCAUUUUUGUUUUGUUGUGAAUAACAGUAGAAUUAUUAAAAGUAUUGCAUAGCUAGCCAACUAUUUAAAUACUGCUUCUAUAUUAAAAAAAAUAGUGUAGCCACAAAGUUUCCAGUUUUGUUUUAUUUAAAUCAUUCCUUUUGUAGCUAAUUUUACAUAUGAACUAAAUAGAAGAUAUACUAUUAUGGAAAACAGAUUGUUUCUCUGUUGCUAAUAUGUUUUUAGGAAGGCUAGGCCAUGCCUAUUUGUGAACAUUUGUUGAAAUUGAAAUUUGAAAUUACAUGAACGUCAGUCAUGGAGGCAACUUUCAGUAUUUUCUAUUAUUGCAUAAAUGAAAGCUUGCUAAACAUCAGUUCAGUUGAAGGGAACUGAGGUAAUGCUGGCACAAUUGAGCAAUAUGUGCCAGGGAAGUUUACUCCUGUCUUCGAUGUUUCACUGAUAAGUAAGCUGUUUAGGAGAGGGGUAGAGCACAUGUGUUGAAUGUAGAUGUCAGGUUGACUAUCUAGAGUUUUAAGUUAAAGGAAUCAGAUAGCUGCUAGGCAACACCUCUCCAUCUGAGACCUGGAAGAGUUAUUGCCAGUCAGAAUAGACAGUACUGGGCUAGACUGACAAAUAAUCUGAUAUGGCUAGAUUGACAAAUAAUCUGAUAUGGCAGCUUCCUGUUUUCCUUUUUAAAAAAGUGUUUCCCCUUUUUUCUGUUCCACUUCAUCUGGUGCAAAUCAUUAUUAUAUUCAAGUUUGAGUAGUAUGAUAAUGUGGAAAAGGAUGGUGCCUUUCUUGGAACAAAUACCCAGGGAAACAGUUUUGCUCCUUUUUUCCUUCUCAGGCCACCUCUAGUAUAUUUUCUUUAACAGACAUGCCAUUUCAUCUCUAAAUGUUAGCGUAAGAUUAAUGCAUGCAUCUGUUCUAGUGUUAUGCAGGCAGUCCAUUAACUAGUUCCCAGAGGUUUUUCUGAUAAUGUAAUUUAUACUCUGGGACACUGAGUACUAUUUUCAUUUUAAUGUUGUAAAUGCUGAAAUUAGUAUGUGUAUAUUUCUGUUAAAGAUUAGAUUUGAUGGGAAUUGACAUUGAUGCUGCUACUAGUCUCUCCUUCAUAGGCAUAGAAUGUUUUAAUGUGGGAGAAGGUGAAGCCAAACAACUUACUAUUCUUCCUCUAAAAUUCCUGUCGUCUAGUUUGCUUACAGUGUAAUGCUAUGCAUGUUUACUUAGAGGCAAGUCCUAUUGUGUUCAGUGGGGCUUAUUUCCAGAUAUACAUACACAGAAUUGCAUCUUUAAUCUUUGAUUUUUUUUUGAUAGUAUUGCUUUGGGACUACAAGUGCUGCAUUCCUGAGUAUUUAAUGAACAGGCAUGAAAUACUGUCAAUUAGCUGGGUGUAUACAGUAUGUUGUUUUAAUAUAGAGCUAAUCCUCAAUCAUCAAAGAAAAACAACUGGAUUAAAGGGAAUAAUUUUCUAGUCAGAGAAACUGAAUAGGUAGGGAUAACAAGCAUACUGGCUUAUUUACUGCUUUAUGUUACUACUUUCAGUACUGAACAAUUCAGGAAACUGGCUGUUGGACAAAUUAAAAUUCUGGUCAUUGUCAGGGAGAAACAAAAAAACUGCAAUAUGCAAAAACAUUUUGUUUACACUCAAUCUGUAUUUACUCUGCAGGAAUAUUUUAAUGUUAUUUUUCUUAAUCUUUAAUAGUCAUUUAGAUAUUUGAAUUUGUAUCAAAUAAUAUUCCUUUUUUGUAUUCCCCCCCAUUUGCAGGAGCUAGAGUUAAUGCCAAAGACAGCAAAUGGUUGACUCCUUUACACAGAGCUGUUGCAUCAUGUAGUGAGGUAUGGGUUUGCUUUAAAACUCUUCAAUACAUUUUAUUGCAAAAGAAUCCUGCAGACAGUGACACUCUUAGUACUAGACUUUGAGGCAGAAAUAUAAGGACCCAUAAACUCUGCGACCCCAGCACCACUUUUUGUUUUCUUUUUCUCCUGCAGGUUUUAAAAAGCACUUUUAUAGGGCAGCAUAAUGCAAAGCACUAUUCAGCUCUAGUAGCCUGUUGUCUUCAUUUUCAUUGCUUCCCAGACCCAUGUGAGGACUGGAGGAAUUCAGUGGAAAUAGAGUUGCUGGUUGCUGUGGUUGUAGCCUGAGCCAGGUAGUGCUUUGCUUCCCAACAUACCCAGGUGCUCCUGUUGCUUUUUGCCACCCAAACUUUUACACAAUUUUUGCAAGCAGUUAUUUGAUCAAGUUCAGUUGAAAACUGUUCUGUUUUGAAAUGGGAAAGAAUUCAGAACUGAAAUGAAACAAGCUUGAGGCUCUUCAGUGUUGCCGAUGCUUCUCAGCUUUCCCUCCAACUCUGGUGCUUGCCAUGAGCUCCUUGUUCCCUCCUCAAGCCAUCUUGUCUGCCCAUCAGUGCACGUGUACCUUUACAUUUGACUCUUGUCUUUGUUUCCCCUCCCAUCCUACUUGCCAUGUCACCAGCUGAAGGCAGCAUAAGGGUGCUCAGAGCUAGCCUCCCAGAGGAUUAAUAGCUCAGUUGGUGGCAGCAGAGAAGCUGCUUGUAGUCAAAAUCUGCUGGAACAGGAACAUGGAUUCUUCUCAGAGCUUGGCCGAGGGAACAGUACACAUGCACAUCAUGUCUUUAUUCCGCAGCUUUUUUCUUGCUUAAAGGUGGAAAGAGAGGUUGCAGGGAACCUACAAAGGCUCCCUGAGGACCUGUGACAAACAUUCAUAAAAUGACUAUGAUUCUUAUGGACAUAAGAAUCCACUGUUGGUACUUUCAGUGGAUUUUUUUUUUUUGCCAAGCUUUUCCAGCUAGAUGAAAAAAACUUUUCAAAAGGCCUCUGUCCUAGAUGUUUGUAUAUAUUUUUAUUAAACCCAUAUGUAGUUGGUUUUUUGAAUUGUUUUUAUUGUAUGACUGUAGAUCGCCUUGGGGAUUCAUAAAUUAAUAAAAUAAUAUUGUGCCAAUUUUUGCACUAAAGGUUUUUGCUCUGCACCUUUGUGCUGGGACAUCAUUGCAGUCGAAUGCCUCCUAAACUGCUUUUGCCAAGGUCACACAAAAGGACAGAAUGCAAAAUACAUACAUAAUGCCUUCUGUUUUGAUUUUUUUAAAUACUCUUUAUUACACGUGCAUUAUUUCUAAGAGGAAAAGUUCUGAAGCUAAAACAUUCCUGGGAAACUCAUGGUCUGAACUGGAUGUGUUUUCUCUGAAUAUCAGAUAAAGUUUGAUCAGUUUAGACUCUACUUGGUGUUAUGUUGGUUUCAGAUAACACUUAGGACUGUUGACCCAGGUUUCAUUGUAUGAAAUAAUAAGAGGAGUGUGUCUAGGUACAACGAGCCCUUCCUUCCACCCUGCGUAACCAAAAUUCACAGUGCAAUCCUUUACAUAUCCACUCAGUAAAUACCACUGAUUUACCUGCAGUUGGGCAGAUAUAGUAUUCCAACCUCAGUCCCACACAGGUACUGCCUUGAUGACCAGUGAACCAGCCAAGGUUCCCACAGGGAAAUGUACAUGGUUGCAAAUGCUCAUUUUAUAUUUUAUUAUUUUUAUUAUAAACACAUAUUAUCAGGGGUUCCAAGCUGGCUAUUAUUUUUGUGUUUUAUGGUUUUAGCUGCCUUGACCAUUUAAAAAUUUAUGUGGAAAGCUGGGCUACACAUUUUGUAAUUUAUAAAUGAAAAAGCGCAGCAUAUAUAGAUUUAAGAAAAGGAGAAAGUAGAGGUCAGUAUAGCCAGAAAAUAAAACACAUUUGUAAACAUUAAUAAUCAUUGCUUUCUCAUUAGUUUGUAGAAGGGACUAAAAAAAAGUUAAACUUUGCGGGGGGGGACACACAAAAGAGGGCAUGAGGAGAGAACUCAAUUUCACUUGACUUCAUACCCAAACAUAUUUUUAUAUUGCCCACUCUCAUUAAACAACCUUGCAACUUAAAUAACACAGGACCCCACAACCUUCUAAAUCCCUCAAUCAAUGGGACCAAUUAUCAAUGCUAGUUUUAUGAACACUAGAAAGAAUUUUCCUGCCUGUCCAAAAGGUCAACUCCUUCUUUCCUGCUGGUGCUGGCAAGGAAGUGGAGACAAAUAUAGGGGGAACUUGGUAUGGAAGCUGUCAUACCCAGUCACCUGUUGCUUGCUGAAAGGCGUUCAUUAAACCUUUUAUAAGCCUUUGAAUAGAUAUUUGAUCACAUGCUUCUGGACACUUUGUUGCAGAGUAUAUAAGAAUUUUAAAUGCCAGUUUUGAUUUUUGUCCAUAGGAAGAAUACUUGGGUAAUUGAAGUGGGAGGCAGGUUAUUGGGGUGGGGGUGGGGAGUUAAGAUAAGCUGCAAAGGAAACAAAAUUGGGAGGUUACUUUGCUAAUCUUUUUUAUUUAUUGGAAGUGUGUGUUUUAUUAUUUAUAGGAUGCUGUGCAGGUGUUGUUGAAGCAUUCAGCAGAUGUCAAUGCCCGUGACAAAAAUUGGCAAACACCCCUACACAUAGCAGCUGCAAAUAAAGCUGUCAAGUGUGCAGAAGCCUUGGUGCCACUUCUCAGCAAUGUAAAUGUGUCAGACCGUGCUGGUAGAACGGCAUUACAUCAUGCAGCCUUCAGUGGACAUGUUGAGGUACAGAUGACUUCUUAUAUUUGACUCCCCCAAGCCAGCUGUCCCUCCACAAACAGGGGUCUGUUUACCUAAUCCCAGUGCUACAUGCAAAGAAAACUGCAACAUGCUUACUUUAGCCUUGCAGAAAUACUGUGCUUUUUAUUUAUAGUAUGGAAAGAAAUAUUUCCUUCUUUAAUUUAAAAUGAUAUGUUUAUCCUGCCUUUCUUGCAUUGUAGAACUCAGGGUAGUAAACGUGGUUAUCAGGCAGUCAACAUCCAAACCUACUUAGCUAGAGCAAGGUUCCUGUGUCAUGUGCCUUCAUGACUUUCUUUCUACUUGAAACUGUUUAAUGCUGAUUAAGGGAAGACAUACAUUAUAGUUACAAACCAAUUAAAGCCUUUUAGUCUCCAUCACAUGUACUGUAGCAAAAUGUUCAUUGGUAAUGGUCAGUUAUUAAUGUAAUCCUCAACCAUCAGAAUCAAUUUUUUGAUGACACACCUAAUUCUUCUGCUUUUUCAGGGUUGCAAAAACUACUUCAACAGUGACUUUUAAUAUAGUUUUUGAAAAGUUGUUCUAGUGAAAAUCCAAAUAGCUAGCUAAACUGAUAGAAGCUUAUUUAUUUUGGUUAUUUUAAUCCUGCAGUGAUCACAUAAGCUUAUCAGUAACUUUCUCCCUCAGUGUAGAUGCAUUUUAGUUUUAAGUGCUGUGCAGGCAUUAGGUUUAUUCAACUUUGAUUAUGCUUUAAAUUAAUAUAAAUAUGUAUAUUAAGAAAUAUAACUUAUCUUCAUUUUAGAUGGUCAGUUUAUUAUUGUCUAGAGGUGCCAAUAUCAAUGCCUUUGACAAGAAAGACAGACGAGCAAUUCACUGGGCAGCUUACAUGGGUAUGUAAAAGCACUUUGUUCUUCCUUACUUGACUUCCGGCAGGAAUUUAUUCAUGGCUGAUUUCUUUGUUUCAGGGUUUUGUUCUUAAAACAGGCUUCUGCAUGCUGUUUCCUUCCUGGAUCAGGAAUCUCAUAGGCAGUUUGAAUGCACAUAUGAACACAGAGCAUCCAGUGCAAUCCUUGUUUGGUGUGGAUAAGAGACUGAGCUUUCCACCAGCCUUGUCUCAAUUUUGCAUCACUAUGUCUGGUUUAAGGUUAUGGUGGUCUUUUCUCCUGGAUGAAUCCCAUCUAAUAUUAGAAAUACAUCUAGCAUGUUCAUUGUGGAUCUUUCACAUGUAAAAGAUCACCUAAUGGUACUAAAAAGAAAUUAUUUUCUAUGAAAGAGACAAACAUUAUUGAAUCGGUUGGGACUCUCCACCAACUAAAGAACAAUUAAUUAACUAACUUCUUUUUAAUCAAUUGUGAUUGAUCAAAGUAUUCAUUAAACAUGUCUAUGUUACUAAAUAACACAGGGACAUUUCUGAGAUAUUGAAGAAAGUAUGAGAUGAAGUAUAGAAUGAAAAUCGGGGCCAUGGAAUGGCUUUUGAUCUAGUCAAGUUGUCUGCUAAUACAAGCGUGGUGAUUUUCACUGACUCCACUUUCUGCUCCAGCCCCCUGUGACCCCACACUCUGUUCCAAAGAGUUGGGCAACCCUCCAGAACACCAUGGAAGGUGGUGCAGAGUGCAACAAGUUCUGCCUUUAUGACCAUACAUGCAUGCACAUGAACCCAGAACGUUCACAGAACAGAUCUUUACUAGGGAUGGUUUCAUGCUACAGAUCAAAUUGCAUUUGCUACAAAUACCUUGCUUACUUCAGGGAAUUUAUAAUUACUGUCCUUUCAGAGGAGCUAGCAGUAAGAAUAGAAUGGUUUAAAAGUAAAUGAAUAGCUUUGUGGUUUGAAGUGCCUUCACAGAAACGUACAGGCAAAGUAAACAGGGAUUAUACUACAUAACCACUCACCCUAUGUUAGUAGAGCUGACUACUUUUAGGCAGAGUGAGGCAGUUGCCUCAGGCAACUCGAGUAUUGUCUGGACUGUAUGUUUAGUUACUGUUGUAGAGAUAGGGAAGAAGAAGGCCGAAGAGAGGUGUCAACAGAACUUGAUGGGCCUUGGGUACAAUGCACUUUGACUUAAUGGGGGCAGGUAGCAUACGCUGCUUCAGCACAGGCAGUAAAAUUAGUUGGGCUGCCCCUGUCCCAAACCAUGAGACCACCUUACCCACCACAAUCCUUGAAAAAUUGGGGAACUUCAGAAAGUUAAGUUGCUUACAUUGUCCCCACCUCUGAUUUGCAUCUCCAAUGUAUCAUAUGUGGUGGGGGUAUAAGGUGGUCAAACAAUUCUGGAUUAUGGUACAUGAACAGCUCAAAAAGAUACUCAGGAGUUUACUCUCUAAAAAACCAGAGGCAUUUCUGCUGAGCUUAGUAACGAGCAAUAUCCCAAAGGAUAAAAGGAAUGUAUUCCUUUACGCAGCAGCUGCGGCCAGAAUUCUAGUGGCGAAAAAUUGGAAAACAGACAAAAUACCAGAAUUACUAGAAUGGAGAGUCAAAAUUUAGGAAUUUGCGGAAAUGGCAAGGUUAACAGCAUCAGUUAGAGGUUGUCCUAAUCCAAAAAUUAAUAAAAAAUGGGAAUGCAUAAAAGUUUACAUGAAAAGAGUUGGUUUUGGAGACUAAAAAUUAAUAUGCAGUAGCUUAAAGGGUGCAAGGAGAUAUGAUAAUAUCAUAAUAAAGAUGGAACAAUAAAUAUAAACAGCGAGUAACGCAACAAUAAACAAAAAUAAUGUAUGUAAAGAAGAUCGCACACGGGUGGAGGGAAGUAAUGGGUCUUGGGGAGGGGGAGAGAUGAGGGUAUUAACUGAAAAAAUGUUAAAGAUAUAGAUUGGAUUUAAGAAAUAGAAAAUAAGGAAUUAAAAUAAGGAGACAAAUAUUAAGGAAUACUAAAGUAAAGAAAUAUGAGAAGAGAUUAGUACAAAUGAAAACAUGAGACUCAAGGUUUUGCCAUAUAUGAUUUUAUUUUGGAUGUGAAGUCUUUUGUUGUAAAGAUUGUAUAUUAAAUGAAAAUAAUAAUAAUAAUAAUAAUAAUAAUAAUAAUAAUAAUAAUAGAAAGUUAAGUUGCUUUAGCCCCUCCUUAAGUUGUUCCUCUUUAAAUUUUUAUUUGGCUUCCAUUGAACUCUCUUAGCCUAGUGCCUCUCUGCACAGGAGUUUUGACUAGUCCAUUUCUGAGAAGAAAAUAGACAAGUGUGUUUCAGAGAAGGAAAUCAAGAUGGGGUGGGGGAAGGAGAGAGAAAAAGGACAAGGAAGGGAUCUAGCAAAAAAUCAGAAAGAAGCGAACUUACCACAGCGGUAUGAUGUCUGGAGAAUAGUAGCAUGGAGCAGACUUCUAGGGAGAUAUGAAAAAGCUGAACAAUCUCUGGGUGCAAUGUGGAUCCAGUUGUAGGAAUAAUUAAUCAGUGAAUUUUCACAAAGGCCUGGUCUGAACAGUGAGCCCAUAACAAAAGACACGGGUAAGUUUUCCUGGGGCAGCCUGAGUUGUUUUAGAUCACCACAGGACUUAAAAUGGCAAAGGUAUCUGCAACGUUAAUAUGUUGCUUUUAGUGGCGUGGUCUUGCCCCUUCUGAAGGGAACCACACUUGGACCUCUCACAAAAUGCAGACAGGGUGUCUUGUUAAAGCAAAUCAAGGCAGUAUAUACUAAGUGGAUGACAUCCAAGUCACAAGGGAUGGCUAACAAUCAAAUCAGAGGUGUUGCUUGCAUUAAGUGUGGCAAUUGCAACCUUCUAAUUGUGGCUGGUGUGUGCAGGGUUUGGAUUGCACCAGUGGUCCUUUCUUUGGUUUACCACAGUGAAGCACUUAUUGUUCCGAUUAAAUCUAAACCGCACCAUCGGUCUCAGGGCCUGUACACUCUUUCUGUUGAACCAAGCUACUUGGGAGGAAGGGAGCUGCAAAAAGGAGAAUAAGGAAAAAAUGCUGCCGCCCCCUUCACUUACAUUAGCUUAUGGAUCUGGUAGAUCAAAAGGACUGGAUUUCACUUUUUAAACUUAAUGAAUAAGACCCGCAACUCACUGUUAAAAAGAAGGGCAAUCUUGAAUGUGUUCAUCUAUUAUCAGUCAUCAUAACACCACCAUAAUCUCAAACAUGUGACCUUAACUCUGCCCCAGUUAAAAGUUUGCAGUAUAAUAAAUGAUAUAAUUAUUCAUUUUUUUCAGGUCAUAUUGAUGUUGUAAAACUGCUAGUAGCCAAUGGUGCUGAAGUUACGUGUAAAGAUAAAAAAUCAUACACACCAUUACAUGCUGCAGCUUCCAGUGGAAUGAUUAGUGUAGUCAAGUAUCUUCUGGAUCUUGGAGUUGAUGUGAGUAAGAGAUGACUCUAAAUUGUUUCUCAUUAUUUUGUACAUUGUUAAGACAGGUUUUGAGGAAUUGUAUGUAGUAUGUACUGGCAUAAUAUCUAGUCUGUUCUAAAAGGAUGUUUCUGGAAUAGUUAGUGUUCUUUAUACAGUGGUACCUCGGGUUACAUACGCUUCAGGUUACAGUCUCCGCUAACCCAGAAAUAGUACCUUGGGUUAAGAACUUUGCUUCAGGAUGAGAACGGAAAUCGUGCUCCCACGGCGCAGUAGCAGCAGGAGGCCCCAUUAGCUAAAGUGGUCUUCCCAUUAAGAACAGUUUCAGGUUAAGAAUGGACCUCUGGAACGAAUUAAGUACUUAACCCGAGGUACCACUGUACAAUUAAUUUUUUUAAUUACAGGCCUUGCCUUCUUGUAGACCAUCUUAGUAUAAAACAGGCAGCCUAUGAAAGAGAAAUAACACAGCAGGGAAGGGAUUAGGAAGGUGACAAAAUAAUCUUAAUUUCUGCAUUGUUGCACCCUUGUAUGCAUCCAUAUAUUUAUAGUUUUACAACUUGCCUAGGAUAAUCAGAACUCUGGAAGAGUACUUUACAGAUUUACUGAUUGUAUUAUAUUUUUAUGAUGGAAGAAAGGGUAAUCACAUGUCAAUUAGAGCUAAACUCUUGUAACUAAUAAUUGAAAAUCUGAAGGUUUAUAAUGAGUCAUAUACCAUAGUUCAUGUAGCCUAGUGUGGUCUGCUUCACUUAGCUGCAGCCUUCCUCUGUCCUGCAAAUCUGAGGUCCUUUUAACUGGAAUUAAACUUGUGACUAUUCAUAUGUAAAGUACAUUUUCUGGUACUGGACUGUGGUCCACCUUGAUUCAGAUUCAAUGAAUAAUUGUCAUUUUUAUUGAACAAGUACCGUAUUUUUCGCCCUAUAGGACGCACUUUUUCCCCUCCAAAAAUGAAGGGGAAAUGUGUGUGCGUCCUAUGGGGCGAAUGCAGGCUUUCGCUGAAGCCUGGAGAGCGAGAGAGGUCGGUGCGCACCGACCCCUCUCGCUCUCCAGGCUUCAGGAAGCUGUCCACAAGCAGUGGGAGAGCUGCGCGAAGUCGCGAAGCUCUCCCACCGCUUUGCGGAGAGCUGCCUGGACCCAAAAGCCUGGGGGGCGCUGCACAGCGUGCCCCGGGCUUCGUGCAGAUAUUGGGCAGCUCCACAAGCUCGGGGGACAGCGGGGAGGCGCAGCGCCGCCAUCCCGCUGUUCCCCGACCUGGUUUUGGGGGGGAAAUAAAGGAAAAAAUUUUUUCCUUUAUUUGCCCCCCAAAAAACUAGGUGCAUCCUAUGGGUCGGUGCGCCCUAUGGGGCGAAAAAUACGGUAUAUUGUUCAUAACAUUUGCUGAAUAUAAAUUAUUAUUGUGAUGGACUAAAAGUAGCCUAAGGACUUAACAUUUGAAAGACUCCCCCGUCACAUUUUCCGCUACAGAUGAAUGAACCAAAUGCAUAUGGAAAUACACCUCUUCAUGUCGCUUGCUUCAAUGGACAAGAUGUUGUAGUAAAUGAACUGAUAGACUCUGGUGCUAAUGUAAAUCAAAUGAAUGAGAAGGGAUUUACACCUUUACACUUCGCUGCUGCAUCGACCCAUGGAGCAUUGUGUUUAGAACUUCUGGUUUGUAAUGGCGCAGAUGUGAAUAUGAAGGUAAAAUGAUCUGAAAGGUGAAUUUUAAAUGCUGUAACAAUAUUUAUGAACAUUUUCUUGGCAUUAUCAAUAUGCACGUCAUCCUAAAACGCAAUAUAAAAUAAUAUGCACAUGUUAAUAUUCAACAAACGCACGGCUCAAUGCAUUUUACUGUGUGAAUAAGUGGGAGAGCUUGUAGGAUUAUGGUUCAUUGGUUUCCAGGAUACUUUCUAAAGCCUACUUUUUGCCAAGGGGCUCUGAGGAAUCCCCCUACUUGAUCAAGUUGUCCACAGAAUCACCCAUGUAAUUGUGGUUCACUCAAUGAAAACAAAGUAGAUAUGGUUUGUACUUGAUCCAAAACGUUUUAGAACCACUCAUACAGGUCACACAAAAGGGACUAAGAAGAAAGUUUAAUAAUUCAGAGAGCUUCCAACUGACUAUUGGAAAGUUAUGAAAAAUAAGGUUAGACAAAGCUGAACAUUUUAAAAAAUGUGCAUCUGAGUAUAUUGCUCAGAUAAAGAACCCCCCCCCCCACAUAACACAAAAUAAUUCAUUGAAAUGGCCUGUGUUUUACUUUGUAAUGGUGAUCAAUAGAUACAUAGAAAUGUAAGCCAAAACUAAAGAGUGCUGGCAAUAUAUUUUACCAUUCUUUGUUCCACAAUUGUCCCCCAAUCCCCAUUCUCUUGAGAUGGGGAAGAGAAAAAUACAUUACUCUCUGAAUAUUGAAAUGGGAUGAAUGCCAGUUUGUUUGUUUGCUUGCUUAUUUACUUACGUGUUUAACUUUGUUUAUGUGCUGUCUUUCUGCCAAUUCUCUCAAAGCAGUUUACCAUUUGAAAUGCUAAUAUAUGCAGUAUUUUAAAUAAUCAGAAUUUUUAUCUUUGUAUUUUAUUAUCACAUUGUCUAUAUUAAAUGUAUGAAAACGUUUCUUUUUCUGACCGUUCUGUUCAUGUUUGCAUAGCUAAUCAUGGCUGCAGAUUAUAAAUGCUUUGUCGCAGUUCAGCAAAAAAUCGGAAUUACCUCAUGCAUUAAGGUUGACCUACUUCUAAGAUGUGAUUGUAGGGGAAUGGUUGCAUAUAAAAUAUACAGUAUCCUCCAGAAUGGAAUAGUUCCAUUGAGCAUUGCUUCUGAUUUGCAAUGAAUUGCUGGUGGGUUUCUGGUCAACACCAACGUGUCAGGUGACACAGGUGAAAUAUUUGUGUGUAACAGAUUUGGGUGCCUUAGGUGUACAAUGAAAAGCUUGCUUUGACUAUUCUGGCAUCCUUGCUUGGGGAUGUGGCUAAGGUGCUAGGUGAUAAAGAUUGUCUGCUGUCAUUGUUGUAUAAACAGCAAGUGCCCUGAACAUACAGUUCAGAGUGGGCCUCACUGUGUUGUUGUGUGCAGUUAUAAUGCAAAUAUUUACAAAACUAUAAUGUUGAAAAGCCUCUAUCACAACGUUACAAUAGUGCAGGAAAGGAAUAUAAAUGAAGCAAAAAUAAAACACUGAAGUUGUCUAUCUAAUGUUGUCAAUUGACUUGGUAGCCAUGGGUUGACUUCUUUUUCCCCAGAGUAAAGAUGGAAAAACACCAUUGCAUAUGACAGCAAUCCAUGGAAGAUUUUCAAGAUCACAAACAAUCAUCCAGAAUGGUAAAAGAAAAGAAAACAUAUUAAAAUAUUAAUGUUUCUGUCACUGUCAUGCGAUGCAUAUGGUUUGACAUUUUAAAUAAAUCAGUUAAUUUACUAGCUUUAACCUUUUCAUCUGUCUGCCUUGUGUGCUGAAAUAUGAAUCUCAGAAAUUUGAAGUUUCUGUAAUCUUCAGGUUACUAAAUCAAUAGCAAACUCUUUCCUUUAUUUAAAAACCUGUAAUUCCAGUAUGCUCCAUCACCUUUAUAAGUCUAGAUUCUGUUACAGUCUUAUAACACUAAUCCUGCAUUUUAAAACACUGUUAAAGUCGGGUAUAUAAAGUCAUUAAUUUAGUGCUACAGCACUUAAAAACUGAUGGGGAAGAAUUCUCUCUGGGGAGGCAACUACUUAUUUUUUCCAGGUUUGCCAGUACCUGGGUCAAGCAAAUAAGUCUGCUAUGAGGGCCCUGCCCUCACUCAUCUUUUAGUUGGCUUUAUUAUGCUGUUAACCUGUGUUUUAUGUUUUAUACUGACAGCUUUGCUUUCAGAGUAAAUUUCUCUAGAACUCUGAAAUUAGCCCACACAGCCCUGGGAUCAAAGAAAGUACCACAAACAUAGACACUUCCAUUUUCCUUUAAAAACACACACACAAAAACAGUGCUGCUUUUCUCAUGGCAAGUAUAUAGAUGACCCUUGGGGUCCCUUCCCAUCCCGCAAGUCUAUGAUUCAGUUUUCUCCUAUAGUAAGAUCUGUGACCUCCAGAAGUCUUCUGAUAGUUGCUUUGAAGGAUAUCAUGGAGUCUCAUUAUCAGCAUUAGCAGGAAGGAAAGGGGAGUUACUUGGUUAUUGGGGGGGUAUUGUUUUUAUUUUGAUUGUGUAUUUCAUGUUUUUAUGUUGUGAUUUUAUCCUGUGAACUGCCUUGAGACCUGCGGGUGGCGCCGUGGUCUAAACCACUGAGCCUCUUGGGCUUGCCAAUCGGAAGGUCGGUGGUUCGAAUCCACACAACGGAGUGAACUCCCGUUACUCUGUCCCAGCUUCUGCCAACCUAGCAGUUCAAAAGCAUACCAGUGUGAGUAGGUAAAUAGGUACCAUUGCUGUAGAAGGUAAACAGCAUUUCCGUGCGCUCUGGCACUUGUCACGGUCCUCCGUGCACCAGUAGCAGUUUAGUCAUCCUGGACACAUGACCUGGAAAGCUGUUUGUGGACAAACGCCAGCUUCCUCAGCCUGAAAAACAAGAUGAGCACCUUACUCCAUAGUCGCCUUUGACUGGACUUAACCAUCCAGGGGUCCUUUACCAUUAUAGUGCAGUAUACAAAUUUAACAACAACACAUACUUCUUGUGCUUCCACUUUCUGCCUGUUCUUAACAUGGCAAGUGGCCUUUAGUUACAUUUCAGGAUCUUCAGACACCUUGGACUCAAUUUGACAUUUUGAAAAUUUCUGAGUUUUCUGAUAAUCUAAAAUGUGAAUUUAUUUGUUUAACAACCUGUAUGCUGCUGAGCACACAUGCAUAUAUGGUUACACUUUAUUUUACAUUUACUUUUUAGGAGCUGAAAUAGAUUGUGAAGAUAAGAAUGGAAAUACACCUUUGCACAUAGCAGCCAGAUAUGGCCAUGAACUGCUCAUCAACACAUUAAUUACAAGUGGUGCUGACACUGCAAAGUAAGAAACACUUAUAAUACAUCAAAAUUAAAUAUAUAUCCAUUAAAAAGUUCAUAUUGGUGUGUGUGUGUGUGUGAUAAGUUAAUUCUGAUUAUGCAUCUUAGUGUAGUAUUGUCCCUUUUUAGAACAUGAGCAAGAGAUACAACUUCACCCCAUAUAAUGUAUAUCUAGUCAAAAACCGGUCAAACUGCCUCUGUAAAACCUAACUCAAUAUUAUACAAAAAAUUAAUCCAGAAUUUGUGCAGUAUUACACUGGUUACAGAACAGUAAACAUCUGUGGAGAAGAAUUUGCAUAAAGGUCUUAAUAAAAUUUCUGUAAUUUAAUCAAACUUUUAAAAAUGCUGCAUGUUGCUUUGUGUAUGCUGGUUAAAAUAAGACAGCCUCUGCAUUUCUAAUGUAAAAAUAGAUAAGGCUCAAUUUUUAUUUGGCUCUCAUUCUGAAUGAAUUCUCUACAUUUAGACUGAACCGUUACAUUUGAAUGUAUUAGUUACUUUCUUUAAUUAUUUUAACAAGGGCAGUUAAAUGCUACCUUAUAUACAAGGAGUUUGGCUUGGAUUACUUCUAUUAUAAUGAGACUGUGAUGUCUGAUUAUGGUGUAUCUUAGGCGGGGUAUACAUGGAAUGUUUCCUCUCCAUUUGGCAGCAUUAAGUGGAUUCUCAGACUGUUGCAGAAAGCUGCUGUCUUCAGGUAGGCUCUUCAAAAUAAUUUUAAACCCUUUUCCUGUUAACCUUUGGUUGUUUGACAUUUUAAUUGACAAUAUAAUGGUUCAAGGGGUGGACUCAUAGUAGCAAGGUUUUGGUUCAAGUUCUCACUCGGCCAUGAAGUUCAUUUUUGUAUGCUGAUGCACCAAAAAGUACUGUACUACAUCUGCAAUUAAUUGUAGAGAAUCUCAUUAAUACUUUUCAGGCUAUAACAAAUUCCAGCUCUUGAAUUUUUCAGAUGCUUCAUAGAUGAGUUUAAAUGUAAAAGGUGUGAACACUCACUGUUUACACAUAAAAUGUCCAGUGGUGGAAAUCUGCUUUGUUUUAGUUAUGAGACAGAAUGCAGUAUGCAAUCUUUUUCAGUCUUGUCCUGCACCCAGAUAUAUGGGGGCUUGCAUUCAGGGGGGCACUGUGGUCUAAGCCACUGAGCCUCUUGGACUUGCCAAUCGGUAGGUCGACAGAUUGAAUCCACACAACGGGCUGAGCUCCUUUGACUGGACUUAACCAUCCAGGGGUCCUUUACCUUACCUUUUAUUUUUUGAAUGAUUGCCCAAGUGAUCUCUGUGCUCUGUAUUAGUCAAUUAAGCCAUUCCUAAGCUGGGCAAGCCCUCAUGCUACUCUGGCUCACACAAGCUGCUCAGCUACGGCACCAGCAGUCACACAUCGCUCAACAGAGCAGUUUAAAGAAGUUACCUGCCUGUGCAUCAGCUGCCUUGAUAUGGGCAGGUGGGUGGGCCACAACUUCUUCCCAUCCCAUGCCUGGUCAAAGGCAGUUGAGGUAGCCUCAUGAACGGAGCCUGACCAAGGCUUCCUCUGGCUCAUGAGGAGACCCCCCCACAAGCCCAUAGAUAUCCUCUUUGGGCUCUGGAGUGUGUCUUCUGAGUGAGGUGCCUUCCAGCACCCUUUGGUUUAGAAAAAAAAGCACUGAUGAUAAUAUAUGUAUUAAAUCUCUGAAAAAUUUACAUCCCUUAUAUUAUCUGUGAUUGAUUGAUUCAUUUCAUUAAUUGAUACAUUAGAUAGUGUAUCCCAUAUUUUCUUGUGGUGGGAUGAAUUCAAUGACACAGAGAAAUGUUUCCUUUGGAGUGAAACUAGUUUGAAUUUAGGAACUUUAAUUUUCAAUGAUAAAUAGCUAUAUGUUGUUUAGAUUUAUAGAUUAGAAUGGUUGCAUGUUCCCCUGACCCUGAAAUGCCUACAUUAUAUGUAUGUUGUUAGUUUUGAGUCUGCUAUAGCUAUGAAACAGUUGCAGUUCUAUACAGUUGUCCAUAUCACUCAUUUUGAAAUCCAAUAUCUUGCGGAAAUAUGGUAGGUCUUCAUAAAAAGAAAACAGAGCAAAUGUUGUGUAGUCCUGUGAAUACAUACUGAGUAGUUUUAUUGUGAGGUAAUGUACUCCAUCGUUCUAAAGCUUUCAGUCAGAUACAUAUUUUUAAUGGUUAGACAGAGCCUGUUAGAUAUUUUUGGUCAUUGAUAUUGGUGAUAUUAGUAUAAAAUUAUAACUGUUGGUAGAAAGAGUGUACAGUAUUACUCUUCCAAGUCUCUUCACACUCCCUGAUAGGCAUAAUGGAGUUAUUGUUUUGGAGUUGGAAGCUACAAUUUUUAUUAUAUAACUAGAGCCGUCAGCAGAUCAAGGACUAUUCUUGGUGAUGGUAUUUUUAAAAUUAACUUUCUGAGGGGUACGCAUGUAAUAAAAGUUCAGUAAAGAUAUAUUUUUAUAUUAUAUAUUAUAUUAUAUAUUAUAAUGAAUGCUUCUAUUUUAACAAACAAAAGCAACAGUUAAUCGCUAAAAGGAAAACCCAUCUUCAGUGUUUUUUUCUGUUUUAAUACUCUUUUGAACCACUACGCGUAUAAACUCUGAAGCGUGGGAUAUAAACUCUUAACUAACUAAGGAAGAUAAAACUAAGGAAUAGUGGCUAUUCCAUAUCUUGAUAGCACACACUGUAGUGAAAAGUGAUUUAAAAAAGACUGUGCCUAUAGUUAGAUGAUUUUCCAAACCGUGGUUUGGAGGAUUGUGAGCAAGCUCUGUCCCCAUGCAGUUCCUCUACUCUACAUGUCUUGUGUGUGGGGUUUAAUUCAAUAGUUGAUAUCCAGCAUUAAUCACACUCAGAGUAGGCCCACUGAAAUCAAUUGACUUAAGUUUCUUGGUUUUGCAGCUCUGAUAGGGAGUUCCACCUUAAACAGGUGCCAACUAAUUUUAGCUGGUCUUGUUGGCCAAGUAACAAUUUUUUGUCGCUACGUCUCCCCUCCCCACGAGAGUGUUUUACCUAUCGUCUUGUACUAAACCUCUGAAAUGCAGUGCAAGGUCAGAGGAAAACUUGCUCCUCGUAUGCAGCGUGAUGCAUAAUUCAAUGAAAAUCAAGUGACUGCCUUUAUGACAGUUUCGUAGGUCAGGGUCUGUUCAGUGGGUAACAGUAAGAUAUUCUGGUCUGUGGAUUGUCCUAGUUAGAAAGCAACAUCUGCUGAUUCUAGUCUUAAGUUCCUUGCAUAUCGGUCUGGAAGCUGCUGGCGGGUUGUACCCUCUAGAAUGAUGGAACUCUCACCUUGCCUUUCUUUCUUUAAUGGAAAAGUUAUUCCAGAAACAUAGGUGCCCUUCUGGCAUGUACUGGAAUCGAAAUUCCCAAGAAAUAUUUCCCCUUCAUCUUUAGUGUGCAAAAUUCAAUAUCCCCCACAUUAUAUUAUGGUGUAGACAUUUGGCUGGUUUUGAAUAUUUGAUCUUAUUUUACUCUGAACCUCUCUUGCUGAUGGACAAUGAUUGUAUGGUUUGGAAACUUGAUUUCCUCUUUCCUUUUUUUUAAACACAUCCAGUCUUUCUCUUUUAGGCAUCUUGUGCUAGAAAUGGGAUAAUUCCCAGAUAUCUUGCUUCCCAUGUAAAGCAGUACUUGCAGCAGAAGGAAUCUGAAGGCAUAACUGUUUUCAAUGAGCCAGGUUUACUGUUAUGCAAAUAAGUUUUGCGCUCACAUGCUCUCCUCAUUCCCCACAUACCUCCUCUGGUGCAGCUAUAAGGAAGAUUUACUUCUGAUUUUAAACUAACCACAACACACUGCUGCAUCCAAACUCAGGAAAAAUGUGUUUAAUUUAAGCUGUGGUUUAUGAGCAAGUCAGGAUUAUAAACCACAGCUUGAGCCUAGCUUACUUGGACAUUUAGGAAGCUGCACGUUAGUUUAAAAGCAAAAAGUUGAUAUUUUGCAGCUGUGCCAGAGGAUAGCAAGAAAUGUGUUACCCUCAAGCUUUUGUGCAUAAUGCUAAGACAUGGUUUAACACUAUGUCUGAGAAGGCUCAACAGCAAUGCUACAAAAGUGGGGUUAAAGCUAGCUUUUUUAUACAUUAACAGAACAUCUUUGGGGGAUUAAUUUAUUGCGUAGAAGUAACAAUUCGUGCUACAGUUACUAUAUAAGGAAGUUUGCUUCAUAGCGUACCCUGCCAAACUGGACAGAGAGAUGCACUUUAUAGGUGAUUUCACAGAAUAAUGCCUUUCUUUUGUAGGCUUUGACAUAGAUACUCCAGAUGAUUUUGGCAGGACCUGUCUUCAUGCUGCUGCAGCUGGAGGGUAUGUACAGUUUUAGCAACUUCUUAAAAUUUAGGAUUUUCAGCAGCAGCAGAAAAGUUAGCCUGUCAGAUGAUCUGUACUACCUGUGUAAUACUUGGAAAUUAUUAUUAUUCUGUGCUUAAGAAGUUUUAACACGUUAUGGACAGCAAUAAGGGGUUUGUCUAGUAUCUAUCCCACUAUACUUAAUGAGGUCUGAAGUACUGGAUGCACUCUUCCAUGAAAUCUCAGGGAUACCAUCAAAGAAUAAAAAAUAAUACAAUAUCACAGUAUUAUGGGUUUAAGUAGCUAUGAACAAGUUUUUCUUCACGAACUCCUGGUUUUGAAGCAUUGUAAAACAAAAUCAAGCCUAAAUGAUCUAGCUUAUCUGGGUCCUUCUCAAAGGCCCUUUAUUUCCCUUCCAUGAUUACAGGUCUUUAUUUGCUUGUGAUUAAAAGAAGUUAAAACUAUAUAUUGCAUUAUUUUAUUGGUAGUUGUUUGAUAUUGCUAUUUGGUUAAAAGAUUCCUUACAAUGGCUAAGAGCCUAAAAUUCUGAGAAGCCCAUGCACAAGCAAUUUUCCCUUCUGGUCUCAGUCACUUCUGCCAUCUCACCCUAAGGUUCCUUGGUGGUUGGGUGGAGAGCUUUUAAGGAGGUGCCAUCCUAAGGAAUAUGGCUGAAAGACAUAUGGAACACUUUGUAAUCCUUUGGAUCCUAGCCUAGUUUCAUAGAAAACUACAGAUUCUGAUUUAUCGUGGGUGACAUUGCAUGGGGAUGUUUUUAGAGAAGUCUGACUAAGAGAAGCAUGUUCUAAAACUUUCAGGAAUUUGGAAUGCCUAAAUCUGCUGCUCAACACAGGUGCAGACUUCAAUAAGAAAGACAAAUUUGGAAGGUAAAACAUGAUGCUCCUUUUGAAUGUGCAGGAUAUGUUAAAUAAUAAGCAUAGUUUACUUGCCACCCGUGUCUAAUUACAUGCUCUUUCCCUUGUUUAUGAAAAGCACUGAAAUUGUCACUUCCACCCUUGCACUUAGUAUUGUAUCUGCUUUUAUAUAUUUAUAUAAACAGACACUCAUUUACCAUUGAAAUCUACUUGUCUGCAGUGUAAUUAGGCUCUUGGGAUAUGUCCAAGUAUUCUGAUAUUUACUGGUAAAUUUCAAGACUGAUCAAGUACAAAGUUUCAGACUUAUUUCUACCCUUUACUUGAAAUAGAUAAAAAUUUACCAUGGCAUAUUGAUAAAUUUUAAGUAUAAAUAUUGUUACAAAUAAUAUAUCCAAUAUCUUCUCAGUAAAUCAACCAAGUACAUUCAGGAAAUGUCCCAAUUUUACCCUUCUUUCCAUUAUUUGCCAAUAAAUGUCAAUAGCUUGGAAGAAAUUGAUUGCUUUUCAUCUCUCCUUCAAAUUAAAUCUUACAAUCUGAUUUUAAAGCUUCAUUUGAUCAAGCUGUUGAUGAAAUUAGCACUUCCAACCCAUAUUUUUACCCCUGAAGUACUCUGAGAAGAGAGAUUUAUGACAACAUUCACAAAUGCACCCUUUUAAGCCUAAAAGAUUAUUCUUCUGUUAUUCUUCUGUUUGAUUUCUAUUUGAUGCCUUUAGAUUAUUACGAGUUUUCCACUUGUAUGUAUGGGCAUAUUGAGUCAAGUGUGAUGUUUUUAUCUGGCCCAACAACUUGAUUAACUCUGGUCUGCAUCUAGAAUUCCUUAAAGUUUGGAGAAAUUUUGAGUAGGGAUUAUAGUCUCCAGGUGUUGCAUACUCUUGUUAGUUAGCUGGUUGCUGUUUUCCCCUUCUUUCUAUCUUGACUCCCAAGUUCUUUUCCUGGACAAACAACUGAUUAUGUUAGCAGCCGAUUCAAACAAUCUUGUCUUUUCUCUCUCUGCACAAUGGGAAAGUGAAACCAGAACAAAAGGUUGUGUCUGACCUGCUAUUGGGCUGCUGAACAUGCAUUAACAAAGCAUUUGCAUAGGAACUAUACACACAAAAUAUAAUGUUUGUUGAUCUGAAUCUUAUGGCCAACAUCUUUUACAUAAUAUGGGAUUCCACUGUGCUGUCUGGGCUUAUGCAUGAUAGAUUUUCACUUGCAGACGAUGUGAAAACGUGGUGCUGCCGAUGGAUAUCCUUUGGGCCUGGAUGUGGGAAGAGGUGGGGUCCCACAGCAAUUAGGGUGGGUGGGGAUCAUCCUAACCAGCCCAGAGUCUACAACAGGGAUGACUAACCUGUAGCCCUUCAAAUGUUGGUGGGACUCUCAACUCCCAUCAGCCCUACCCAGCACAGCCAUAGUUAGAGAUGGGAAUUGUAGUUCAAAAACAUCUAGAGUGCUGCGGGUCAGCAACCCUGAGUUUGCAGUAUCACAGAGACUGUGAUAAGACGAGGAUGUACUAACCACCAUCAAGCACACACAUUGAAGUGCUUACUUGCAAAAAAGAAACAUUGGAAAUAUAAAUGGUUUUACAGUAGCUUUGUCAGAUGUUCAUGUGUUAGAGUUAGUUUUUUAAUGUGUACUAUCACACCUCCUUCUCUCUCUCUCUCUCUCUCUCUCGCUCUCUCUCAAAUUAUGCCAUAGAACUCCACUCCAUUAUGCUGCUGCCAAUUGUAAUUACCAGUGCCUGUUUGCCCUUGUGGGUUCUGGAGCAAGUGUCAACGACCUCGACGAAAGGGGUUGUACACCAUUGCACUAUGCAGCUGCAUCAGACACUGAUGGAAAGUAAGUAUGGUACUGUUUAGAAAUCUUAAUAUUCAAACCCCCUAGUAGCAUGAAAUUUGCCGUGCAGUUUUUUGUUUUUUUAAUGGGGGUAUGUUGUUAGAAGCGAUUAGUAUAUACUGACAGUCAAGUUACGGUACUUUUCUCCCACAAACAUUGAUCUGUUUUGUUUGUGAGUAGCUAAGUCAUAGACACAGGGGAAAAAGAUUUCUGUAGAACCAGCAAGCGAAUAAUGACUGUGACCCAUAGCUGAUGAGUCAUUAUUCAACAAUUUAAUUACUACUGAUAAAGACACGGCAGUAAGUAAACAUUGAUUAAAAAAUUUUUUUUCUGUUUGUGGAUUUGCACAGAAAUAAGAUAUUAUUGCAUUGACAAUUCCAUGUUAAUCAGGAAAUAGUUUAACUAUUUUUGUUACAAGCUUGUUUCAUGGUUAAAGCAAAGGGAUGGAUUGGCAGACUCAAGACAUUGUAUCAUAGAUGUCUCCAAACACCAAACAGAUAUGGUGAUAAAACUAUACAUAUUAGGUAUAAUUAGUAAUAUUUUUGUCCACCCCUAGCGCAGUUACUAAGAAGCAGAGCUGUAAAUAUACUGGAAUACACAGUGGGGACAAAGGACAGUUCUGGGGGUUGCCAACCUGGCAGUGCAGAUAUACAUAUGCCCGCCAACGCCUUCCUUGCUGUACCUGUUAGGACUCUCCUGCUUUAAUUAGGCUUUUUUUCCAGCUGGAACUCGUCAGAACUCAAUUCCAGCACCUCUUUCUCUAGAAAAAUAGCACUGGGAAAAGUCAUUAAUUGUACCCAACACAAAGCUCUCCUCUCCUGCCCCGGCUAAUUGUGGCACAGGAAGUGAUUUUGGGAAUGAACACAGCUGAGGAGGAAGGGGUGUGAUGCCCCCAACCAAUUAUUCACAAAAAUAUUAUAAGUAUCUCAUCUUGUCCCCCUGCAAACCAAGGUAGUACAGUAUAAGUUUAAUAAACUUCUGAAAAUUGUACACGCGUGGAUGCAUUCACUCUCUUUUAGACCAGAACAAUCUGUGCUGAAGUAUGCUGUGUAUGGGACGCGGGUGGCGCUGUGGAUUAAACCACAGAGCCUAGGAUUUGCCGAUCAGAAGGUCAGCGGUUCGAAUCCCCGCGACAGGAUGAGCUCCCGUUGCUCGUUCCCUGCUCCUGCCAACCUAGCAGUUCGAAAGCACGUCAAAGUGCAAGUAGAUAAAUAGGUACCGCUCCGGCGGGAAGGUAAAUGGCAUUUCCAUGCACUGCUCUGGUUUGCCAAAAGCGGUUUGCCAAAAGCGGCUUAGUCUUGCUGGCCACAUGACCCAGAAGCUGAGAUCUCCAGCUGAUAAGCUGUCUGUGUUCAUUGACUCCUUCCUCCUCCAUGCCCAUGCCUUCCUGGGGCCUCUUUCCUCUGCCACUGUUUUGAGUCAUUUGUCUCCAAUCAUUUUUGACAGUGCAGUGUUGCCCUUCUGUAAGGGAGGACUGCUUUCAGUUGGCUUGUUAUGGAAUUUACUGCUGGUCUUAAUAUGUAUAGAUGUUUUGAAUUGUAAUUGUUUUUAGAAUGUUUUAAGCAUUUAAAAUUUUGUUUUUGUUUUUAGCUUGUGUAUCUUUUUGCCAUUCUAAGCUUUGUGUGAAGGAUGAUUGGGCCACAAAUUCAAUAAUUAAUUGUGAUAAUGAUGAUGAUACAUUUGUUAUAUAAUGCUUUAUAGUGUAUUGUUGUAUUGUUUAUGACAAGCAACAGUAUCUAAAUGUAUUGAAUGAGUGAAUCACCCAUGUAUGGGGAAGAAGACAUUGAUUAAAGAUUAAAAUGCCAUUUCAUUUUGUACAGGUGCCUGGAAUAUUUAUUAAGAAAUGAUGCAAAUCCAGGGAUUCGAGACAAGCAAGGAUACAAUGCAGUUCAUUAUUCUGCAGCUUAUGGUCAUCGCUUAUGCCUUGAAUUGGUAAGAUAAUUUACUGUGAAGGACAUUGACCAGUAAAUAAAGAUUGUGUGAGAAAUCUUAGAAAUACAUGUAGGUCAGUUUUUUUAAAAGACAAAAAGAGAUAAUCAUGAAAAAUAAAAUUUAUUAUCUUAUCCUUGAGCAUUCACAAAGAAAAACAAGAGUGAAAAGCUACUUUUAGCUUUCUCUGAAGCCUUAAUUAUUUUAUUAUCAUUUAUUAAAUUUGUAUACCACCCUCUAUCUCAAGGUGGUACACAACAUAUAUAUAUAUAUAUAUAUAUCACAUAACAAAAACAAAGACAAUCCAAUAAUCCCCUCUUCCACAUUAAAAAGGUGUCAGUUAGCAAAAAGCUUGGUUAAAUAACUAUUAUUUUAUUACUUAUUAAACAUGUUGACGUGAUUUUUUUCCUUUUUCUUUGAACUGUAGAUGCCAAUACCAUAAUACAAUCUGCUUUUGAAUAUUCCAUACAGUUUGAAAAGUGAUUGCCGUGUGGCAUGCUGUUUAAAAAACAGAAGCCCAGAACAAGCAUUGUUCUUUGAAUCUUGGCCAGUAUGUAAAGUCCAUUUCAAACAAAAUCAUUUGGAUUGUUGCCUUUAAUUUCACUGAGGAUAUUAUAGAUAGUUCCAUGCAUGAUUUGCAUACCAAACCUGGGAUACAAAGCGUAAUACAUAUCUGCAAAGAUAUGUACAUAUUUGAAUUACAAUUGCUGUUUUAUAAACUUAAAUUCAGAACCAUGAAUUUUCUGAAGAAUAAUAAAAAACUUGGAGUUUUGAAUUCACAUUUUUAGCAACUAUUAUCUAAAGUGUGGAUUUCAUUGCAGAUUGCCAGUGAAACACCUCUAGAUGUUGUAAGUAUAAAGACAUUUGCUGUAAAAUAUUUAUUGCAAAUAUUCAGAAUGCUUUAUAGCCUAAUUUUGUUUGACAUUUUCACUAUUUAUACUGGAAAUUCAGCAGAUACUUAACUAAAAGUUGAAUGACUCAGAAUAAAACAUAUGGCUCUUCUAGUUUGUUUUCCAAAGAAGCUAAUUAGUAACAUUCAGAUAGCUUUUAUGUUGUCUACUGUGAUCCUGGUGAUACAAGUAGGCAAGUUAAAGAAACCACAAAUUGCUGCUUGUUUCUCAUUUAGCUCAGUUUUCGUGAUGUAGUUUUCUUGCUUCUUUAAUUCAGCUUGAUUCCUUAAAGGCUGCAUUCACACAUCAUGCUAAGCCAAACCAUAGCAUAGCAUGAUCGUGCAGCUCCCGUGGAGGAUAUUGCAGCUACUUUGAUGCUCUAGCUCAGCAUUUCCCAACCUUGGGCCUCCAGCUGUUUUUGGACUACAUCUCCCAUAAUCCUCAGCUAGCAAGACCAGUGGUCAGGGAUGAUGGGAAUUGUAGUUCGAAAACAGCUGGAGGCCCAAGGUUGGGAAACACUGCUCUAGCUUUUAAAGUUAAUGUGGCACAGCAACUAAGCCAAGAUUUGGCUUAGUGUUUUGUCCAAAGCUGGGGUCAUAAUUACCGUAUUUUCCACUCCACAAGAUGUACCUGACCAUAAGACACACCUAGUUUUUAGAGGGGGAAUGCAAGGAAAAAAAUAUUCUUUAAAGGGAGAACUGAGCAGAGCCUGUAUGCAUCCCAGGCUCUGCUCAGCGCUCCCUUUCACGAGCCACGUGGAGCGUGUGUGUGGCGCUUGCAGGCUUUUCCCUGAGGAGGGAGAAAAGCCCCCAAGAGUUGCACACAUGCUCCGUGUGCCUCUUUAAAGGGAGCGCGGCUCUUGGGGGCUUUUCCGGGAGGUGGGGGAAGGGACAGAGGGGCUAAGCCAGAAGCUGCGCAGCGCUCCCUCUUGCUGUUCUGGCUUCUGGGAUAGCCAAGUGAAGCCUCCUCAGGGCAGCAGGAUGAAGGCUCCCUGUGCCCUGAAGAGGCUUUGCGUGGCUAAGCCAGAAGCUAGAACAGCAAAAGGGAGUGCUGUGCAGCGAUCCCACUCGCUGUUCUGGCUUCUGGGAUAGCCGCGCAUCCUGCAUUCGCUCCAUAAGACACACACACAUUUCCCCUUACUUUUUAGGAGGGGAAAAGUGCAUCUUAUAGAGUGAAAAAUACGGUAAGCAUUCCCCUUGUAGCAGAGGGUCAUCCGAUGGUUACAGGUCGUGGUUAGGGAGAAGAGACGUUUAUCACAGUCCUGGCUUGGGAUGACAUGCUGAGCCCAACUUUGGCUUAGCUUGCCAUCCUUUGGUGACCGAAAAAGCCUGGGGGAAUCAGGAAAGUGGGUGUCAGCUCCUCGCCAGGAGCCAGCAUAUUCAUCAUGCAGUUACAGUAAACCAUACCCUGCCUUACUGUGACAUGUGAACCAGGCCAAGGAACAUCCUUCUCAUAUGCUUCCAUUUCUCGCCCAGUCUUUUCCUGGAGGCUUAUAACCAUUAACUGAUCUUAAAAAAAAGCUAAAAAACUUUGCUAACAUCAAGUCUUUCUAAUGUGUUUUAUAGUAUGUCGGGGGGGGGAAUGAAAAGUUUAAGUGUAAGCUCCUUGUUUUUGUUACAAGAGCUUAACAAGCAUGUUUUUAUUUUAAAAUACAAAUUCCUCACAUUGGUAUUUCCCUCUGUUAACGAAUUUAGAUUGGGACAACCAUGCAUUGUUGAAGUAUGUAUGUCAGCUUAAAAAUAAUUUGACUUUCAUCGUGUAUAUUUUUCUGUUUAGCUAAUGGAAACAUCUGGAACAGACAUGCUGAAUGAUUCAGACAACAGGGCACCAAUUAGUCCAUUGCACUUAGCUGUAAGUAUUUAGUUCACCAAAUAUUGAUUAUUGGCCUUUUAGAAAAUAAACAUACCUUUGCAUUGGGUGAUUUAAUGUAAUUUUGACUUGUGCUUUGAGUUCGUUUAUGCAUCAAUAAUUAUUUACGCUUGCUAAAACCUGGGCUACAUUUGAUAGAUAUCUUUGUAAAGUGUACAUUUUUGUCUCAAAUCUGAUUCAUUUUUAUCACUGUAAUGUCUCCAUCUAUCUAAAAUUGUAACAUUUCUCAGGCCUAUCAUGGACACCAUCAAGCUCUGGAAGUAUUAGUACAGUCUUUGUUGGAUCUUGAUGUCCGGAACAAUAAUGGUAGAACGCCAUUGGAUCUUGCAGCUUUUAAAGGACACGUUGAAUGUGUCGAUGUACUAAUUAAUCAGGGGGCAUCUAUUUUGGUGAAAGACUAUGUUGUAAAGAGAACACCAAUACAUGCUGCAGGUAAGACCUUUAACACUUCAUUUUUAAACCAUAGCAGAAAAGUAGUAAAUAGGGUGGAAAUUUGUUUAUUUUGUUUAACAAAUCCCCCCCCCCCCGCUUAAUUGUUAUUAUUUUUUAAAUCAAGUGGUCUUACAAAUAGAGAACAGAUUAUCUAAUUCUGCUGUUUCUAAAAAGCAGAUAGUUACAAAAAUUGCUUUCAAUAUGUUAUAUUGCUCUUACUCUGGUUAUUUUAUUUGGUUUUAUUGGACCCUAUUUUAUAACUAGAGGUGUUAAAUCCAGGCCUCCACAUCUCUAACUACAUUGGCUUGGGAGCUUCUGUCUCCUUCCUUUCCUUGUCCAUUUGUUUUUGCGGAGGUUUUGAGUUAUCAAAAAUAUUCAGGCACCCAGAGCAGUGAAUUGUAUGUGGUUAUAUUUUCUGGUCUCCCUUAAGCUUUGGGCUUUGAUGGUAGCCUUGCAUGGAUAACAUGAAGAAGCAGCAGCCCAGCACAUAAGAUGUGUGUGCUUUCUGGGUGACUUGGGAUCCUCAGUCUAUUUUUUUAUUUAGUUUAUUUUUAAAGAUUUAUACCCAACCCUCUUGAUCACAUAAUCCCCACCCAGGCAAAACAAAUCCUGUAAGUUGCAAGUUACUCCCUUAUGUGAUGUGAAUCUCAGCCAUUCCCUCUUGCCCUCUCCACUAAAGCCUAAGGUCUUUAGAUAAUCCAGAUUUGUCAGCCAAAAUUUGCAUUAUUUCACCCUUAGGAUAAAUGGAAUGUGGUUGCAUCACUGGCAAAAAUGUAUUUUAUGCUUUAAUGCAGUAAUACCUUCUGACAGUCUUAAAACAGAAAUUAUAAUUUUUCAAAUAAUUUGAUGUUUAAUGAUUUUAAUGUUUUAUUUGUUAAUAUUUUACAGCUACAAAUGGUCAUUCGGAAUGUCUGCGGUUAUUGAUAGGAAAUGCAGAACCACAGAAUGCUGUCGACAUCCAAGACGGAAAUGGACAGUAUGUCUCAAAUUGCAUUUUUCUCUUAAAAUGAGCUCGCUAGUGCUGGGCUGACAGUGCUGGGCUGACAUGAGCAUGAAAUCAAAAUAGCAUUAAAAAAAAUCCUUUAGGACCAUUUGAUUUUUAAAAAGAAAUAUACUCAUAUUUGCCUGAUAUUUAUUUGCUUUGAACACAUACAGUAAAUAUUUCAGUAGACUAUGAACCAAAUAAUGAGGUUUUCUUUAAUACCUAAAUUGCUUUCUGGUCUUUUCAGACUUUUUUUUACUAGGAGAUUUCACUAUUUGCUCCUCUUCUGGCCCUGCUGCCAUUGCUCUGCUCUGAGCUAAGCCAAUGCGGUUUGGCUUAGUGUUUCAUUCAAACUCUGGCUCAUGGUUUGUCUCACUCCAGACAAACUCGAAGCUAUAACCAAAGUUUGUUCUUGGAUUUAUAGUUCAUGGUUUGCUCGGAGGAAACAGAUUCAGAUAAAGAAUGUAAAUAAAUAUAUUUGAUCAUUUUCAUAAUAAUUUAUUAUUCCCAGUGGCCAUGUUUUCUUCUGGAUAAUGUUUAUUUUCAAAUUAAGAUAUGCAGUAUUGAACGAUUACCUCCAGCUGGCCUUUUAUGAAACUCAGUGCUGAAUUAUUGCAGAGCAUUCAUUAUUUAAAAACCCAUGAAAUAGUUUAUUACCAGGCAGAUCUUCAAAUCAUUCUGCAAAUAAAAUAAAGAACAAAGGGCUAAGGCAUUGCAUACAUUUUUCAGGUUGUGGCUUGCAGACAGUUAUGAGGCAACAAUAGUGAAAGGUGCAUCACAACUGUAUUUUGACCUGGCUUCUCUAUUCUACUCUCUUUAACAGGGGUCAGCAACCUUUUUCAGCUGUGGGCCGGUCCACCGUCCUUCAGACCAUGUGGUGGACCGGACUAUAGUUUGAAAAAAAUAAAAUAAAUUCCUAUGCCCCACAAAUAACCCAGAGAUGCAUUUUAAAUAAAAGCAGACAUUCUACUCAUGUAAAAACACACUGAUUCCCGGACGGUCUGUGGCCAGAUUGGGCCUUAGGUUGCUUGCCCUGCUCUUUAAUAUAUGGUAUGCUCCUUUUAAGAAGAUUUGUCUCUGUCUCCAUUCAGAUGUGCAGCAGCCCUUCCAGUCUAUGGACUGAGUCAAACUAGGAUUUGCUAAUGUUUCUCUUCACAGUUGCCUAGCUUGCCACGUGAGCAGGUUUGUGAGCUUGUUAACAUAGAAUGUAUGGGGUUUUUUUGUUUCUCUUCCAGGACUCCUCUGAUGUUGUCUGUUCUCAAUGGGCACACAGAUUGUGUCUAUUCAUUGCUUAAUAAAGGAGCAAAUGUAGAUGCCAAAGAUAAAUGGGGAAGAACAGCAUUGCACAGAGGGGUAAGUGUGUCAUUCAUUGCCCCCUGCCUCACCUUUUGCUUCAAUAGGUAGCAUCCCUGAAGUUUCCCUAGAGAAGCAUUGCUUUAGAUAUAGACUGAAUUAGUUAUGCUUAGAGGUCUUGCUGAGCCUAGCGGAACAAGCAAGUCAUGACUAAAGAGUCAUUGAUUUCAAUGGAAACUAAGUUCAACUAACUUAGUCUGCAUCCAGAACACUUAAUUUAUAUGUUAUAUAGGUAAAGGGACCCUGACCAUUAGGUCCACUCGUGACCAACUCUGGGGUUGCCGCGCUCAUCUCGCUUUAUUGGCAGAGGGAGCCGGCAUACAGCUUCCGAGUCAUGUGACCAGCAUGACUAAGCCGCUUCUGGCAAACCAGAGCAGCACACAGAGACGCUGUUUACCUUCCCGCUGGAGUGGUACCUAUUUAUCUACUUGCACUUUGAUGUGCUUUCGAACUGCUAGGUUGGCAAGAGCAGGGACCGAGCAACGGGAGCUCACCCCGUGGCGGGGAUUCGAACCGCUGACCUUCUGAUCGGCAAGUCCUAGGCUCUGUGGUUUAACCCACAGCGCCACCCGCGUCCCUGUAUAUAUUAUAUACCCCUCCCCUUUUAUAGCAAACUGUUACAAAGUGGCUUACAAUGUAAAUGCUGUAGCGUUAACAAUACAGAAACAAAUGCUGUUUGGAAAGUGUCCUGAGACAUGCAAAAUCAGCUCUCAAUAGCUUUUGAAGCCUACAUUCCUAGCAGGCUCCAUCUGCCUUUUUGUACACAAAUGUCUAUUUAUUGAUGUGAAAACAGAUUGGGCUGAUAUGGUAGAGAAGCAAUGGAUGGAUCACAUAACUGUGGAGACCAUUGAUUUUCUUCUUCUUCUUCUUUGUGACUAUAUACACGUUGACGCAAUAUAUGCUUUCUGUGUUACAUUUUUUCCAGGCAGUUACAGGACACGAGGAGUGUGUAGAAGCUCUGCUUCAACACGGUGCAAAGUCCAUACUACGAGAUUGCAGAGGACGAACACCUAUACAUUUGUCAGCUGCAUGUGGACAUAUUGGGGUGUUAGGAGCACUCUUGCAGUCAGCAGCAUCUGGAGAUACAGUACCUGCCCUUGCAGACAAUCAUGGAUAUACAUCAUUGCACUGGGCCUGUUACAAUGGUAAAUAAGACAUGAUCAUUUCUUAAGAAUAAAUAUUCUAGGGGAAUGCUUGGUUGGUGUAGAAUCACGUGACUCGUACAAGCUGCCUUGUGCUUCCAAUCUCCAUUGCCAUUCUCAGAUCAGACAGUGCUAACUAAUAAAAUCCUAAAACGCACCAGGAGAACUAGAGAAGGAUUUUGGGCAGAGACAACAUAUUAUCUUAUGCGCCAUUCUGUGAAGAUUUACACAUGCCAAAGUACCUUAGAAAGUUUGUAGCUGAUUGGUCCCAGAACAUGUGACUAAUUAGAAGUGUCAUGUGCCAGGAUGUCUCUGUAGGAAGCAGCCAAUUGCCAGGCCACAGAAUGGGUCAUGGAUAGCAAAUAAACACAUACAGGAAAAAGAUAAAUAAGUGUCGGAGUCCACAUGCACAAAAGACACACCCUAUUCAAUAUUUCUGCCAAUAGAUCUUCAAUUCAUUUAUCUCCUUCCUCACCCUCUGUUGGUUUCACCCAUUUCUAUAAUAGCUGUGUGACAGCAUCGUAGCCAUGAAAAAAUGGUACCUAUGGCUACAUUUACCUGAUAGUCAGGAGUGUUCCAAAAUAAACAUCAGUUUCCAACAUGUGACACAUAAGAAAUAAACUAUACAUUCUAUUUAUACUUAGUGUUUCAUAAUAAAGACCUCUGAUUUGUAUUAUUUUGCAUUUGCUAUCUGGCAUUUAAACCAUUUUAGGUCAUGACAGCUGUGUCGAACUUCUUUUGGAGCAGGAGGUUUUCCAGAAAAUGGAAGGAAAUGCUUUCAGCCCAUUGCAUUGUGCUGUGUAAGCAACCUCUACAUGGAUUUCAUUUUAUCUUUUUAACAAACUGCAGCUUUUCUGGAAGUAAUUCCCUUUUAAAUUUCUGAUAGGAUUAAUGAUAACGAGGGCGCUGCUGAAAUGCUAAUUGACACACUGGGUUCUAGCAUUGUAAAUUCUACAGACGGGAAAGCCAGGUAAGGUCCGAAGCACAUUUACUAAAAAGAAUGUUCUGCAUUUUCAGUUCUGCUUAAUAAGUAGCCAGAGUUGUUGCUUUAUGUGUUCUCUGACCGUUAUCCCAGUCAGGGAGGUGGAGCUUGAAUGUAAUGAAGUAUUUUAGUAGAAAGCAUGGCUGGUUAGAACCCUGGACAGCAGCAUGCCAACUACAACAUUUUGUCGCAGGUUUCAUGUGUUUAAUCUAGAUUAAGGCCCCAUCUGCACUACACAUUUUAAACAGUACCAUACUGUAAACAGUCAUGGCUUCCCCCAAAGAAUUCUGGGAACUGUGGUUUGUUCAGGGUGCCAAGAGUUGUUCUGCUUUUAGGUAGAAUCAUGCAUAUGAUAUUAGUUGUUAGCCUGCUUUUUAUCUACAAAGUGAACUCCCCUCAUGGAGCUACAGUUCCCAGAGUUCCCUGGGAAAUGGAAUUGGUUGUUAAACCAAUCUGUAGCUCUAUGAGAGGAACAGGGGGCUCUUAACAGCUCUCAGUACCCUUAAUGAGCGACAGUUCUCAGGAUUCUUUGGUAUGAUACUGCUUUAAAUAUAUAGUUCAGAUGGGCCUUAGUCUAGAUCUGUGUGUUCUAAUUUAAAACAGCUGAUGUUUUAAUAUUUGUAAAAGCUUAGUAUUUUACAAUAGUAGGUUAACUAUUAUAUAUGUUCUAGCUAGAUUUAAUACUUAUAAUUUCAAGCUGACUGGACUAUUCCCUUCCCUAUACAUUGCAGUGAUAUGUAUAAUUUAUAAUAUGUUCAGUAAAUAAAGAAAUAAAGCUGUGUGAUCCUACAUAAAAGUAUCUGGAAAUCCUUCAUUAAACUUAUAUAGGAUUGCGCUUUCUUUACACAGUAAACCAAAACUCUUAAAAAAAUAAUAAUUUAUGAUAUGAAAAGAAGCUUUGGAUGUGUUGGGCUGAGAUCUGGGUUUGGACCUCUUUUGUAAUAUCUGCGGUGCUCUGCCCAACCCCACUCUUUCUAUAUCUCCUGCCCCUUGUUAUUCCAUGAAAAGGGCAAGAGGGGAAAUGAAAUGUAUAUAGUUGACUCUAAAGUGUUGAGAUAAUUCAAAUUCACAAAUCAUAAACUUCUAAAGCAGUUUUUUCUACAAUCGUUAGACGGGUUAUGCUUUUAGGUAGAAUCAUGCAUAUGAUAUUAGUUGUUAGCCUGCUUUUUAUCUACAAAGUGAACUCUUUUUCUUCUCCCCAGAACUCCUCUUCAUGCAGCAGCCUUUACAGACCAUGUAGAGUGCUUACAGCUUUUGCUCAGCCAUAAUGCACAAGUAAACUCUGUAGAUUCUUCUGGGAAGACCCCUCUAAUGAUGGCUGCAGAAAAUGGACAAACAAAUACAGUUGGUAAAAAGAGAACUCUUGUGUAUUUUCUGUUUUCAUUACUAAUAACUAUUAAUUCUACUAAUGUAAAAAGCCUGCAUUAGAACUGCAUAGGCCAUUUUUUAAAGCAGAUUUGCAGAUUUCAGAUUGAUCAACGAAGCAACUUUCUUGGGUUAAUAUUUUUAUUAAUCAACAGAAUUGGAUUCAAAAGAACACGCAUCCUCUUAACAACUACAGUAGUCUCAUAAUUUCAUUCACAGGAUAAGCCACAGUGUAAGUGAGGCUACCUGUUGAGUGACUUAAGAGGAUAGAAAAGCAUAGGAUGAUGAAACAUGGGGCAGUAGGGAAAUUUGCUCACACAAACAAAAAAAUGUUACCAACAGUUACUUGAGUGGCGGGAGAGACUAUUGCAUUCGGAUUCCCAAAGGCACCCAGUUGGCAACUUUGUGAAACAGAUCGCUCAACCUGAAAGGCUUUUGAUCUGAUACAGCAAGCAUGCUCUUAUGUUCUUAAUCAUGUCAGACCUAUUUACACUUCCGAGUUGGGAACAAUCUCUGCUGAUGAGAUAACAGUAAAAAAAAGUUGUACACUAUAAAGCUUCUGUCUAUAAAUGCAUCUUUUCAGUUAAUGUAACACUUUACUUCUUUCAGAGGUGUUGGUUAGCAGCGCUAAAGCCGAUCUGACCUUGCAAGAUAAGUGUAAAAACACAGCACUGCAUUUGGCUUGCAGCAAGGUAUGUAUCAUUUUCCAGUUUGGAGCUUCUGUGAUUUAUUGCUGGUCUCGUCGUGGUUUUCAUCAUUUAUCCAUUUGAAUAAAGUUGGUCUAGAGCAGCAGUGGUGAUGCAGCAGUCUUUUAAAUGCACUGGGAAAGAACUACACCUUGAGUGGGGUGCCGAGUUCUUUAUCAUGCUUGCUUCAUUCAUAGCUGCAUCAACACUGAGCCAGGUAACAGAUUUUUAACAACGGCUAUCUAAAGCAGGUAUAGGCAAAUUCGGCCCUCCAGAUGUUUUUUGGGACUACAACUCCCAUCAUCCCUAGCUAACAGGACCAAUGGUCAGGGAUGAUGGGAAUUGUAGUCUCAAAACACCUGGAGGGCCGAGUUCGCCUAUGCCUGAUCUAAAGCUAAGACAAUGAAGUCCAUCUGUUGUGUUUUUUAAGGUGUCCAGUGGUCUGGACUCUCUACCAGAACUAUUCCAUCAUUGGGCAGAUGAAACAUCAUCCCAUAUACUGGAUCUGCUUGGAAUACAGAGGGCAUUUUGGCAAAGGGGUGGAGGGAAGAAGAUGAUACAGUUCAGAAACGGAAUGAAGGAAGAGAGGCAGCAGUGGGUACAAAAACUGUAUACACUGAAGUAAAAGACAGAAAAGGCAGUCUUCACCACUAUAAUAUAUAAGCAUAUUGGGUUAAGUAUCUUGUGUCCUUCUGCAGACCAUACUUAGCGCUAAUAAAAACUCUACCUACUAGUUACAAAUCUCUGUUGCUUACAUACUCUAAAGAAAACGUGUGUAGAUUGUUUCAAAUAUACAUGUUGAAUUUGCCAAGGUUUAAAAUAAUAGAUUUUUGUUUUAAAGGAAGAAUAAAGAAUCUCUUUUUCCUUUUCCUUCCUUUUCAAAAAAGGGUCAUGAAACUAGUGCCUUGUUAAUACUGGAGAAGAUUACAGAUAGAAAUCUCAUCAAUGCCACCAAUGCAGCCUUGCAGACGUAAGUAGAGCUUCAUAUAGCACUGAAAAUCUAUUAUUGAAGAAACUAUAUUUAGGUGAAUGUAGUGGAGUGGGAGCAGGGAGAUUAUGGGGGAAAGUGCUCACUAAAUAUUUUUUGUGUGAUAAUUGGCAGUAUAUGAGCUUAAUCUAUACGAUGUUUUAAGAAACGGUCUUCAUGGAAACAUUCGGCAAAGGGCAAGGCAGAACAGAAAUACAGUGGUACCUCGCAAGACGAAUGCCUCGCAAGACAAAAAACUCGCUAGACGAAAGGGUUUUUUGUUUUUUGAGCUGCUUCGCAAGACGAUUUUCCCUAUGGGCUUGCUUCGCAAGACGGAAACGUCUUGCAAGUUUGUUUCCUUUUUCUUAACACCGUUAAUACAAUUGCGACUUGACUUCGAGGAGCAACUCAUAGAACGCGGUGUGGUAGCCUUUUUUGAGGUUUUUAAAGACUUUGGUGAUUUUUGAAGCUUUUCCAAAACUUUCCCGACACCGUGCUUCACAAGACGAAAAAAUCGCAAGACGACAAAACUCGCGGAACGAAUUAAUUUCGUCUUGCAAGGCACCGCUGUAUUAACAGUAAACAAAAGUAGCAAUAAUUUACAGGUCACAAGGCAGGUGAAUAGUAAUCAUGCUGGCUUAAAACAAGGGACAGAAAAAGGAUGUUUUGCUAGUUAAUGACACAGUUACUGUACUCUCAUGUUUGCUUGGAAUAGGAUAAGAGUUAGUUUACAAAAAAAAUUACAGGUUACACGAGAACCAAAGAACUGCUUAGUCUCAUGCCAUAUAGAUUCUGUGUUUACACCAAGGUUGGCUAACCUUUGGUCCUUCAGGUAUUGCCGGACUAUAACUCCCACCCUCUCUGUAUUGUAGUAAUAGAUUAUAGAUACAUAACAAGCUACUUACAAAUAUUUAAACAUGCUCAAAUAUUUGAAUAUCACUUUUUCUACUCUAGAAAUUGCAACGGCUUGCUUUAAUAUGUAUAUAAUUACCUCUUCACAAGGAUAGAAAUGAAAACACUAAUAUAAUCAGACAGCAAUCUUUGUAUGCAUUUUGAAUGUGUUUGUUGUAAGAUUUGUGGGUGAUUGUCUCUGCAGACCUUUGCAUGUUGCUGCUCGAAAUGGAUUAACGGUUGUAGUUCAAGAACUUCUAGGAAAAGGAGCAAGUGUACUUGCCGUUGAUGAAAAUGGUAAGUAAAUUUAAACAUGGUAAAGUUGAAUCAAAAAAGCCUGCAUAGCACUUCCUUUUCCAGCAGUGCCAUAUUGCCUCCAAGAAGCUGGUAUUCAAAGGUAUGCUGCUUCUGGGCAUCUAUUGGGGUCUAUUUUCCAUGAAUUUGUCUAAUGCUAUUUUAACAACAAGGGAUGCGGGUGGCGCUGUGGGUUAAACCACAGAGCCUAGGACUUGCCGAUCAGAAGGUCGGUGGUUCAAAUCCCCGUGACGGAGUGAGCUCCCGUUGCUCGGUCCCUGCUCCUGCCAACCUAGCAGUUCGAAAGCACAUCAAAGUGCAAGUAGAUAAAUAGGUACCACUCCAGCGGGAAGGUAAACAGCGUCUCUGUGUGUUGCUAUGGUUUGCCAGAAGCGGCUUAGUCAUGCUGGUCACAUGACUCGGAAGCUGUACGCCGGCUCCCUCUGCCAAUAAAGCGAGAUGAGCGCCGCAACCCCAGAGUCGGUCACAACUGGACCUAAUGGUCAGGGGUCCCUUUACCUAUUUUACCAAACCAUCUAAAUCAGCGGUCACAUGGUUCGCCUGCAAUUUCUAAACCAUGGUUUAGCAUUAUGUGUUGCUGUUCACCUUGGGCUUGCGUGCUCCCCAGCUUCUUCCCACUGCAGUUACAAGGAGAUUGGAAGGUUCAAUAUUAGAUUAGCCACAGUUAAGCAUUAUAUCCAAACCUUAAAGUGCAGCUAAAUGCUGAGAAUUGACCACCUUUAUAAACUGUGGUUUGAAGUUGACUUGUUUCCAUUCAGCACAGUUUGGAUGUCACAAAAGUUGUGGCCAGUCUAAAACAGAAGCUGCGCUAGAUCAGGGGGGUGGCACACUAACUCAGAGUCCCAUUGCACAAAUGGAAACCCAUUCCCACUUGGCAGACGGACACAGUUGUCUGUCACCCACAUAAUCCAGUUUUUAAUUAGUACAAUUGUACUUUGGUUCUCGAAUGCCUUGUGACUCGAACCUUUUGGCUCCCGAACACUGCAAACCCGGAAGUGAGCGUUCUGGUUUGCGAACAUUCUUUGGAACCCAAAUGUCUGACGUGGCUUCCGAUUGAGUGCAGGAAGCUCCUGCAGCCAAUUGGAAGCUGUGCCUUGGUUUUCGAACGUUUUCGGAAGUUGAACGGACUUCUGGAAUGGAUUCCGUUUGAGAACUCAAGGUUAAACUGUAUAGCAUAACAAAAUCGUACUUUGCUGCUGUACCAAGUGAAUGGACUUUGAUAUCUGAAAUUUUGGGUGUGUCUUGAACUAAAAUUUAUGAUUUUAUUCUGACUCUAGGUUAUACACCAGCUUUGGCCUGUGCUCCCAAUAAGGAUGUUGCUGAUUGCCUAGCUCUCAUUCUGGCCACAAUGAUGCCUGUUUCGUCAAGCACCACGCUACCUUCCCUUACUUUCAAUGCCAUUAAUCAUUACACCAACACCUCAAAAACUGUCACCUUUGACUCCUUGCCUAUUAUCAGGAGUGAACAUAGCUCUUACUGUAGUUUCAACAACAUUGGCAGGGAAGAUGGCUACCCAUAUACGGAAGAAGAUGAACUUAAUGACUCGGAUUCUGAAACCUAUUAAGAAGCUUCCUUGGAGGUCAGAAGAGGAACUCCCUUGCUGAAUUUCAAGAUUGUGUUGUUGGAGAAAGCAGUUUCUGAAUAUAAAAAAGGGACACCCAGAAGAGGGGUUUUUUUUUUAAACAAACAUGGGUGCACAAGAAACAUUUGUGCAACUUCCCAAAGGCUUUUAAAAGCAGGUUAUGCAAAGGAAAUGCUUCAAAUCCAUGGUGCAAAAGAAAAGAAAAAUUACACAAAAUGUUAUUUAAUUGCAGUGUACUAGGUUGUCCAUGGUGCCAUGAAGAAUCCUAAAAAAGGCUGUGCACCAUUGUCUGUCUAAAUGAAUAAACAAGUUAUACAACAAAGAAGACAAUAGAUUUAAAUCUUACCAAGAUCAUUUUUAAGGCAAUAAUUGAGUUUGGUACAGAAGGCGUUGUUUGUGCAGCAAAUUGCCAAAGGACCAAAUGAAUAACUUAGACUUUUUUUAAUUAAAAAAAAAACUUUUUUUGAAAAGUUGAAUAGGUUAAAUAAGUAAUAGUCUUAACCAACCCCUAAAUUACUUCUGACAAUUAAUGUUAGAUUUGGUUUUAAAUGUCUUAUUUGUUUUUAAUCACCUAACAGCCUCCCAACACAGUUAAAUGUACCAUGGGGGGGGAAAACUUAAUUUUCAGUUUUGUUUCUCUGAGAGGAAAUGAAAAGGAACUUGUCACAAUCUUAUAGUAGUGAAGCUGUACUGGCUUAACGAGGAGUAGUCAGGGUGAAACUUGUACAGUAGUAUAAUAAAAGGGAGAUGAGACAGCGAUGCAGUAUUUAUUGCACAGCUUACUUUUACGAAAAUAAAUCUGUUUUAAAUAUAUAUUUUUAUUCAAAAUACAGGAAUGGUAAUUAUCUGGAUGAGCAAAACUGCAUCAAAAAUGAGAAUUGUAAAAUCCUGACACCCUGCUAGGCUGCCUUAGGUAAAUGGCAUUUUCUACAGCUUGCCCAGUCUUCUACAUCAUAUACAAUGACAUGAGAUUUGUGCCUCUAUGAUGUAUAUAAUUUUUUUAAUUAAAAAAAAACACCUCCUAAGCUUUCAUGGCACAGGAUGUGACUGGGGGAUGGUUAAAAUGGUUUCCCUCUCAUCAAAAAGGUACAGUGAUGAAUCUUUGGAAAUGUAUCCCAAGUCCUUCAGCUAGAGUUACAUCUUGCCUUGAGUUUGUCUAAUUUAUAACAGGCUACUGUAAAAAAAAUGAAUAAACUGAAAAAUGGAAUACAUUUCUCGAUCCUAAAAUGAAAUUUGUUAAAAUAGAGGUAUUUACUUUAUUUGGUUCUGCUUUAAUUGAAAAGUAACAUUUUAAAUUAUAACUUGCUUAUGUACAUGCAAGAACAUAUUCUUGCAUGUUGAGGUAAAACACAAAUGACUUGCUAUAAACUGACCCCAACCUUCUUUUAUCCUUUUUGUAUUGUGAAACUGGAAACCUUAAUGCCAUUGUAAAUUAUCAGCUUGUUUUCUGAACAUAGUGUGGAAACACAGGACAGUAUUUUGAUCUAUUUGAUAAUUUUGUGGGUUUUUGAAGAAUUAAUGAGCAUGUACAUAUAAAUAGCGACUGCUUGAAUACUGUAUUUACCUGCACUCUUUGAGUACAUCAAGAUUCCUGUGUAUAUUUUACAGAGUAUAAUAAAACCCAGAUGUGAGAGUUGUAUUUAAUGAAUAAUCUGUGUAUCUAUGUGGGAUAAUUGUUAAUUCCUUAAAGGGCUUCUCUUCAUUGAAUACCUCAGAUUUAUAAAUCCUAUUCUACGAAACCUUUUUGGUCCUGUUGAUUCUAAAGCAAAGAUCAAUCAUUCAGAUAACUAAGCUAUCUUCCGGAGGCCUUUUGAUCAUUGAUCAUAUGCAUUAUUACUGUUGGAUAAUUUGAAAAGCCUGGGGCCUUUGCUUUUCCAUACCGUUCUCCUUAAUGUGCUGUGGCAUUGCAUAAAAUGGAAUGGAUGGCUUACUAAUUGAUCGAAAGGACUGUUAAUUCCACCAGAACUUGAUAGAGCUAGCACUCUAGCUGUGAAAAUAGCUGGAUAUUGUCCACCUAAAAGUUCUUGGUAAACCUCUCUUUCCUAGUGUUUCCAACUUGCUGUUGCUGGUGAGUGAUGCUGACAUGCUACAACAGCAAACAACAGUGCUUUUAUUUAUACAUUUGUUUUGCAUUUACUCAUAAAUCAAAUUAGCAUUACCUUUGACAUUUCUCUUGUUUUCUCAAGUUCAUUCUUUUAAGCAGGAAAAAAAAGAUGAAGUACAAGGUAAAACUGUUGUUUUUAUAAAUACGUUCACACUGGAGUCCUUU